UGAGCAGGGUCAGCGUUCCGGGUCCGGACGCUAGCAAAACUACUCGCCGUCCAGGGCCGGUAGUUUUGUUUUGGGGGACUUCUUGGAGGAGCUUCCAAGUGAAGGGAAAUCAAGCAGGAGAAGGAGGACCAGUGUCCACCCCCCCCGACCCAUCCCCACUCCCCAUCACCCCAGCCGGCACCCAACAAGGAGCCGAACGAGCCGACAUGUCGAUUCAGCAGGCGCCGACUUUCACGCAGCCGCUUCAGAGCGUGGUGGCACUAGAGGGUAGUGCCGCCUCGUUCCAGGCGCAAGUGAGCGGCGAUCCGGUUCCCGAGGUGUCGUGGUUCCGCGAUGGCCAGGUCCUGUCUACCGCCGCUUUGCCCGGCGUUCAUGUCUCGUUCAGCGACGGCCGCGCUGUUCUGAGCAUCGACGCCGCCACGCCCGCGCACGGCGGGAGGUUUUCCGUCCGGGCCACCAACGGAGCAGGACAAGCCACCAGCACCGCCGAACUCCUCGUAACAGCUGAGACGGCGCCACCCAACUUCCUUCAGAGACUUCAGAGCGCCUCAGUGCGGCAGGGCAGCCAGGUCCGACUGAGCGUCCAGGUCACGGGCAUCCCGCCGCCCGUCGUCAAGUUCUACCGCGAGGGCGCCGAGAUCCAGAGCUCGGCCGACUUCCGCAUCGUCCGCGAUGGGGACCGCUACAGCCUGCUGAUCGCCGAGGCCUUCCCGGAGGACUCCGGGACCUACUCGGUGACGGCCAGCAACAACAGCGGCCGGGCUACGUCCACCGCCGAGCUGCUGGUCCAAGGAGAAGAAGCCGUCCCUGCCAAGAAAAGCAAGACCGUCGUCCUGGUCGCCACCGCCGGCGGCGCCUCUCAGACGGGAGUCCGCAAGGUGGAGACCGGCUUCCAGAUGCAGGCGGAGAGCGCAAUGAUGACUCAGCAGAGCGCAAUGAUGACCCAGCAGAGCGCAAUGAUGAGCCAGCAGAGCGCAAUGAUGACUCAGCACCUGGCUCACAGGACCCCACCCAGGGUCCCGCCAAAACCCACAUCCAGAUCGCCGCCCUCCUACCUGAGCAAGGUGACAGGCGGACGCCAGCAGUCCCCGUCGCCCGUCCGCCACGUGAAAGGACCGGCGCCGGCGCCCGUCAGGUCCGUGUCGCCCUCCACCCGAGUGUCCGUGUCCGUGUCCCCCAUCAGACCUGUCAAGUCGCCCGCGUUCACCCGGAAGCAGGUGUCGGCGUCGCCCGAGGUGCCGCCGCCCUGGAAGCGCGGCGGCCACGCGGCCCGCGCGGUGGAGCAACGGCGAGAGCAGCAGACGGUCAUCGUCAGAGAGGUCGAGCAAGCGUCCCAUGCGGGUCGCAGUGUUGCCGUGGCGACGGUGGUGGCCGCCGUGGAUCAGGCCCGCGUCCGCCGGGGGCCGCCGGAUGCCACCGAACAGGCGCAGGCUGGCGAGCAAUUGCAAAUGGCAAAUGCAGAGGCGCUUCACACGGCGGCGGAGCCGGCUCGGCGGGACGCCGUCGUCGUGGAGGUGAAGAAGCAGCUCACCACCGAGAAAUAUUUUAAAGAGAUGCCGCCCGAACCCGUCGCAGCUGUCGCAGUCGCCGCAGUCGCCGCCAAGUCCACCGAGACCAAAAAGACCACCAUGACCACCGAGGUCACCGAGACCACGCAGAUUGCGUGGACAGCCUCCGCCUCCCGCACGGAGGCCGCCUCCCGCACGGAGGCCGCCUCGGCCGCGCUUCCGCAUUUCACUGUGGCCAAAGUCGCCGUCCCCAAAGCCGAAGUCACCCGAGAGGUGUCGAUGGCGGGCUCGGCCAUGGCCACCCUGCACAAAGAGCUAUCGUCCCCCUCCGCGCCCAGAAAGGUCAUCAAGCCCGUCCACUCGCCCAGCCCGGUCCGCCGGGCGAUGGCCGUGGCCACGACGGAGGUUCGCGUGGCGCCCCCCUUCAAAGUUGAGACGCAGAUAGUGGGCCUUUACGCCGAGGAGGAGUUUGAAGACUUGGAGCCUCAGGAGGCGCUGGCGGCGUCCCCGGCUGACCGGCAGGAGGCUGUGGUGCCACCCGCCCUGCUUGAGGGCCUGAAGAACGUGACGGUGACGGAGGGCGAGUCGGCCACGCUGGAGUGCCAGUUCGGCGGGCGGCCGACCCCCGAGGUCACGUGGUUCCGAGAGGACUACAAGAUGGAGAGCUCCAUCGACUUCCAGAUCAGCUCGCAGGACGGCCGGGCGCGGCUCCUGAUCCGCGAGGCUUUUGCCGAGGACAGCGGGCGCUUCACCUGCACCGCCACCAGCCGGGCCGGCACCGUCAGCACGUCCUGCUACCUGCUUGUCAAAGUUUCCGAAGAAGCGGAAAGCCGGGAGGAAGCGACGGCCAAGACGACGGUCGUGACCACCGUGACGACAACGGGCGAAACUGUUGCCGCCGAGACCGAGGAGCACGUGUCGGCGGAGGCGAGCGGCGGAGAGGCCGCCGCCCCCUUCUUCGUCCGCAAGCCGACGGUCCAGAAGCUGGUGGAGGGGGCCGCUGUGGCCUUCUCCUGCCAAGUGGGAGGGAACCCCAGACCGCAUGUCGUCUGGAAGAAAAAUGGCGUCGUCCUCUCCACCGGAUACAGAUACAAGGUGACCUACAAUAAAGAGACGGGCGAAAGCCAACUGGAGAUCUCCAUGACGUUCGCCGAUGAUGCCGGAGAAUAUUCCGUCUUUGCCAAGAAUUCGCACGGCGAAGCCUCAGCCUCCAUCAGCCUGCUGGAGGAAGAGGAGUACGAAGCCUACACGAAGCUGCACCUCGCCGCGUAUAAAACCGAAGUGACGACAAUGAUGACUACGGAGGCGGCGGCGGCCGUCGAGGAACAAGUCGAGUCCACGCUCGUGAGCGGAUACCAGGCGCUCCACAAGAGAGGCGCCACCCCGAUGAGCUUUGUCUCAGAAACGGAGUUCCUUAUGUCAGCCUUCGAAGAGCGGAUCAUUCAGGAGAUUGAAAUGCGCGUCCUGAGGAUUACUUACGCACAACUGCUUAGUGAGGACGGCGAGCAGAUGGCGAGCGCGCCGGAAGACGGGGCCAUGGCGCCCACCUUCGACACGCUGGUGAAAAACUACCGCAUCGUGGAGGGAAUGGGCGUCACCUUCCACUGCAAGAUGGCCGGCGUGCCGCCGCCCAAGAUUGCUUGGUACAAAGACGGUCAGCGCAUCCGUGACGGCGGACGCUACCAGGUGGAGGUUCUGCAGGACGGGCACGCCAGCCUGCGACUGGCCACCGUUCUGCCCGAGGACGAGGGCGUGUACACCGCCCUCGGCAGCAACGUGAAGGGAAACUCCGUCAGCUCGGGGAAGCUCUACGUGGAGCCUUCUGGAAUCGUGUCGCCUCAGAGAUACACGCCGCAGCCGGUCAUGCAGAGGAUCCAGUCUGAAUCCCCGCGCUCGCUGAGCCGCUCCCCAGCCCGCUCCUCCAGCCGCUCUCCCAGUCGCUCUCCCGGACGUUCUCCCGCCCGAAGGCUCGACGACACAGACGAGGCUCAGCUGGAGCGACUCUACAAGCCCGUCUUUGUGGUGAAGCCCACCUCGCUCAGGUGCUCCGAGGGGCAAACUGCCAGAUUUGACCUGAAGGUGGUGGGCAGACCCAUGCCGGACACCUACUGGUUCCACAACGGACAACAAAUCAUCAAUGACUACACGCACAAGAUAGUGGUUAAGGAAGACGGCAUUCAGUCCAUGAUCAUCGUCCCCGCCAUGCCCCAGGACUCGGGAGAGUGGAUGGUCGUGGCUCACAAUCGAGCCGGGCGCACCACCAUCACGGUGACUCUGACCGUCGAAGCCCGAGAAAGCUUGACGCGUCCUCGGUUCGUGGAGAAGCUGAAGAACAUGACGGUCAAACAGGGCACUCUGGUGGAGUUGGCCGUUAAGGCCAUCGGAAACCCGGUGCCUGACAUCGUGUGGCUGAAGAACAGUGACAUCGUCAGCCCGCACAAGCACCCGCAAAUCAAGAUUGAGGGCACAAAGGGAGAGGCCAAGUUUCAGAUCCCGUCUGCGUCGGGCUCCGACAGCGCGUGGUACACGGCCACGGCCAUCAACCGAGCUGGGCGGGACACCACCCGCUGCAGAGUCAACGUGGAGAUGGACUAUGCUGAGCCGCAGCCCGAGCGGCGGCUCAUCAUCACCAAAGGAACCUACAAGGCCAAAGAGAUCGCCGCCCCCGAGCUGGAGCCCCUGCAUCUCCGCUACGGCCAAGAGCAGUGGGAGGAGGGAGACCUUUACGACAAAGAGAAGCAACAGAAACCGCAGUUCAAGAAGAAGCUGACCUCGGUUCGGAUGAAGAAGUUCGGUCCCGCCCACUUUGAGUGCAGGCUGACCCCCAUCGGCGACCCCACCAUGGCGGUGGAGUGGCUCCACGACGGCAAGCCCCUGGAGGCCGCCAACCGGCUGCGCAUGAUCAACGAAUUUGGCUACUGCAGUCUGGACUACGAGGUGGCGUACGCGCGAGACAGCGGCGUCAUCACCUGCAGAGCCAGCAACAAAUUUGGAGUGGACCAGAACUCGGCCACCCUCAUCGUCAAGGACGAGAAGGGGCUAGUGGAGGAGAGCCAGCUGCCCGAGGGGAGGAAGGGAGCGCACCGGCUGGAAGAGAUGGAGCGCCUGGCUCACGAGGGCGGACCGGCUGGGGUGAGCGGCGCCGACGAGCAGACGGAAAAGACCAAACCCGAGAUCGUCCUGCUUCCAGAGCCGGCGCAAGUCCUGGAGGGCGACGUGGCCCGAUUCCGCUGCAGAGUGACCGGUUACCCUGCGCCCAAGGUCAACUGGUACCUCAACGGACAACUCAUCCGCAAGAGCAAGCGCUACAGACUACGUUACGACGGCAUCUACUACCUGGAGAUCGUUGACAUCAAGUCUUACGACACGGGCGAAGUCCGAUUGGUCGCCGAUAACCCUUUGGGAACGACGGAGCACGUCGUCAAGCUGGAAGUCGCGCAACGGGAGGACUUCAGGCCUGUCCUGCGUCGCGCCCCGGAGGGGAAGCCGGCCGAGCACCCGCACGAGCCAGGCAGAGUCAGCUUCGGCGUCGCCAAGGUGGACCGACCGGCCGAGGGCGCGCAAGACAAAGAGAUUGUGAAACUCAGGAAGACGCAGAGGAUCGUUCACGAGAAAACCUCGGAGGAGUCGGAAGAGCUGAAGAGUAAGUUCAAGCGCAGGACGGAGGAAGGCUUCUACGAGUCCAUCUCGGCGGUGGAAUUCAAGACUCGCAGGAGAGACGACUCCUAUGAGGAUUUGCUGAAGAAGACCAAGGAUGAGCUGCUCCACCACCUGAAAGAAAAAGAGGAGGCAGAGAGGAAGAAACUGGAGGAGCAGGGCAAGGUAACCAUCCCCAGCAUCAAACCAGAGAGGAUCCAGUUAUCCCCCAGCAUGGAAGCCCCCAAGAUCCUGGAACGCAUUACCAGCAAGACGGUGAGCCCCAUGGACGAGGUGCGCUUCCGACUUCGGGUGGUGGGCCGACCCGAGCCGGAGUGCCAGUGGUUCAAGAACGGCAUCGAGCUGGAGAAGUCCGAGCGCAUCUACUGGUACUGGCCCGAAGACCAUUUGUGCGAGCUCGUCAUCCGAGACGUCACGCCGGAAGACUCGGCCAGCGUCAUGGUCAAAGCGGUCAACAUCGCAGGGGAGGCUUCCAGCCACGCCUUCCUGCUGGUGCAAGCGAAGGCCGCUGUGAGCUUUACCCAAAAUCUGGAGGAUGCCACAGCCCGGGAGAAGGACAUCAUGGUGACCUUUGAGUGCGAAACCAGCGAACCUUUCGUCAAAGUCAAGUGGCUGAAGGACAACGUGGAGAUCUUCUCGGGAGACAAAUACAGAAUGCACUCGGAUCGGAAGGUUCACUUCCUGUCCGUGCUGAUGAUCGAAGUGAGUGACGCCGCCGAGUACGCCUGCGUGGUCGCGGACGACGACGGCAUCAGCACCGUCGCCAGACUUCACGUGGAAGGUGCCGCGCUGGAGCUGGUCAAAGGUCUGGAGAACAUCGAGGUUCCCGAGAGCUACUCUGGAGAAUUUGAGGUGGAGCUGUCUCGCGAGGACGUCGAGGGCAGCUGGUUCUUCGGAGACAAGGAGCUGUCUGCCGGCAGCAAGCACGUCCUGUCCUCCCGGCGGGGAAGGCACACCCUGACCGUGAAGAACGUCAAGAAGGAGGACCAGGGGAAGUACACUUUUGUAUGCGGGGAAGUGAAGACCAGCGCCUCACUCAGGAUGAAAUUGCGUCCGGUGACCCUCAUGCAGCCUCUGUCUGACCUGACCGUCUGCGAGGGCGACAUUGCUCAGCUGGAGGUCAGGUUCUCUCAGGAGAACUUGGAGGGAACCUGGAUGAAGAGCGGCCAGGCCGUGUCCGCCUCGGACCGCGUCCACAUGGUCGUGGACAAAGCCGUCCACAAGCUCCUGGUGGAGAACGCCGGACCGGAAGACGCCGCCUCGUACUCUUUCGAGGUUCCCAGCCACUUCAUCAGCACCUCCUGCAAACUCAACGUUCAGACCAUCGAAAUCGUGGCGCCUCUCAAAGACGUGUCUUCGGUGGAAGGAACCAAGGCGGUUUUAGAAGCCAAGAUCUCUGCUCAGAACGUUGCCUCGGUCAAAUGGUACCACGAGGACAAGCCGGUGACGGCCGACGACCGUGUGCAGAUCGUGGCCAAAGGCGCCAAGCAGCGACUCGUCUUCAGCAGAACUUUCGCCUCGGAUGAAGGACGCUACAAGCUGCUGGUCGGGAAGGUGUCCACCAGCUGCCGUCUCACCGUGGAACCGGUUGAAAUUGUCAAACACAUGGAGGACAAAGUGUGCUCAGAGUCCCAAAACGUCACCUUCCAAGUUCAAGUGUCCCACGCUGGUAUCGACCCGGUCUGGACCUUUAGGAACCAGCAGCUUAAACCUGGACCCAAGUACAAGAUGGACUCCAGGGACAAGACUCACUCUCUGACUGUCAUCGACACCAUGAAGGACGAGGAGGGACAGUACGGCUUCCACGCCGGACAGAAGACAUCCGGUGCAAAUCUCACUGUCUCUGGCGGCGCCAUCACCCGACCUCUGACGGACGUGGCGGUGGCCGAGUCGCAGACUGCAGAACUGGAGUGCCAAGUGGCCAACGCCGAUGCCGAGGGCAAGUGGCUCAAGGAUGGCAAGCCGCUGGACUUGAGCGACAACGUCAAGAGCGUGGCCAAGGGAGCCAUCCGGCGCCUCGUCAUCGUCAUCGCUCGGCCGCAGGAUGCCGCCGAGUACACCUACCAAGUGGCCAACUCCAAAACCUCGGCCAGUCUACGGGUGGAGGCGGUAAAGAUCAAGAAGACACUCCGCAACCAGACGGUGACGGAGACGCAGGAGGCGCUCUUCACGCUGGAGCUGACGCACGGGGACGUCAAAGGCGCUCAGUGGCUCCGAAACGGCGUGGAGGUCCACGACGGUGACAAGUACGCCGUGAGCUCCCACGGCGGCGUCCACACGCUGCGCGUCCGAUCGUGCCACCCGCAGGACGAGGACGUCUACUCCUUCAAACUGGGCAAGCUGACGGCCAGCGCUCGCCUCAACGUGGAGACCGUCAAGAUCGUGAAGAAGAUGAAGGACGUGACGUCGCUGGCGGGCACCACGGUCUCGUUCGAGAUGAGCCUGUCGCACGACAACGUCCCGGUGCGCUGGAUGUUCAACGGCGCCGAGCUGACGCCCGGCGACUCCUGCAAGAUUCUGGUGGAGCGCAAAGCCCACAAACUGGUUCUGCAGAACGUGGACGCCACCAACCAAGGGGAGUACACAGCUGUGGCGGGACACCUCCAGUGCAGCGCCAAGCUCACCGUGCAAGCUCUUCGCGUGACCAAACCCCUGAAGAGCGUGACUGUGGCCGAGACGCAGCUGGCCACCUUCGAGUGCGAAGUGUCUCACUUCAACGUGCCGUCCACCUGGCUGAAGAACGGCGUGGAGAUCGAGAUGAGCGAGAAGUUCCGUAUCGUGGUGCAGGGCAAGCUCCAUCAGCUGAAGAUCAUGAACACCAGCAGGGCCGACGCGGCCGAGUACACCUUUGUGUGCGGCAACGACCGCGUGUCGGCCACGCUCACCGUCAGCCCUGUGCUGGUCACCUCCAUGCUGAAAGACCUGAACGCUCAGGAGCGGGACACCAUCACCUUUGAGGUCACCGUCAACUACGAGGGCAUCACCUACAAGUGGCUGAAGAACGGCGUGGAGAUCAAGUCGUCUGAGAGGUGCCAGGUUCGAAGCCGGCAGCUGACGCAUUCCCUGACCGUUCGCAACGUUCAUUUCGGAGACGGCGGCGAGUACCGCUUUGUGGCCGGAUCUGCCGCCAGCGCCGCCAACCUUUUCGUCGAAGCUCGUGUCAUCGAGUUUACCAAGAAAAUCAAAGACAUCAAGAUCACGGAGAAGAAGAAGGCCAUCUUUGAAUGCGAGGUGUCGGAGCCCAACGUCCAGGUGGUGUGGAUGAAGGACGGCCUGGAGCUGGACCCGUCCGAGGAGAGGUUCGUGGUGACGGCCGAAAAGUACGUCCACCGCCUGAUGAUCCAGACGGUGCGCAUGUCGGACGCCGGCCAGUUCUCGGUGGUGGCCGGCUCCAGCGUGUCCAAGGCCCGACUCACCGUGGAAGGACGGGACAUCGGCAUCAGGGAGCCUGCCCGGCGACUCGUCACGGUUCUGGAGAAACAUCGUGCCACUUUGGAGUUUGAGGUGAACGAGGAUGAGGUGGAGGGGCGCUGGCUGAGGAACGGCGUGGAGAUCCAGUUGUCGGCCGAGGAGCGCUUCAGCUACGCCGUCAUCAGGAGGCUCCAUCGCCUCACCAUCUCGGAAACCUUCAGGAGCGAUGCCGGCAACUACGUCUUUGUCGCCGGGAAGAACUCCAGCACCGUCACUUUGCGGGUCAACAUCCCGGAAGCACCUCAAAUCUUGCACCACAUGGAGGACCAGUCGGUGGAGGCGGGCAAGCCGGCUCGCUUCUCAGUGGCCGUGAGCGGCAUCCCCGAGCCUCAGGUCUUCUGGUACAAGGACUCGCAGGCGCUGUCUCCGGGCUUCAAGUGCAAGUUCCUGCGUGAUGCCCAAGAGCACACUCUGCUACUCAUUGAGGUUUUUCCAGAGGAUGCCGCCAUCUACAACUGCGAGGCCAAAAAUGACUACGGCGUGGCCACCAGCACCGCCACGCUCACUGUGGAAGUGCCGGAGGCGGCUUCUCCGGACUUGGCUGCCUACGUCGCCCCGCCCGUCGUCGUCUCACCCAUGGCCAGCACCUCCACGUUGGAAGGACGACCGGCUCGCUUCCAGUGCAGAAUUCGGGGAGACGAUGUGAAUAUCAGCUGGUUCCACAAAGACAAGGAGAUCAAGCAGUCAGAAUUCUUCAGGAUGUCUCAGUUUGAUGACUGCUGCCAGCUGGAGAUCUCCAAAGUUUAUCCGGAGGACGAGGGCCAGUACGCCUGCGUGGCCACCAACGGCGGCGGCACCGUGUCCUGCUCCGCCACCCUCAUGCUGGAUGGGCAAAAGCAAUCAGCGGAACCUCCCGCACCGCGGCACGACUCGACCACCCUCAGCGCCCCGAGCCAGAAGCCGCCACUCUUUGUGCAGCCGAUUGCGAGCUGCUCGGUGCCGCACGGGGAGGUGGCCCGCUUUCACGCGUGCGUGUCGGGCACUCCCGGCAUGGAGAUAAGCUGGUUCCACAACCGGCAGCCGGUGCCGCCCAGCAAGAACGUGGUGUUUCAUUAUGACGAGGCGACAAGCACAGCCACCCUCAUCGUGGUGGAUGCCUUCCCGGAGCACGCGGGCCAGUACACCUGCAGGGCGAGCAACCCCGCAGGAGAGGCCGCAUGCUCGGCCACACUGGUCAUCACCGAGGCCUGGCAGGAAGAAAAAGUGGCUGUCGAGCGAGAAGAAAUCGAGGCCACCGUUGAGCAGGAGGUGAAAGAACGUUCUAGCACUACUGUCACCACGGUGGAGGAACAAGAGGAGACCUACUACACUGGUGUCCAGUUGGCUCACAAAACCAAAACACUUGAACUCGUGCCAGAGCCCAAACGUUACUCUUCCACGAUAGAGAAGAAAAAGGAGAAGCCAGUGUUUCUCAGCCAGCUCGCUCCAGUGGCGGUCAGCGCCGGAGAGAGCGCCGUCUUUAGUGUCAAAGUGUCUGGCACGCCCAAGCCCACCGUUCAGUGGUCUCGCGAUGGCAAAGCCAUCAAGAGUUCUUCCGUGUACAAACUGGUGGAGGAGAAGGAGGAGUUUACCUUAAUUCUCACUCGCGUCACGUCGGAGUACGAGGGCGAGUACUCCUGCACCGCCUCCAACCGCUUCGGCCAUACCACAAGCAGCGCGUACCUGGAGGUGAAAAAGGAGGACCUUAGCCAGGCAGAGAAGUGGGUGGAGAAAAUGUUUCAGUACACAGGUAAACCUCCGACGUUCGCAGUGCGGCUCCAACCCGUGAGCUGCUCGGAAAGGACAGAGGUUUGCUUUAAUUACAAAGUCGUCGGGGAUCCGGUGCCCAAAGUGCAGUGGCUCAAGGGUACUUUUGAGAUCCAGUCAAGCCCCAAGUGUGCCGUUACAGCUAACCCAGACGGCUCUGGCUUCAUUACCAUCAAGGAUGUCAAACAGGAAGACAGCGGCAUGUACACGUGUAAAGCGUCCAACCAGUUUGGGGAGGCGUCGAGUGGAGCGGAGCUGGUCGUGCUCAGAGAAUCUCUCAGAAAGCAGGUUGUGGUCCAGAAAAAAGGUUAUAAAGUUUCCAAGACAGAACAGGCUACCGAGUCUCGCUUGUUCCAGGUCAGCCUCCCGGGCCAGGACAGGGUCAGCUCUGACCAGAUGGUAUAUACCAUCGGUACUGAAGACCGGCGCGUUAUUCCCAGUGAGCAAGUGGGCGCCCUCACCGAGCUGGAUAUCUCUGCCGCCACCGUUCACCGUGAGAAGGUGACCCAUCAGGCAGCAGUGCUCCAGUCUCUCGAGGUGGAGGAGAGAGUUUCGGAGGGGCCAACCCACCCGGCUCGAGUUUCAGCUGUUUCUCAAAAGCAGCUUCACAUGGCGGCUUUCACAUCAUCUGUUGAGGAGAGUCCGGGCCUCACAGAGCAGCACUGUGAGCGCAUCCUGAGUCCCGAGGUGAUUGAGCUCCAGGCAAGAAGGGAGGAGAGGUCGCAAGUGAUGUCGGCCGUAGCCGAGGAGCUCACCCCUCUUGUUACCGCCAGCACCGAGCCGCUGGCCGACAGAAAGUCCACGUCAAUCCAGCCCAGAUCAGAGCCCAAGCAUCUCGUUAGCGGGCAUCAGGUGGAGUCGCAGAUGGCAGUUAUGAAAGAACAGUCCCAAGAGCUUUCUGGGGCGCAGGAGGAGAAAGGUUACAAGGUGAAAGAGGGGGUCAAAAUCUUGUACUCGGCCCAGUCUACCGAGAAAUAUGCACUUCCAGAGGGUCACGCCGCUGAGCUAGCGACAGCCGACUCUGCUGUGACCACGUCUGUCAAGCGAGAGCAACGUCGUCCAGUUAAGGCCACAGUUAGCGAAUCCAAACACACGCUGGCCAAGGAGACGGACUUCUCCAUGCAUACACCGGCAAAGGAGACAGCCCUCCUCAGUAAGGACCGCGUGACCAAAGUGAGUCUAACAGCAGAGGUAAAGCACCCGUUUCGGGCCGAGUCCUCUCAGCAGUUGCCCUCCUUGGACAGCGCCGUAUCCGUUCAUUCCCAAGUAGAAGGGGAGCAGCUAUUGCACUUGCAGGUUAUCACCGAUCAAGACCUGCUCCCCUCUGAAACCGGUUUCACUUGCGAGAAACCCCACGCAGAGCAGGCGAGGACCAGGACAAGUCCUACCGUCUUGCAGUCGGUCAGCCAGGACGACCAGAGGACAGUGGUUUGCGAGGACACAUCCGAGUUUGAGACCAGGGCGAAUACUGUUGCUGUUAAGCCGAGUAAGGAGUCCCCUACUCUGCUUCACCUCCAGUCAAACCAGUCUGUCGAGGUGCUUCCCAAAGAAGGUGUUCUUGUGACCGAGAAGCCCCAACACCAGACAGCUACACAGAAAGCCGAAAAGGCUCGUAGUCACGCGGCUAUCUCUGAGGAGAAACGCCAGCUGACUGCAGAGCGGCACUCUGAGCUCAAUUUGUCUGUGACUGGAGUUCAGUCUCAGCUUCGAACUGAGCCCAGGCCUCAGAACAUUCUCCAGCUGUCUUUUCAACCCAUGCAACUGCCCAAAGAGACGCCAGUCACAUCUGACAUUAAGGAGCAGAGAGCCUUAGUGCAGAAAGAGGAUCGCUGGAAUGUGAUGCACCUCACCAGCGUAGCUGAGAGUCGGGCGAUAGAGGCGGGACACGCAGAGAGCCUAGGAGCUGUAGACAAAGUCACCUGCAAGAGCACGGUAGAGCCAAAGGUUCCCGCAGAGCCGGUCCAGGUGGAGGAGAAGGAGCGCUGCACUGAGAGCAGUGACAUUCUUGAAGCGGCACAGCAGGACUUUGCGGUCCAGAUCCAGGAAGGCCAAUCAGUCAGGCAGUCGAUAAUAAUGGACGAAAAGCAAAUACUGACGGGGGAGCUCUCUCGAGAGAUCGUCAAGUCCGAGUCGGCUAAAGUCACCGCUACUAAGCAAGCCCAACUGUCUCUGCACGCGUCAGAAUCCAAAGACAGCACAACUCUUCCCAAAGAGAUGACGUUUGUGCUUCAGAUGCCAAAAGCAUCCAGUGUGAGCGUACGUCGUCAGCUCAGAAAUGCGCUUCAGGCUGCAGUAGCCACUGAGCACGCUGUGUUGUUGGCGGAUGUCGUCGGCGGGCUCCAGGCGGCAGAAGUACAGGAAGUCAAAGUUCAGAGAGAACCCAAGCACACAUUGUUUACAUACCUGAUCACAUCAACGGGCACGCCUUUGGAAAUCACUCUGGCUUUCCAGGGCCAAUAUCCUCGCACAGCUGACCUCAGAAGCGAACUUAGGGCAGCGCUCCACUCCAUUGUUCACCAGGAGGCUCAUGUUCUGACUUCAGAUCUGCCAGGCACCAUGCAGCUAGACAAACCUCAGCGGGCGCAGGUCUCCUCUGCCCGCUCAAAGCAAGUCAGCUCCUCUGUUGUGCAGACAGUGAGCGUGGCUGAGAGCUCAGUAGACCUUACUGCCGUUGAAUCUCAAGCGGCAGCCCUCAGGACCGAGUCCAAAAUGGCGGUGGAGUGCGCCUCGGCUGAACAGCGGGUCGUAGUCCAGGAAUCCAGGGAAACGAGGGUGGCGCAGUCCAUUUCAUCGCGGGUCCAAGUUUCCACUGAGGCUCAGGUGGCUUUUGAGCAGUCGGUGGUGGUGUCCAGACAGGAGGUGAAGAGCCAACGCAAAGCUGAAGGGACUGCGGCGCUUGCCCCCUCUGAACCAACUCGGGGUGUCACGGAGGAGAGAAUGGAGCAGUUGGUCAAAGAGGAGAUUUCAGUGGCCAAGCCAGAACAGAGAGAACGUCCCCUUAUAGUCGCUCCUCUGCAAGAUGCAACAGCUGAGGAAGACGCUGACGUGACAUUUAGUGCCAGCAUCAAGUAUGUCACCCGAGUGAACUGGUUCUUCAAUGGGCAAUCGGUGCAAUCUGGCAAUGAGUUCAAGUGUUUGACGGAGCUCGACACGCACUCGCUGGUUAUCAGAAAAGUUGUCAAGGAGAGACACCAAGGAGAAUAUGUUUGUGAGGCUGAGAAUGAAGCCGGACGAGCGACAACGUCUUCCAGACUCACAGUGGUCUCAAGAGUGCCGCCCAUCUUUAGGCAGAGAAUCACCCCUCUGGAGAUAAACGUCGGCAGCCACGCCAGGUUUGAGUGCGAGAUCGAGGAGGCCCCGAGUGUGACCUUCAAGUGGUACAAGUCCGGUGUGGAGAUCAAACCGAGCGACAAGUACCGCAUCGUCAGCCAGCACACCGGGUCUUCCCUGGAAGUCUUGAACCCCGCUAAAGCUGACGGUGGAGAAUUCAGCUGCAAGGCCACCAACCAGUUUGGUGUCGCCAGCUGCGGAGCCUCUCUGGCAGUCACUGAAAUGUACCCGCCGCUUUUUGUAUCAAAACCAGAGCCAGUGAUAUCCUAUAUGGGAAAAACGGCCGUGUUCCAGUGCUCGCUCACUGGCUCGGCGCCGAUAGAGGUGGUCUGGCACAAAGACAACAUAGCCCUCUCACCGUCAGGGCACUACGCCAUGAGGUGCGAGAAGAACAAGUACUCCCUGCACAUCUCCAAUCUUGAGCCCAGCCACCAGGGAGUGUACUUGUGCAAGGCGUCCAACAGCGCUGGCGCUGCUACUUUUAGCACAGAGCUCAAAGUCAUCAGCAAGCCCAAAUUCGUUAAGAACUUCGAGCCAGUGUCCGCCGCCGUUAACCAGAUGUUGAGGCUGGAGUGCCAGGUGGACGAGGACACUGGUGUGACAGUCACCUGGAGCCGGGACGGUAAGAAGGUCCACCAGAGCCUGGAGUGUAAGCAGUCCUUUGAUGACAGGGAGGCGGUUCUCGAAAUUGCCAAGUCCAAAGUGAAGGACUCUGGCGUGUACGUGUGCACGGCCUCCAACGAGGCCGGGUGCUCCUCCUGCGAGGCUCUGGUGACGGUUCAAGAGCCUCCGAGCUUUGUGAAGAAAAUGGACCCAAGUAUCACGUGGAAGCAGGGAAUAGCUGCUCGCUUGCAUUGCACCAUCAAAGGUUCCCCAGAGCUCCGCAUCCACUGGUUCUGGAAUGAUCGAGAGCUCGGCUCUGGAGACAAACACAAAAUGUCUUUCGCAAACGGCACAGCCACUUUGGAGAUCAUGAACCUUCUUGUCACCGACAGUGGUCGCUACACCUGCGAGGUGUCAAACGAUGCCGGCAGCGAAAGCUGCAGCGCGGCCGUGGCUGUCAAAGAGCCACCGUCCAUUAAGAAAGCGCUGCAGACAGUGGAGGCAGUGAAGGGCGCCAGCGCUCUGCUGGAGUGUGAAGUCGUGGGAAGCCCUCCCUUUGAGAUCACUUGGUCCAAAAAUAAGAAGACCAUCAGUAGUGACCACAAGUACAAGGUCAUCUCCCAAGAGCCCAUGUUGAGGCUGGAGAUCCAGCCCUUUGAAAGUACAGAUAUGGGAGAAUAUCAGUGUGUCAUAUCCAACAAUGUGGGGAAAGUCACCACCAAGGGCGUAGCCAAACUUAAAGAGCCACCGACCUUCGCAAAGAGGGUGGAAAGCGUCACGGCGGUGUUGGGAAACACAGUGAAGCUCCAGGGAACCGUGAAGGGUUCGGCUCCCGUCACGGUCAAGUGGAUGAAGGACUCUGAAAUACUGAGGGACGACGAUCCAAACAUCACUAUGACGUUUGAGAACAAUGUGGCCAUCUUGUCCAUAGCCGUGGUGGCCACCGGCCACGCCGGCAAAUACCUGUGCCAUGCCGAGAACGAAGCUGGGCAACAGAAAUGUGAAGCUGCCCUCACAGUCCAUGAACCCGCUCGAAUUGUAGAACCGGCAGAGUCCAUCAGCGUGACGGCAGGCGAUUCGGCCACGCUGGAGUGCACCGUCUCGGGAAGCCCGGACCUCAAAGUCAAAUGGUUCCGAGACGACAAGGAGAUGAUCAGCGGGCGCAAGUACAAAAUGAGCCAGAAGGACAACGUGGUCUCCUUGAAGAUCCUCAAAGCAGAAAAAGCCGAUACGUCAGUGUACAAGAUGGAGGUCACCAAUAAAGUCGGAAAAGACCAGUGCACGUGCUCGGUGACAGUUCUAGACCGUAUAAUGCCUCCAGCCUUCACCAAGUUCCUAAAACGGGUCGACGGUAACAUUGGCAGCGACAUCUCACUGGAGUGUAAGGUGUCUGGGUCCCAACCCAUCACCAUCGCUUGGUUCAAAGAUGAACAGGAAAUUGAGUCCGGAGCCAAAUUCCUGUCGGACUUCAAGGAGAGCUCUGCCUCGCUAACCGUCAGCCAGCUGGAAAAAGCUGACUCCGGAGUCUAUAAAUGCAGAGCCACCAAUCCAGCCGGCGAGAAAGAAACCAGCGGCAUACUUUAUGUCAAAGAGCCGCCGCUAUUCACAGUGACACCCGAGGACCGGGACGUUAUCCCUGGAACUACCGUGUGCCUUCAGACCGCUUUUACAGGAACCCCUCCGCUGUCUGUCAAGUGGUUCAGAGAGGAUCGGGAGAUGAUCAGCGGAGGCUCUUGUUUCAUCAAGAAAGAAGCCUCCGUGAGCACUCUGGAGCUUUCCUCCGUCAAACCCGGCGACUCGGCCAAAUAUACGUGCCAGGUGUCCAAUGACGCCGGCAAGGUGGACUGCACUGCGGUGGUUUUUGUCAAAGAACCUCCCGUCUUUGUGAUGAAGCCCGAGGCCACCGCGCUGGUGGUCAGCGGCAACUCGGUCAAGUUGCAGUGCAAAGUGACGGGCAGUCCUGUCAUAGGUUUCAGGUGGCUGAAGGAUGGCAUGGAGAUGAGCCACAGUCCCAAGUACACAUUGACCUCGGUAGAUUCGGUGGCCUCUCUGGAGAUAGUCGAGUGCACUGUUGAUGACAGUGGAAAUUACGUGUGCAUGGCUACCAGUGAGGCUGGCAGCGACUCUUGCAGUAGCACAGUCACAGUCAAAGAGCCCCCGGCGUUUGCUCGUUUCAUGGAGUCCAAAGAUGCGGUGAAGGGGUCUGAGAUGAUGCUGGAGGCCCAAGUGUCCGGUUCGGCCCCAUUCGCGGUGUCGUUUUACAAAAACACAAAGCUGGUGAGGAACGAUAAGAAACACAGGAUCACGGUGAAAGAGGACCUGGUGGCCCUUCAGGUGCUGGCUUUGGAAGAGGGAGACGUGGGCUUGUACCAGUGUAGAGUGGAGAACGAAGUGGGGAAGGCCACUUGCGAAUGUCGAGUCACUCUCAAAGAGCCUCCUUCGUUUGUCCAAAAGCUGGAGAGCGUGAGUGCCUUGGCAGGAAGCGAGGUGUCCUUGCGAUGCACCCUGAAGGGCUCGGAGCCCAUGACCGUCACCUGGUUCAAAGACAACUACGAGCUGAAAGAGGCCGAAAACAUUCAGAUUUUGUACAAGGACUGGACGGCCCUGCUGCACAUCACCAAGAUUGACAGCAAGCAUGGCGGCAAAUUCUCGUGCCAUGCUCAGAAUCAGGCGGGGAGCCAGACCUGCUCUGCCGUUCUGACCGUAAAAGAACCGGCUAAGGUCACCGAGGAGGCCAAGUCCAUCAGUGUGACUCAGGGAGACCUGGCCACCUUGGCGGCCAGGUUCUCGGGCACCAAGCCCCUUAAGGUGCGCUGGCUAAAGGCCGGCAAUGAACUGGUCUCCGGCCAGCGGUACAAAGUACAAAGCACGGACUCCGGCUCUGUGCUAAAAAUCAAUAAAACCGAUAAAAGUGACGACGGGGACUACACCUUUGAGGUUUCAAACGAUGUAGGGAGCAGUUCUUGCAAGGCGAAGCUCACCAUUUUGGAUCAAAUCAUUGCGCCGACAUUCACGAGGAAGCUGAAGCAAAUCGAAGGUAUCAAAGGCUCCUUCGCGCAUCUCGAAUGCGUCGUCUCUGGCUCACUGCCCCUCAGCAUCCAGUGGUACAAAGACGAAAAGCAGAUCCAGACGGACGACAAACACAAGUGCACCUUCUUUGAGAACGUCGCUUUCCUGGAAAUCUCCGACCUGGACAGCAAAGAUAGCGGCAGCUAUGCCUGCAUCGCUAAGAACAAGGCGGGAAGCGCUCAGUGCUCGGGCACCUUGUUUGUCAAAGAGCCUCCCUGCAUUAUUGAACCACCAGAAUCAAUGAACGUUCUGCCUGGCUCAAAGGUCCAUUUCAGCGCUUUGGUCUCAGGCACGCCACCGCUGACCAUAAAAUGGUUUAAGAACCAGAAAGAGAUCUUGUCCAGCUCCGACUGCCUGGUAACAAAGGACAACACCUCCACUUCUUUGGAGCUCUUCUUUGCCAAAACCUCAGACUCCGGCGACUACGUCUGCGAGGUUCACAACGAUGUCGGCACCGUCUCCUGCCAAGCCACACUCUUCGUCAAAGAACCGCCGAAAUUCACGCGUACGCCAGCGCGCUUGUCUGUGAUCCGACCGGGUCAGAGUCAAGUCUUUGAGUGCCAAGUUUGCGGCACUCCCGAGAUAGACAUCUACUGGUUCAGGGAGGGUUCCGAGAUCAGCCCCGACAGCCGCCACAAGAUGACCUUUGUCAACUCCUUGGCCACCCUGGAGUUGUGCGGAACCGACAUCAAAGACAGCGGGACCUACUUCUGCGAAGCUCGCAAUGAAGCGGGAAGCGAGAGCUGCAGUAUGGAACUGCAGGUCAAAGAGCCGCCCGUGUUUGUACGAGAGCUGAUGCCCGCUAGCGUUGUGACAGGCAGCGGCGCCUGGCUAAACUGUCAACUGGCCGGCACCGCCCCCUUUGACAUCACGUGGCACAAAGACGGCAAGGAGCUGAAGGCCAGCGCUAAACACGGCCUCUCCCUGCUCAAUGACACGGUGGGCCUGGAGGUGAACAGAUGUGACACGGGCGAUGUUGGCGAAUACCAGUGUACCGUAGCCAACGAGGUGGGAAGCUGUAGUUGUAAGGCCGUACUGAGCCUCAAAGAACCACCGACAUUUACAAAGAGAAUGGAAAACGCCACCUGUGUUCUGGGUAAGAAGGUGGUCUUUGAGUGCUCAGUGGGCGGCUCCCCAACCAUUUCUGUACAAUGGCAAAAGGACGGCAACUGGAUUUUGGAAGAUCCAAACAUGGAGAGAACGUUUGAGAACCAUUCGGCCACACUCAGGAUCCUUGCCUGUGAAGCAGGUCACAGCGGCUCUUACACUUGCCAGGCCAUGAAUGACGCCGGCCAGGAUAAGUGUGUGGCCACCCUGGCGGUCCAAGAACCUCCUCAGAUCUCCGAGAAACCCCAGGUGGUGAGGGUGACGGCCGGAGACCCGGUCAGUCUGGACUGUAAGGUAACGGGCUCGCCAGAGCUCAAAGUGCGUUGGCUGAAAGAGGGCAAGGAGCUGCAGUCCAUCAGGCAGCACAAGCUGAGCUUUGAGAACAACAUCAGCAGCCUGAAGAUUCAGUCAGCGCAGAGAGAGGACGAGGGCGACUAUGUCUUUGAAGUGUCCAACCACAUCAGUAGCUGCAGUUGCACUGUCCAAGUGGUUGUCUCAGAACAAGUCAUCCCGCCGAGCUUCAUUCAACCCCUCAGAGACAUGCAAGAGAUUUUGGGCUCUUUUGUUCAGAUGGUUUGCAAGAUAUCCGGGUCCAUUCCCGUCUCUGUAGAAUGGCAGAAAGACGGCAGAAAGAUCUCCAGCGGGGUGAAGCACAAGCUGAUUCAGCAAGACAACUCUGUGUGCGUGGAGAUUGAGCACUUGGAGAUUUCAGAUGCAGGUUCUUACUCCUGCAAACUCAGCAACUCCGCAGGAAGCUGCCAGUGCACCGGAAGCCUGAGAGUCAAAGAACCGCCCACAUUUGUCACCAUGCCAGAGUCCCAGGCCACCAUACCCAAUGCCACGGUGCGUUUCAAAGGGACUUUCAAGGGGACACCACCCUUCAGUAUCAAGUGGUUCAAGGAAGAUUUGGAGCUGAUGACAGGGCCCGCAUGUCUCAUGGGGCUGGAGGGGCUCUCCUGCUUCCUGGAGCUCUACUCUGUGGGUGUCACCCAGAGCGGCGUCUACUCAUGCCAAGUCAGCAACGAUGCCGGCUCCGUGCGAUCCAGCGCAGACUUGACGGUCAAAGAACCACCCGAGUUUGUGCUGAAAAUCCCAGCCAGUAAGUGUGUGAAGCGGGGCGAGCCACUCCGCCUGGAGUGCAGGGUCACCGGUACCGGACCCAUCAAGGUGACCUGGUACAAGCAGGACACCAAGCUGAUGGACGGCGGCAACUUCAGCAUGUCGUUAGUCGGCUCAGUGGCCACCCUGGAGCUGCACACGUCUGCCUUCGACGAUGACGGCGUUUACACGUGCGAGGCUUUUAGCGACGCCGGCAGUGUCAGCUGUAGCACCACGCUUACUGUGAAAGACCCGCCAUCAUUCAUUCGAGUACCUGAACCGGUAGAAGGGCUGAAAGGGAAGGAUGUGAGUCUGUACUUCGAGAUGAGCGGCACAGCCCCCUUCCAGACUGUCUGGUUCAAGGAGGGCAAGCCUCUGAUGGAGAACAGAAAGUACAAGAUGUUGAGUGAGGGCAGCUCGGCCACGCUGCACAUCAUGGAGAUUGAACCGGCUGACGCCGGGUGCUACGAGUGCAAGGCAUCAAACCCUGUAGGCAGCGACACCGGCCAGGCGUCAGUUAAACUCAGAGAGCCUCCGUCCUUCGUGGAGAAACUGUCCAAUGCGACGGUGGUUCUGGGACAAGAGGUGAGCCUCGUGGCCACCGUCAGAGGCUCUGAACCAAUCGCCGUGUCCUGGCUUCUGGGCAAGGACCACAUUCUCCGGGACGGCGACAACAGAAAAAUCAGCUUUGAGAACCAGCGAGCGUGUCUCAAAGUUUUUGCGGCUGAUGCGGCUGCAGCGGGCCGGUACACGUGCCAGCUGUGCAAUGACGCUGGGAGUACAGAGUGCUUUGCAAACUUGACUGUUUUAGAACCUGCCAAGAUCGUGGAUAAGCCUGACGCUCUGAGCGUGACAGCCGGCGACAUCGCUGCCCUGGAAGUCAAAGUGUGCGGCACCCCAGAGCUGGUGCCCAAGUGGUUCAAGGAUGGAAUGGAGCUGGCCUCCGGCAGGAAGUACAACAUUUCCUUUUCCCGCAUGAUCUCCAGCCUGAACGUGCUGGCAGCGGAGAAACUGGAUUCCGGAGAGUACACCUUUCAAAUUACCAACGAGGUCGGGAAGGACCUGAGCAAAAUUAAUCUCACUGUCUUAGACAAAAUCAUCCCGCCUUCUUUCACGAGAAAACUCAAGGACUGUAACACGGUGGUGGGCCAAACCGUCGAGAUGGAGUGUAAGGUGUCGGGUUCGACCCCUUUCACCAUUUCCUGGUACCGAGAUGACGAGGAGCUUCACAGUGGGCCCGCCUACGGCAUCUCCUUCGGCGACAACAACUGCACCCUGAGGCUACCGAGCCUCAAGCUGUCCGACUCGGGACAAUACAGGUGUAAGGCGAUCAAUGAAGCGGGAUCCAGCGAAACCAGUGCCACCUUGGACGUCAAAGAGCCGCCGUCUUUCGCGGUUCCGCCGCAGCCGGUCGAGGCGACGCCGGGCUCGGACGUUAUCUUCUCGGCCAUCGUAAAGGGCAGCGUCCCCCUCAGGGUGAAGUGGUUCAGGGGUGCCAAGGAGCUGGAGGCCGGGCGGGACUGCGACUUCUCGCUGAAGGACAACCAGGUCCUCAUGCAGCUCUCCCGGGUGGAUAGGAGUCACGCCGGAGAGUACACGUGCCAGGUCAUCAACGACGUGGGCAAGGACAGCUGCCCCGUCAACCUGCUGCUCAAAGAGCCAGCUUUGUUCGUGAAGAAGCUGAAGGAUGUGUCUGUGGAGAAAGGUAAACCUCUGAGGCUGGAGUGUACGUACUCAGGGACGCCCGAGAUCUCGGUGAGCUGGUUCAAGGACGAGCAACCGGUGUUUGCGUCGUACAAAUACAACCUGAGCACUACGGAGAGCGCUUGCAUCCUGGAAUGUCUGAGCACAGACGACAAGGAUGCCGCCGGAAAGUACACCUGCCGCGUGGCCAACGAUGCCGGCAAAGAUGAAUGCGAGGCCACCGUCACCGUCCUGGAGCCGCCGUACUUCCUGGAGCCCCUGGAGUCCAUGGAGGUCACGUCCGGUGACCCCGUCUGCCUCAAAUGUCACGUGGCGGGCACCCCCGAGAUCAAAGUGUCCUGGUUUAAGGGCGAUGGCAAAGUGCGCUCCAGCGCCGCCUGCAGACUGGAGUACAGCAAAGGCGUGGCCUGCCUCAAACUCAGCAAAGCCACCAAGGUCGAUAUGGGCGAGUACACCUGCAAGGCCGAGAGCAAGAUCGGGAUGGCCGCCUCCACGUGUCGCCUCAGCGUGCAAGAGGCUAAGACUCCGCCGAGCUUCCCCAAGAAGAUCGUGAGCCUCCAGCAAACCUUGGGAUCUACGGUCUGUUUCGAGUGCCGCGUGGCCGGCUCAUCCCCUCUGGACGUUGCUUGGCUGAAGGAUGGCGAGCCGGUGCGGGACGAGGAUGACUUUACGGUGCUCUACCAUGACAACACAGCCACGCUUACCAUUAACCGCAGCCAUAUGAGGCACGCCGGGGAAUACGCCUGCGUGGCCACCAACAGUGUUGGCUCCGCAUCGUGCAGAGCUAAGCUCACCCUGCAAGAGCCGCGGUAUCCACCAGUCUUUGACAGGAAGUUGUCGGCGACGCAGGCUGUGAUGGUGGGUGAUGGCGUAGAGCUGGAGUGUCACCUGAUUGGCUCGACACCCAUGAAGGUGACCUGGUCUAAGGACCACAAGGACAUCCGGAGUGGCGGGAACUACAGGAUCCGCAUGGAGGAUAACACCGCCCAGCUCAUUAUCCUCAAGACCGACAAAGCAGACACGGGAAGAUACUCCUGCCAUGCUGCCAACGAUGUCGGGAAGGACUCCUGCUUCUGUGAUGUCACAGUCAAAGAGCGUAAGAACCCUCCAAUAUUCACCAAAAAGCCAUCUGAGGAAUUGGAGGACACUGAGGGUCGCCUGGUCAAGAUGGAGGCUCGGGUGUCUGGAUCCCAGCCCAUGUCCGUCCUUUGGCUUAAGGACGGCGCCGGCAUCUCAGACUCUGACGAUUACGACUUGAGCUUUAAGAGCAACGUGGCUGUGCUAUGCAUCAAGAAGAGCCGACGUGAGCACAGCGGAAAAUAUAGCUGCCAAGCGACCAAUGAGGCAGGAAAGGCGGAGUGUGGCGUCACCCUUAAAAUCUCAGAGGGAAAGUCCGCCCCAGUGUUUGACGUACCACUGAAGGCCAUGUCCGUGUCUGAGGGAGAGCGUCUGAGUCUGCGCUGCCACGUCCGCGGCUCACCUCCUCUCCGGAUCCAAUGGAUGAAAGACCGAAAAGAAGUGGCGCCGUCCGCGACCUGUCGCGUCACCUUCUCAGACGGGACGGCCUGCUUAGAGAUCGGCGCGGCGACCCGUCAUGACGCCGGCGACUACAUCUGCAAGGCUACUAAUGACGCUGGCAGCGAGCUGUGCCGCGCUAAAGUCACCGUCAAGGAAAAAGAAGCCGCGCCUACUGACCUGGCCGCUGAGGUUGCUGCCACCAAGAAGCUGGAUCAGCUCUUCUUCAUCCAGGAGCCCAAGGGCAUGCACGUCACUGAGAAGGGCACGGCCACCUUCAUUGCCAAGGUGGGCGGGGAGCCCAUCCCCAGCGUCAAGUGGAUGAAGGGCAAGUGGAGGCAGCUGACCCAGGGUGGCCGCAUCUCCAUCGAGCAGAAGGGUCAGGAGUCCAAACUGGAGAUCCGGGAGGUGACCAAGUCUGAUUCGGGCCAGUACCGCUGCGUGGCCUCCAACAAGCACGGCGAGAUCGAGUGCCCCGCCGACCUCCACGUAGAUGAGAAAAAGACGGCCGCCCAGCUCGAGGGAGACCUGAGAGCUAAGCUCAAGAAAACGCCGUCCAAGCAGAAGAGUCCCGAGGCGGAGCAGGACAUUGACAUUGUCGAGCUGCUGAGAAACGUGGACCCCAAGGAGUACGAGAAAUAUGCCCGCAUGUACGGCAUCACCGACUACCGGGGUCUCCUCCAGGCCAUUGAGCAGCUCAAGCAAGAGAAGGCUGAAGAAACUGGUCGACAAGAAAUUGAGCGUGGACCCAGGGAGGACGAGGACAUGGCCAGGCUGGUGGCCGACCUGCAGAAGAGGAUGGAGCGCACAGAGCCCGUAACCGUGGUGAAAGACAUCUGCGACCAGUCUGUUCUCGUUGACGAGGAGGCUCUGUUUGAAUGUGAGGUGAAAAUCAACUACCCCGAAAUCAUGCUGUCCUGGUACAAGGGCACCCAGAAAUUGGACACCGACGACAAGUACCACAUCAGCGUGAGUGGAGAGUGCCACCUGCUGAAAAUUAAGGGGUGCCAACUCGCAGACCAGGGCAACUACCGGGUGGUGUGCGGACCUCAUAUUUCCAGCGCCAAGCUCAACGUCACUGAGGUUGUGGUGGAGACACACCUUCAGGACAUGUCGGGGAAGGAAGGCCAGUCAUGUACGUUGACUUGUCAGUUGUCCAUCCCCAAUGUGGAAGUGCAGUGGUUUAAGAAUGGCCAGCUGUUAGACACCAAGGGUGGCAGGUUCAAGUACGAAGUCAAACACAAGCUGCAGAAGCUUCAUAUCAAAGACUUGAAGCCCGAAGACCAGGGCCGGUACACCUGCAGGUACCUGAACCUGCAGUCCUCUUCGGACCUUUGGGUGGAAGCUGAGCAAAUUCAUUUCACCAAGCGCAUCCACAACGUGGAGGUGAACGAGCGUCAGGCUGCCACCUUUGAGUGCGAGGUGUCCUUCGACAACGCGGUGGUGUCCUGGUACAAGGACACCUGGGAGCUGAGAGAAAGCCCCAAGUACAACUUCCGCAGUGAGGGCCGGAGACAUUUCAUGGUCAUCCGAAAUGUGAGCGUGGAGGAUGAAGGCGUGUACUCGGUGAUUGUGAGGUUGGAGCCCCGGGGCGAAGCUAAGAGCAGCGCCGAGCUCUAUUUGUCUGGCAAAGAGAUCCAAUUAGCCACGGUUCCCUUUGAUGUGCAAGACGUUCCUGUGGAGAAGCCUGAAGCACCUUCAUCGGUGGACGUCGAAGUUAGUGUCCAAGAGGCAGUGGAAAGACAGAAAGUGGAAGUGAGAGAGGAAGUGCUUUCCAAAGUGGCCAAAGUCCGGGAGGAACAGGAAGUGGAGCUGGCAGCAGAGGAGGAAGAAGCAGUGCGCCUGCAAGUGACCAAAGUGGCAGAAGAAGUUCGAAUGGAGAAGAAGAAGAAGAAAGUCGUCAGCCCGGUCGAAGAAGCCGAGGCAGUCGCAGAGCCCCCGACACCAAAGAAGCCGGAGCCAAAGAAAGACGAGCCCAAGCCUCCAGCACUGGCAGAGUCUAAAAAGGUUCCACCUGAAGUCGAACCGGUGGUGAAGCCUGAGCUGGAGCCCGAGCCCAAAGUCAAGCAAGUGGCAAAGCCCGAGCAGGAGCCUAAAGUCAAGCAGGUGGCAAAGCCUGAGCCCGAGCCCGAACCAAAGCUUAAAGUCAAACCGGCGGUGAAGCCCAAAGCGGAGCCUGAGCCCGAGCCUGAACUAAAGCUUAAACUCAAACCGGCGGUGAAGCCCAAACCGGAGCCUGAGCCUGAGCCCGAGCCGGCGCCCAAACUCAAGCCAGUGGUGAAGCCCAAGCAGGAGCUCGAGCCGGAGUCCAAGGUCAAACUGGCAGAGCCCAAACUCAAGCCGGUUGCAAAGCCUGAGCCAGAGCCAGAGCCCAAACUCAAGCCGGUUGCAAAGCCUGAGCCAGAGCCCAAACUCAAGCCGGUUGCAAAGCCUGAGCCAGAACCGGAGGGCAAGCCUGUGCUGUUGAAAAAGCCGACCGCACCGUCACCCAAAGUCUCCGAGGAGCCAAAACCAGAACCUGUUCAGAUCAAGUCCAAACCUGAAGUGCCAAAAGCAGAGCCAGUGGUGGUGCCCGAACCAGCGCCUGUAGCGGUAUCUAAACCAGCCAAAGCAGAGCCUGUCGUGGAGCCCAAAGCACUCGCACCAGUGCCUGCGGUAGAAACUGGACCUCCUAAACCUGAGCCUGUAGUGGCAUCCAAACCAGAGCCCGUGGAGAUACCUCAAGUGCCUAAAGUGAAGCCCGUGGAGGCACCAAAACCCUCCAAACUGGAGCCUGUGGUGAAAAAAGCUGAAGUAGCAGAGCCCACGGUGACCAAAGUAGAACCGCCAAAGGCCAAAGAACCAAGGGAACCUUCCACAAAAGUGCCAGAGAAGCCAGCGAAGAAGGAGGCUGCUGCAGAGCUUCAGAAGCCCUCCAGAGAAGAAGAAACACUCAAGAAGGUCACCCGAGUUCCUGUGGCAGAGAAGAUAGUAAAUGAACCGAAAGUGGCCAAGAGAGCUGAGACUGCUGCGCUUCCUCCCAAAGAAGAGCCGGCAGAACUACAAAGAGUUGAAGAUUUAGAAACUCAGAAGGUUGUCAAGAUGCCAACUUUGGUGAUUGAACCAGAGGAGAAAGUGUCUCUCCUAGAAAAAGCGAGGCCAAGCGGGCUUGAGCAGCCACAGGAGAUGCCUCACGCCGCAGAGACGGCCUUUCUCAUCGAGGAAGCUUGCUCUUACGAGGCCGAGCCACGAGACCGCGCCCGAGUCUCGGAGCAGAAGGCCUUGUGCCCGCCGGGGCACGUGAAGAUUUCCUUGACGGAGACCCGCCUGAAACAUUCUGAGCGUAGAGGCGAGAUGUCUGCGACUGAUGGUAAGGAGACUGCUGCCAUAGCGGAGAAACCGCAAGAGCUUGAGAAUGAGCGGGCCACCAACCAAGAAGUUAGCAACCAAAGAAAACACCAGAAGCGUGUGGUGGCAGUCAAGAAAGAAAGCCAGGAUAUCAUCUGGAGAGAAUCCGAGGAGGUCUCCAGGGUGAAACUGGAAGCGGCCCACAAAGACCAGAUUGCGUCUCUAGCGCGAGACAAAAGAAGCCGCAGUCCGGAAGAGCUAGGAUCAGACAAAGCUGAAGCCAAAGAUGAACGUUCAGCAGGACGUCACCGGGGAGCCGAGAAAAAGCAAGAAGAGAGUCCUCGACCGAUUGAAGGGCCGACGAAAGCAGAAGCAGAGGUCUCGGGGUCCGAGAUCCCGUCUCGGCAAGCCCUCCGUCGUGGCCACAGCCCAAAGGAAGACUCCGGGCUUCAGAUUCAAAGGUUAAGAAGAAGCCAAGAGCAAGAAGACGCAGCUGCUGCCAGAGAAGCUGACAGGUUCUCCGCCAUUGAGAAGUUGGAGAAAGAAAGCCAGAGAGCUUCGGUGGAGGAGUUGCAACCGCCGGUCAAGGAACUGGCAGCCAAGCCUGCGGUUCCACCAAAAGAUCGCCAAGCACCGACACCAGUUGAAGUCAAAACGCCAGAUGAGGUUGAGCAGCUGCAAGAAGCACGGACCAAGCCAGCGGUCAAGCCGCUUGUGAAGGCUGAAGAUCCCACCGUGAAGGUUGUGGCAGAAGAAAAAUCUGUGAAAGUGGCCCCCGUGACAGAUGAAACCAAGGGACCAGUUCAAGCACCGGCAGGAGUCAAGAAAGAACCAGCUCGGCUAAAAAAAGGUAAAGUUCCCACGGAAGAGACAGGGACAUUUGAGCUCCCGACUCUCAGGAAAGCCACUCCGGUCUCGAGGGAAGAGGUGGAGCAGGGGCUGGAAAAGGUCCAGCUCAAGAAGAUUCCGUCGGUGUCACCUAAAGAGGCUGAGAAGGAUCAGAAACUCGGAGAGGCCACCAGGACCACGCAAGUUGACAUAAUCCAGCUGGUGCAUGAAGAGCGUGCAGUCGAGAUGACGGUUACAAGCAGGAGUUCUGGAGAGGAGUGGACACCGAGAGACAAAGCAGAGGUGGAGAAAAAGCAGGAAAUUCCAAAGCCAAAACAAGAAUUAGAAAAAGAAGACCUUGAGCCUAAAUGGAGCCGUCAAAAAGAAACUCCAAAAGAUGACAGACCAGAGGAAGUGGUUUUGCGGAAGAAAUCUGCCAAAACUACGAAGGAGGAAGCAGGCCCUCCUGCUGCUGCUGCCUUGAAAAAAGUGAAAAAACUGCCUUCCGAUAAAGUGGAACAAGAAGUUGUCAAACUAAAACCCUUUGAGAAGCCGGUUCAAGCUGCCAAUGAGCCGGAGAAAGCCAAAGACACACCAGACAGAGACACUGUGGCUUUCCAAAAGGGAGCCAGGCUUCCCAGGGAGACUGAGGCAGAGGAACCACAGAAGAUCCCUCAGAAAGUACCAACAGAGGUAAAGGAGCCCUCGGCAAAGGUGCCAACGCGAGUACCCGAGGAAAAAUUGGAGGAGGAGGAGGAAGAAGCUAAAGCGCCAGUAAAGGUAAAGAAAACCCCAACAAGGCAGCCCGAGCCAGCGCCAGAGAAGAUGGCUCAGAAGCCGUUCUCUCGGCCUUCAAACCAAGCUAUUGAACCAGAGAAGAAACCGUCAGCCGUUGAAGAGAAGGGGCCGACAGAGGACCGUGUAGUUCCUGUGGGUGAACCAGAAGUGAAAGUACCACUUGCUACACCAAAGAAACCUGAGACCCCUCAAGCGGAGGAGGGAAACCUGGAGAAGAAGAGAGACCCUGAGCCACUUCCAGCAAAGAAGACUCCCUCUCAAGUGCCAUCUCCUUUGAAGAAACCCGAUCAAGUUUCAGAGGAGCCUAAACCACUGAAGCUCAGGAAGGGAGUCACAGCCAAGGCCAAGGAUCAGAAAGAAGUUGCUUUGACACCUGUGGAGCAAAUCAAGAAAAUUCAGCUGAAAAAGACACCAUCGCCCAAAGUGGAGAAGAGCAAAGAAACCGAAGGGAUUCCUGCUGCCUAUAAACUCCGAAAAACUCCCAAAACAGUUUCACCCAAGGACUCCCCAGAUGCAGCCACUCUUAAGAAAGGAGCCAAAACGCCCUCGCCCAAGGAAACGAUUCCCCUGGUCAAGGAAAUUUCUCCCGGAGCGGUCGAGAUGAGAAAAGUAGCGACUCAGCCAGAAGAGGAGGUGUUUGAGGAGGACCUCAGGCUGGACGAGGAGGCGGAGCCAGAAGAGGAAGAGGCCUGGGGCUGGGAACUGGUUCCUGAUGAAGACUGGGAAGGUGAAGGGGAGGAGGAGGAGCUGGGUGCUCUGGAGGUGCCGGGGGCGACCAGGAGAGAGGGACAGCCGGCAGAGGAAGCAGGAAGGGCAAGAGGAAGAGGCCUCAAACCCAAGCUGACGCCAUCGCCCGGUGAAGGCAGGGGACGUGGUCUCAGACCUGCCGGACGAGGCGCUCCUACACCUCCGGAGGAGCCUUUUGGAGGAUUCAAACUCAAAGCGGUGCCGCUCAAGUUCAUCAAGAAGCUGGAGGACAUUGUGCUGCAGGAGGCCGAGUCCAUCGGCUCUGCGGCCGUCUUUGAGUGCCAGGUGUCGCCGUCCACCGCCGUCACCUCGUGGAUGAAGGAUGGCGGCAACCUGCGCGAGAGCCCCAAACACAAGUUCACCUCAGACGGCAAAGACCGUAAGAUGAUGGUUAAAGACGUGCAGCUGUCGGACACCGGAGAGUACACUUGCGUCGCCAAGAACGCCGGCAAGGAGAUCAGCUGUACCGCCAAGCUCAUUGUCGAAGAGCUCCCUGUAAAAUGGAUCAAGGAGUUGGAGCCGGAGAUGUCGGCUGUGAAGGGUCAGCCGCUCUACCUGUCCUGCGAGCUGAACAAGGAGAGAGAUGUCAUCUGGAGGAAGAACGACAAGGUCCUGAAGAAGCAGGAAAACAAGUUCCAGAUCAACAUCAUUGGGCUGGCGCACGCUGUGACCAUUCAAAACACCGUUGAGGAGGACGCUGGUUGCUACUCCUGCGAAGUGGCCAACCAGGCUGAGUUGAAGACGUCAACAAACGUGAAAGUGACGGAGGUCAUCAAGGAUUGGCUCGUAAAGCCUCUGAGGGACCAGCAUGUGAAACCCAAGGCAAGCGCCACGUUUAAAGGCCUGCUGUUCAAGGACACUCCCAACUGGAAAUGGCUCAAAGGAGACAAGGAGUUGAUCCCCUCCGACAAAGUGGAGAUCAACAAGGACGGGAAGGACCUGACGCUGACCAUUAAGAACUGCCAGCCCGACGAUGUUUCCGACUACUCGGUGGAGGUGGAGGGACGUGUCUACAGCGCCAAAUUGACUCUCGGAGAGCGCGAAGCUGAAAUCUUGAAGCCCCUGACCAGUGUGGAGGUGUUCGAGAAGGAAGAUGCUGCCUUUGAGACGGAAAUAUCUGAGGAUGACAUUCCAGGACAAUGGAAGCUCAAAGGGGAGCCUCUGACCAGAUCCCCGACCUGCGACAUCCAAAUGGAGCGUGGCGUGCGCCAACUGAAGCUUAAGAAGUGUCAAGUGGAUCAGUCGGGCGAGGUGUCCUACCAAGCAUUGAACGCUGUCACGAGCGCAAUGCUCACCGUGAAAGAAAUCCCAAUGGACUUUGUCGUACCACUCAAGGACGUAAGUGUGCCUGAAAAGAAACAGGCCAAGUUUGAAUGUGCCAUCACCAGAGAUGUCCCCAAGGCCAUGUGGUACAGGGGAAGCGAAAUAAUCACACCAGACACCAAGUAUGACAUCAUCGCCGAUGGCAAAAAGCACUUGCUCAUCAUCAACUGCUGCCAGUUUGACGACGAGGACGAAUACAGGAUUGAGGUUUUGGGCAAAGAGUCCAAGGCGAGACUCAUUGUGGAGGGCAUCAGGCUCAAACUGACUUCGCCGCUCAAAGACCAAACGGUGAAGGAGGGCAGCACAGUUCGCUUUGAGCUGGAGCUCUCUCACGAAGAUAUUCCGGUGACCUGGUACAGGAACGACGUCAAAGUCCAUCCCAGCCGAACGGUGCUAAAGCACGUGGAUGGAAAGCGGCACGUGCUGGAGAUCAAGGACGUGACUCUGGAUGACACUUGCCAGAUCAAGGCUGAGGCCAAAGGAGUCUCCUCCAUGGCGAACUUGACCGUCAUAGAGGGAGACGCGUACUUCAUCGUCAAGCUGCAGGACUACACAGCAGUGGAGAAGGACAAGGUGGCCCUAGAAUGUGAGCUCAACAAAGAUGUUAAGGUGCUUUGGUACCACAAUGAAGAAGAGGUGAAGGCUUCCAAGGUGGUCGCCAUCAAGGCCGAGGGCAAGCGCAGAACGCUGCUCAUCAGGAAAGUGGCCGACAUAGACAAGGGACAGUACGUGUGUGACUGCGGGACGGACAAGACGACAGCAAGCCUUCACAUUGAAGCCCGCCAUAUCCGAGUGCUGCGGCCGGUGUACGGCGUGGAGGUGUUUGAGGGGGAGACGGCUCGCUUCGAGGUGGAGCUGAGCGAGGACGACGUGCACAGCCAGUGGAAACUCAACGGCCAAGUCUUAAGUCCAUCUCCCGAUGUGGAGAUGGUGGAGGAUGGAGCCAAGCACACUCUGGUGCUCUACAACUGCAAGGUGCCUCAGACCGGCGAGGUUUCGUUUAGCGCCGCUGACGCCAAGUGCUCGGCCAAUCUGAAAGUCAAGGAGAUUCCCGUUUCUUUCAUCACGCCGCUGGCUGACGUGCGCGUCUUUGAAAAGGAUGAUGCCAAGUUUGAGCUGGAGGUGUCCAGAGAACCCAAAAGCUUCCGUUGGUUCAAAGGCUCUCAGGAACUGAUGAGCGACGACAAAUAUCAGCUGCUGCGAGACGGAAACAAACACGCUCUUGUCGUCAAAUCCGCCAGAUAUGAAGAUGAAGCCAAGUACCUGUUUGAGGCCGAAGACAAGAGAACGUCAGGGAAGCUGAUCAUUGAAGGUAUCCGCCUGGAGUUUCUCAAACCCAUCAAGGACGUGACGGUGAAAGAGCGCGAAACGGCCGAGUUCAGUGUGGAACUCUCCCACGAAAACAUCCCGGUGGUUUGGUACAAAAGCGGCGCACGCCUGCACCCCAGCAAGGUGGUGCACAUGUCAGAGGACGGUCGAGUCCACACACUGGCCUUCAAGGAGGUCUCUAUUGAUGACACGUCCCUGAUCAAAGUGGAAGCCAUGGACAAGACUUCUGAGGCCAUGCUCACCGUGCUGGAGGGCGACCUCUACUUCACGCUCAAGCUCCAAAACUACAGCGCUAUCGAAAAGGACCAAGUGGUGCUGUCCUGUGAGUUGAGCAAAGCUUCCGGCGAGGUCCGCUGGUUCAAAGACGGGAAGGAAAUCUUUGCUUCCAAGAACAUUGUGAUGCAGUCCGAUGGCAGGAAGCGCAUGCUGGUCAUCCGCAAGGUGUCCAAGAGCGACAAGGGAGCCUUCACGUGCGACUGUGUCACUGACAGAACCACAGCCCAGCUCAACAUCGAAGAGCGCGACAUCAAGGUGAUGCGUCCGCUCUACAGCGUGGAAGUCACUGAGACCGAGACGGCUAAGUUUGAAACCGAGAUCUCCGAGGAGGACCUUCACGCCACCUGGAAGUUGAAGGGCGAGACACUUCACCCGUCCACUGAUGUGGAGAUCAAGGAGGAAGGCGUCAGGCACACCUUGAUCCUCUUCAACUGCCGCAUGGACAUGGCGGGAGGAGUAGACUUUGCCGCCGCCAAUGCAAAAUCAUCCGCUCAGCUCCGCGUCAAAGCCCGAGUGGUGACCCUGACGCGGCCGCUGAGCGACGUGACUGUGACGGCCAGCGAGACGGCCACCUUCGAGUGCGAAGUGUCUUACGAGGACGUCCCCGUGGAGUGGUUCCUGGAGGGCGUCAAGCUGGAGCCCAGCGACAGAGUGGUACUGAAGUCGGAGGGUAAAGUCCACAGCAUGACCCUGAGGGACGUUCAGCUGCAUGAAGCAGGACAGGUUCGGCUCACCACCAAAGACUGCCAGACCGAAGCUAGACUCAUCGUCAAAGAGCCACCGGUGGAGUUCACCAAGCCACUGGAAGACGAGACGGUGGAGGAGGAGGCCACCGCCACUCUGGAGUGUGAAGUCUCUCGGCCCAAUGGCGAGGUGCAGUGGUUCAGAGACGGACAGGAGAUCCGCAAGACCAAAAAGUACGAGAUGCUCGUAGACGGACGCAAAAGGACGCUGCUCAUCCACGGAUGCGCCCUGGAUGACUCCAGGACCUACUCCUGUGCUGCCAAAGAAUUCAAGACUUCCUGCUUCCUAAACGUAGAACCUCUCCGCGUGGAGUUUUCCAAGCCGCUCCAUGACUUGGAAGUGCAAGAGAAGGAAUCUGCCAGGUUUGAGUGUGAAGUAUCCCGAGAGAAUGUGAAGGUUUGCUGGUUCAAGGACGGAAGUGAAAUCCGAAAAGGGAAGAAGUACGAAAUUAUUGCUCAGGGACGCCAACACAUCCUCGUUGUCCACAAGUCGGUGAUGGAUGACGAAGCCGAGUACGAGUGCGACGCUAAAACCGCCAAGACCUCCGGAAUGCUGACUGUUAUCGAGGAGGAGGCCAGGUUCACCAAGAACCUGUCCGACGUGGAGGGAACCGAGACUGACACCGUGAAGCUCAUCUGCGAAGUCUCCAAAGCCGACGCUGACGUCACCUGGUACAAGGGCGAGGAAGAGUUGCCGGAUGGCGGCCGCUAUGACCAUAUUGUGGACGGCAGGAGGAGAAUCCUCCUUAUUCAGGACCUGAAGAUUCCUGACGCCGGAGAGUACAACUGCAGGCUCAGUCCCAGGGUCAGAACCUCAGGAAACCUCAGGAUUAAUGAACUGGCGGCCGAGUUUCUCUCCAGGCCUCGCAGCGUGGAGGUGGUAGAAGGCGAAAAGGCCGAGUUCACCUGCACCGUGUCCAAGGAGACCUAUGAGGUUAAAUGGCAAAAGGACGACAAGGAGCUGGAGGGCGGAGACAAGUACCAGAUGGUCAGUGAUGGAAAGAGAAGGACUUUGGUCAUCAAGAACUGCGAGCUCAGCGAUGAGUGCAAAUACGUGGUCUUGAUCGGAGCCACCAGAGCCAGCGCCCAGCUCACUGUACACGAAAAACUGAAGAUCAUCACGCCGCUAAAAGACACGGAGGCCAACGAAAGCCAGGAGGUGGUCCUUAUUUGUGAGGUGAACGACGAGGGCGCCAAGGUCAAGUGGCAGAAGAACGACGAGACCAUUUUCGAAAGCAGCAAGUACGUGAUGCUCCAGCGGGACAACAUCUUCUCGCUGAGGAUCCGAGAUGCGCAGCAGGAUGACCAAGCCAAUUACAGCGUCCACCUCAGCAAUCACAGAGGAGAGCAUGUCAAGAGCUCCUGCGGACUUAGUGUCAAAGAGGAACGUUUGAGGAUCGUGGUUCCUCUGGAGGAUGUGGACACACAGGAGAAAAAGACGGUCAGCUUCUCUUGCAAGGUCAACCGCCACAACGUCACUCUGAAGUGGCUCAAGGCCGGCGAGGAGGUGGUCUUCAGCAAGCGCCUGGUAUACCGGGUGGACAAAGACAAGCACACGCUGACCAUCAAGGACUGCACACUGGCCGACGAGGGCGAGUACACGGUGGUGGCCGGCGACGACAAGUCCACGGCGGAGCUGAUCAUCAGCGAGUCGCCCGCCGACUUUGCCAUGCAUUUGAAGGACCAGACCAUUACCGAGUUCGAGGACGCCGAGUUCUCCUGCAAGCUGACCAAAGAGAAGGCCGAGGUCAAGUGGUACAGGGACGGACGCGAGAUCAGAGAAGGACCCAGAUACACGUUUGAAAAAGACGGGAAUAUGUGCUACUUGCGCAUCAAAGAGUGCCGACUAGACGACGAGCGCGAGUACGCGUGCGGUGUCGACGACAAGCGAUCCAGAGCCAGGCUCUUUGUGGAAGAGAUCCCGGUGGAGAUCGUCAGGCCCCCGCAGGACGUAUCGGAGCCGCCCGGCUCGGACGUAAUGUUCGAGGUGGAGCUCAACAAAGACAGAGUUGAAGUCAGUUGGUUGAGGAACAACAUGACCAUUGUGCAGGGAGACAAAUACCAGAUGAUGAGCGAAGGCAAAGUACACAGGCUGCAGGUCUGCGAGAUCCGCCCUCGAGACCAGGGCGAGUACAGAGUGGUGGCCAAGGACAAAGAUGCCAAAGCCAAGCUGGAGCUGGCGGCGGCGCCCCAGAUCAAGACCACAGACCAAAACUACGUCACUGACGCGGGGAAGCCCCUGGUCAUGACGGUUCCCUACAGCGCCUUCCCUCAAGCCAAGGCUGACUGGCUGUACGGCAGUUCAAGUUUGUCCCAGGAUAGCAUCUACACUUCUUCUGACUGCACAGAGUACCGGAUGAAGGACCCCAGAAAGUCUGACGAGGGUCGCUACAAGGUCAUCAUCAAGAACAAACAUGGAGAGGGUGAAGCUUUCAUCAACCUGGACGUCAUUGAUGUCCCGGGGCCCGUGCGGAACCUGCAGGUUGUGGACACCGCUGACGGAGAAGUCAGUUUGGCGUGGGACGAACCGGAGAACGACGGCGGAAGCAAAGUCAUCGAGUAUGUGGUGGAGAGGCGAGACGUCAAACGCAAGACCUGGACGCUGGCUACGGAGCACGCGCAGAGUCCGGAGUACACCGUGACCGGACUCCAGAAGGACUCCAUGUACCUCUUCAGGGUCUGUGCCCGAAACAGAGUUGGCAGUGGACCCCUUGUAGAGACGGACGAACCAGUCCAGGCCAAGAACAAGUUUGACGUUCCUGAUCCCCCUCGGAAUGUGACGGUGGGGAACGUCUCCAAAUUUGGUUGCACCUUGACCUGGGAACCGCCCCAGUAUGACGGCGGUUCGCCGAUCACCUGCUACAUUGUGGAGCUUCGUGACAGGACGUCCGUCAAAUGGUCGCCGGUCCAGUUGACCAAGGCCGAUGAGCUGAGCGCCAUCAUCAAUGACGUCAUUGAGAACAAAGAGUACAUCUUCAGAGUCAAGGCGGAGAACAAAGCCGGCGUCGGAAAGCCCAGUGCCGCCACCUAUCCCGUCAAGAUUAUGGACGCUAUCGAGCCUCCCAGUCCGCCUCAAAACCUGGUCUGGCAGAACCAGAACAAAAACUCGGUGCAGCUGAGCUGGGAGACACCGCUCAGUAACGGCGGGAGCAUGAUUACCGGAUACAUUCUGGAGCGCUGUGAGGACGGAACUGACAAGUGGCUCCGCUGCAACACCCGCCUCUGCCCCGACCUCUUCUACAAGGUGUCUGGACUCAAAUAUGGAACAUACUACAACUAUCGAGCGUUCGCUGAAAACGCUGCCGGCAUCUCGGAUCCAUCCAACGUCAUCGGACCUCUGCUGGCCGACGACCCGCACACCCCACCUACCAUGGACCUGAGUGGCUUCAAAGACGGGCUGGAGGUGAUCGUUCCAAAUCCUCUCAUCAUCCGAGUCCCCAUCACCGGAUAUCCCGUCCCCAUCGCCAAGUGGACAUUCGGGGAGAAGGAGCUGAGCGAUGCCGAUGACCGCGUCACGGUGACCACCAGGUCCACGUUUGCGGAGCUCGUGGUGACUCCCAGCGUCCGUCCGGACAAAGGCACCUACACCCUGCAGCUAGAGAACGACGUUUCGUCUGUCUCCGGAGAAAUCGAAGUCAAUGUCAUUGCCGCGCCAAGUGCACCAAAGGACUUUAAGGUUCUGGAAGUGACCCGCCAGCACGUUCACCUGAGCUGGGAUCCUCCAGAGCACGACGGAGGAAGUCCUCUGACGGGCUACCAGGUGGAGAAACGAGAGGUCUCCCGCAAGACCUGGGUCAAGGCGGCCUCAGGCAUCCAGGAUCUGGAGAUGACAGUCACCGAUGUGAUUGAAGGCAAAGAGUACCUGUUCAAGGUCACGGCCUGCAACAAGUGUGGACCAGGAGAGCCGGCCUACAUUGACGAGCCUGUCAAUGUGUCCUCUCCUGCCACCAUCCCUGACCCACCAGAAAAUCUGCGGUGGAGGGACAAGUCGGCCAGUGGCAUCUUCCUGACCUGGGAGCCUCCCAAGUAUGACGGCGGCAGUAGCAUCCGCGGCUACAACGUCGAACGCUGCCAGAGAGGAAGCGAUCGGUGGGAGCCUUGCGGAGACCUGGUCCCCGAACUUAAGUGCCAAGUCACGGGUCUGACCGAGGGCGAGUGGUACUCGUACCGAGUCCGAGCGCUGAACCGACUCGGAGCCGGUCGGCCCUGCAAGGCCACGGAUGAGAUCCAGGCAGUAGACCCCAAAGAGCCACCAGAGAUCCAGCUGGACGCCAAGCUGCUUGCCGGUCUGACCGCCAAGGCCGGCAGCAAAAUUGAACUCCCCGCCCUGGUGACGGGCAAACCCGAGCCCCGAGUCAAGUGGACCAAGGCCGACCUGGUCCUCAAAGCAGAUGACAGAGUCCAUAUCGACACCAAGCCGGGACACUCCACAGUCACCGUGUCCAAGACCAAGCGGGAUGACAGCUCAACCUACAUCAUUGAGGCCACCAACAGCUGCGGCCGAGCCACCGCCACCGUCGACGUCAAUAUUCUCGACAAACCGGGACCCCCUGCAGCCUUCGACAUUUCGGAAAUUACCAACGAUUCCUGCUUCCUGGCCUGGAACCCACCGCGUGACGACGGCGGCUCCAGAGUCACCAACUACAUCAUUGAGCGCCGCGCCGCCGACAGCGAGAUUUGGCACCGGCUCUCGUCCACCGUCAAACAAACCACCUACAGGGCGGUGGACCUGGUCAAGUUCAAAGAGUACAUCUUCAGGGUUUUUGCCGAGAACCAGUUUGGUGUGGGCCCACCGGCCGAACACCCGUCCAUUAUCGCCAGAUACCCCUUUGACACCCCGGGCCCCCCUUACAAGUUGGAGCCUUCGGACAUCGCCAAGGACUCGCUGACUCUCAGCUGGUACGAGCCCGACGAGGACGGAGGAAGCCCGAUCACCGGCUACUGGGUGGAGCGAUACGAGCCCGACCACGACAGGUGGAUCCGAUGCAACAAGCUGCCCAUCAAGGACACAAACUACAGGGUCAAAGGUCUUCCCACAAGGAAGAAGUACAAGUUCAGAGUCCUGGCUGAAAACCUGGCCGGAACCGGAAAACCGAGCAAGGAAACCGAGCCAAUCUUUGUGAAAGAUCCGAUUGAUCCUCCGUGGCCUCCUGGUAAACCGACGGUGAAGGACGUGGCCAAGACCUCCUGCUUCCUGAUGUGGACCAAACCGGAGCACGAUGGAGGAGCCAAGAUUGACGGCUACGUCAUCGAGAUGCUCAAGAGCGGAACCACCGAUUGGAUCCGUGUGGCGGAGGACGUCGGCAUGACCGAGUACUUCCUGAAGGGCCUGAUGGAGAAGCAGGAGUACUCCUUCAGGGUGCGAGCCGUCAACGUGGCCGGGGAGAGCGAGCCCAGCGAGCCCAGCGACCCGGUCCUCUGCAAGGAGAGGCUCAACCCCCCUUCGGCUCCUCGCUGGCUGGAGGUCACCGGCAUUAGCAGGAAGAGCGCUGAGUUGAAGUGGACCGUUCCAGAGCGCGAUGGAGGCUCCCCCAUCACCAACUAUGUGGUGGAGAAACGGGAUGUCCGACGUAAAGGCUGGCAGGCCGUGGACACCACCGUCAAGGAGCUCAAGUACACGGUGGCGCCGCUCAACGAAGGCUCGCUCUACGUGUUCCGCGUGGCGGCUGAGAACGCAGUUGGCGUCGGGCCCUUCUGCGAGAUGGAGGACUCGGUGCUGGCCAAGGAUACUUUCACCACUCCCGGGCCACCGUACGCCCUCGCAGUGGACGCCGUGACCAAAAGAUAUGUCGACCUGCAGUGGGAGGCGCCCAAGAAUGAUGGUGGCAGACCUAUCCUCAGGUAUUCUAUCGAAAAGAAGGAGAAGCUCGGAACUCGCUGGGUCAAGUGCGGAAAGACUUCCGGGCCGGACUGCAAAUAUAGAGUGACAGACGUGAUCGAAGGAACAGAAGUUCAGUUCCAAGUCCGCGCCGAGAACGAGGCGGGAGUCGGACAUCCGAGCGAACCUACCGAGAUCCUGACCAUCGAAGACCCGACAGGCGUCCCGUCACCUCCCGUCGAGCUCCACGUGACGGCCGCAGGCCGGGACUUCCUGUCCAUCGGCUGGAAGCCUCCGCAGAGAGACGGCGGCUCCCCCGUCACCGGCUACCACAUCGAGAUGUGCGAAGCCGGGACGGAGAAAUGGAUGAGGGCCAACUCUCGUCCCGUCAAGGAACUCAAGUUCACCGUGGCGGAAGGUGUUGUCCCUGAGAAGGAGUACGUCUUGAGAGUGAGAGCUAUCAACUCUGUCGGAGUCAGCGAGCCCUCUGAUAUCUCUGAGAACGUCGUUGCCAAAGAUUCCGACUGCAACCCCACGCUGGAAUUCCAGACGCUGGAUUUGAUUGUGGUAGAGACAGAGAAGCUGCACAUCCCGGUUCCCUUCAGGGCAGUUCCCUCGCCCAAGGUCACCUGGCACAAAGACGGCAAGGAGCUGAAGGCCAGCGACCGUCUGGGCUUCAGGAAAGAGUAUACUUGCUGUCACCUGGAGGUGGACAGUAGUCUUCACUCUGAUGCAGGCCAGUACAAAGUGACUCUGGAGAAUAAACUCGGAGCCGCCAGUGCUGCCAUCAACGUCAAAGUCAUCGGUCUUCCAGGCCCGUGCAAGGAAAUCGUGGCCUCUGAGAUCACCAAGAGCUCCUGCAAGGUCUCCUGGGAUCCUCCCGAAUAUGAUGGAGGCACCCCGAUUAUUCAUUACGUUCUGCAGCGGCGUGAGGCCGGCAGGAGGACGUAUGUCAAUAUAAUGUCUGGAGAGAACAAAUUGAGCUGGAACGCCAAAGACCUCAUUCCCAACGGCGAGUACUACUUCAGAGUCCAGGCGGUAAACAAGAUUGGAGGAGGGGAGUUCGUGGAGCUUCGCAACCCUGUCAUUGCUCAGGACCAGAAACAUCCUCCUGACCCACCGGUGGAUGUGGAGACCCACAAUCCCACUUCGGGCACCAUCACACUGACCUGGAAGCCUCCCAUGUAUGACGGAGGUGCCAAGAUCAUGGGUUACAUCCUGGAGCGGCAGCUGAAGGGUGAGGACAAGUGGGAGAGGUGCAACGAUUUCCUGGUUCCGGUGCUGUCCUACACCGUCAGAGGGCUAAAGGAGGCCAAGAGCUACGCCUUCAGAGUACGAGCAGAAAAUUCCGCUGGUGUCAGCGAUCCGUCCCGCAGCACCCUGUUUGUCAAGGCCUUGGAUGCAGUCGAUGCUCCGAAGGUUUUCCUUAGUGGCAGCCUUCAAUCUGGCCUAAACGUGAAACGAGGCAGUGAGAUCCGCCUGGAGGCCAAUAUCUCCGGCUCACCGUACCCUGAGAUUACCUGGUACUGGAACAACCAGGUGAUCCGGCCCGAGGCGCCCCGCAGGAGGCCGGAGAGACCGCUGAAGAAAAAGGUGGAGAAGAAGGAGGAGCAGGAAGGAGAAAAGAAAGAGCAGGAAGUGGGAGAAGUCAAGGAUGCAGAGGAGAAGAAGGAGGAGGUGGCAGAGCAGGAAGCAGAGGAGACAGACUACCCGACUAUUGGCGAGCGGCUGAGCAUCAACAACAGCAGGAGGGGCGAGUCCACAGCAGUUAUCAAGGACUCACUGCGUGUCGACCACGGCGUCUACAUGGUGAAGGUGGAGAACGACCACGGCGUCGCGUCAGCCACCUGCGAUGUCAACGUCCUUGACACUCCUGGACCUCCAAUCAACUUCUGCUUUGAGGAGGUGAGGAAGAACUCUGUGAUCUGCAAGUGGGAUCCCCCUAAAGAUGACGGAGGCAGCGAGAUCCUCAACUACACGCUGGAGAAGAAGGAUAACUCCAAGAUAGAGCUUGGAUACAGCUGUGUCACCUCCACACUUAGAGGGUGUCGUUAUCUGGUGCCCAAACUCAUUGAAAAGAAGGAGUACAUCUUCAGAGUUGUCGCUGAGAACAAGUAUGGUGCUGGUCCCCCCUGCAUCUCCAAACCUCUCGUUGCCAAGAACCCCUUCGAACCUCCUGAGGCCCCCGAGAAGCCGGAGAUCGAUGACGUCACAGCCCACAGCAUGCUGGUCACCUGGAAGGAGCCAAACGACAACGGCAGCCCUAUCCUGGGGUACUGGGUGGAGCGUCGUGAGAUCAACAGUUCCCACUGGGCUCGGGUCAACAGAAACAUGGUCCCUUCUACCGAGCUGAAUGUGGAGGGACUCGUCGAGGGCUUAACGUACAUCUUCAGAGUGGCGGCCGAAAAUCAGGCGGGCCCCGGAAAGUUCAGCGUUCCUUCAGAUCCUAAAACGGCACAAGCCCCAAUAUUACCUCCCGGACCACCUAUCCCCCGAGUGGUGGCAACCACCGACCACUCCAUUGACGUUGAGUGGGACGCACCUGCCGACAAUGGAGGAGGCGAGAUCCUGGGAUACCACGUGGACAAGACUAUGGCCGGGACCAAAGACUGGUCUAGGUCUACAGAACGUCCAUGGAAGACUCGAGCAUUUACGGUAUAUGGAGUCCGUGAGGGAGCCAAGUACCUGGUCAGAGUCAUUGCCUGCAAUGCUGCGGGAGAGGGAACCCCGGGUUUCACCGAGUCAGUGUUUGUCAGGAAUCCUGCAGAAAUGCCUGCAGUGGAGCUGGACAUUUUAGUCAAGAACGGCGUGGUCAUCCGAGCUGGCGAAACACUUCGUGUUCCGGCGCUUGUCACCGGUAAACCCUACCCAACCAUCACUUGGACCGUGGACGAUAAGAAACCCGACAAAGACCACGUAGAAAUCCUCACCGAGGGCAGCAACAGCAUUGUGCUCAUUAAAAGCGUGCAGAGAAAGGACUGCGGCAAAUACUUGAUCUCUGCAUGUAACCCCAGUGGCACCAGGUCAGCCUUCACCCGGGUGGAGGUCAUGGAUGUUCCCGGACCAGUCACUGACCUGAAGCCAGUGGUUGUGACUAGAACGAUGAUCUUCCUGAACUGGGAUGACCCGGUGGACGACGGCGGCAGUGACCUGACCGGCUUCCUGGUGGAGCGCAGAGAUGCCAAAAUGCACACGUGGAGGCAGCCCGUUGAAACCGUCUCUUCCAAAUGCGAGUGCGUGGGCAUCAUGGAGCGACAAGAGUACUUUUUCCGUGUCUUUGCCAAGAACAAGUACGGCAUGGGCCCGCCCGUCGAGAUCGGACCCAUCAAAGCUGUGGACCCACAAGGACCGCCGUCGCCCCCCGAGAAGUUCCACUACACGGAGCGCACCAAGAACUCCAUCACGCUAGCAUGGAAGCCGCCUCGCAAUGACGGCGGCAGCCCUGUCAUCGGCUACUUGGUGGAGAAGAAGCGUCAAGACAAGCAGGCCUUUGAGCCUUGCAACACAGAGCUCUGCCCUGACUUGAGCAUGACGGUGGAGGGCCUGGACGAGGCCUGGAUGUACGAGUUCAGGAUCAAGUGCGCAAAUCUGAUUGGGCAAAGCGACCCGUCCCUUGCGCUGACCGUGGUCAUCCAAGACGAUGAAGUGGCCCCAGAGAUCCACAUGCUGAAGAUAUUCAAGGCUGACAGCAUCACGGUGAAAAAGGGCGAGCCCGUGGAGAUCCCCGCCGACAUCCUGGGCCUCCCCAUCCCCAAAGUGGAGUGGUCCAAAGAUGACGUGGUGCUGAAGAAGCCCACGGAAAGUCUGCUGAUGGAGACGACGGUGACGGGCAGGAUGAACUGCAAGUCCACUCUGUCCAUUCUCGCGGCCGACCGGAAGGAUCGCGGCAGCUACACCAUAUCGGCCUCCAACAACAUGGGCUCAGCCAAGCACACCACUUCUGUCAUGGUGCUAGACCGCCCGCUUCCUCCCAGAAACGUGGCAGUGUCCAAUAUCAAGGCGGAAUCCUGCCAGCUGCAGUGGGACGCGCCUCUGGAUGAUGGUGGCAGUGAGCUGACCAACUACAUUGUUGAGAAGAAAGAAGUGAUCACAGACGAAGGGGAGGAAGAGGGACAGGAAGCGGAACCUCAAUGGGUGGAGCUCACCAACAGCAUCGUUGACAAGAAGUUUCGGGUGUGGAACUUGGAUACCAACAAAUCCUACCUGUUCCGCGUCAGAGCCGAGAACCGUUACGGCAAGUCUGACCCUUGCGCAACAGAGGAAGUUCAAAUCACAGACCCCUUCGGGCUCCCCGGCCCCCCGGAGAAACCGGCCAUCACCGAGUAUACCAAGAACUCCAUGACCCUGACCUGGGAGCCACCGAGGGACAACGGCGGCUCUAUGAUCAUUGGCUACUGGCUGGAGAAGAAAGAAAGAGGCUCCGCCUACUGGGCCAGAGUCAACAAGAUGCCGGUCACCAAGAGGGGCAUGAAAGGCUGGGAGUACCAGGUGACUCGCUUGUUUGAAGGAAGUGAGUACGAAUUCCGAGUCGCCGCCUUCAAUUCGGCCGGAACGGGACCUUUCAGCGCACCAUCCGACCCGGCCUUUGCUGUCGACCCUCUGACUCCUCCCAGCAUGCCCAAUGCUCCCGUGGUGGCCGACAAGACCAAGCACAAUGUCACUCUGACCUGGAAGCCGCCGGAGAAGGAUGGCGGAAGCCCCAUCAAGGGCUACAUCGUCCAGAUCCAGGACGAGGGCAAAUCGGAUUGGGUGAGGGUGAACGAAGAGCCGCACCCCACCACCGAGUUCACCGUGCCCAACCUGCGUGAGCUCAAGCGCUACCGCUUCAGAAUCAUCGCAGUCAACGACAUCGGCGAAUCGGACCCUAGCCCCCGCACCGGCGAGGUCUUGAUUGAAGACGUUCAGCUCCCGCCCUCCAUCACCAUUGACAUCUUGGUGGAUGAUCUGCUCUACAUCCGUGCCGGAGAUCCCAUCAAGAUCCCAGCCACCAUCAAAGGUCGUCCUGUGCCCAAGGUAACGUGGGACUUUGACGGCAAAGCCAAGUCUCACAAGAAGAACAAGUUGCACACUCUUCCCGUGGACUCGGAGGUCGAGUCCACAGACACCACGUCCGUCGUGAGCAUCCCCGUUAGUUUGAGGACCCACUCUGGACGCUACACCAUCACGGCCAAGAACAAGUCUGGACAGAAACACGUCAACGUCAGAGUCAACGUCCUCGAUGUUCCGGGACCUCCGAAAGAUCUGAAGGUGACCGACAUCACCCGUUCAACCAUGAGGCUGAUCUGGAAGCUGCCUGACAAUGACGGUGGAGAGAGAAUCAAAAGCUACUACAUUGAGAAGAAAUGCGUCACUGACAAGGCCUGGACGAAGGUGAACGCGGCCUGCGCCAGUCAAGCCUUUGUGGUCCCGGGCCUCUUGGAAGGACAGGACUACCUGUUCAGAGUGCGAGCCGAGAACCGGCUGGGUUUUGGUCCGUUCACCGUCACCACUGAUCCUGCCCGAGCCAGCGACCCCAUCUACCCGCCAGACCCACCUACCAAGCUGAAAGUCAACUUGGUGACCAAGAACACGGUGACCCUGAGCUGGGAGCCUCCCAAGAACGACGGAGGCUCUCCUGUCAAACAUUAUGUGGUGGAGCGCUUGAGCUGGGACACCAGCGGCAAGGAGAAGGAAACCUGGAAGCAGUGCAACAAGCGAGACGUGGAGGAGCUCAGCUUUGUGGUGGAGGACCUGAACGAGGGCGGAGAGUACGAGUUCCGAGUGAAAGCCGUGAACGCUGCCGGACCCAGUCGACCCUCAGCCACCGCUGGACCGCUCUUCAUCAAGGAUCAGACCUGCCCGCCCGCCAUCGAGCUGCGGGAGGUGCUGGAGGGUGAGGAGGGCUGCGACGUCAGCCUGCCGGCCAAGGUCAGCGGCUGUCCUUUCCCCAGCCUCUCGUGGCAAAAGGCCAGCCUGGCGGCGCCCGAGCAGAAGGCUGCCGUGCGCUACGACCAGCGCGUGGCCAAGCUGGUGACGCACGACAAGUGCACGCUGCUGCUGCAGAGGGCCACCCGCGACGACAGCGCCCUCUACAGCCUGACUGCCAGCAACGCCCUGGGCACUGUCACCAAGGACGUCAAACUCUUGGUCUAUGGACCUCCCGGCCCACCCGUUGGACCGGUGAAGUUCACCGAGGUGUUUGCGGAGAGGAUCGGCCUGGCCUGGAAGCCGCCCCUGGACGACGGCGGCUCCAAAAUCACCAACUACGUGGUGGAGAAGCGCGAGGACAACCGCAAGUCUUGGGUGCACGUGUCCAACGACCCCAAGGACUGCGCCUACCUGGUGACCCGGCUCACGGAGAACCACGAGUACGAGUUCAGAAUCAUGGCGCAGAACAAGUUUGGAGUCGGGCCUCCGCUACUCAGCGAGCCUGAAAAAGCCAGGAACCUCUUCACUGUUCCCGGCCAAUGUGAGAAGCCCACCGUGACCAACGUGUGUCUGGAGUCCAUGACGGUGAACUGGGAGGAGCCCAAAUACGACGGUGGCUCGCCGGUCACCGGCUACUUCAUCGAGAAAAAGGAGACCACCAGCAAGCGCUGGGCUCGUGUCAACCGGCAGCCCAUCCGGGCGCUGCCCCUGGGAAACAACUGGGACGUCACCGGCCUGCUGGAUGGUGCCAUGUACCAGUUCCGAGUCAGCGCCGCCAACGCCGCCGGUUGCGGACUACCCAGCCUACCCUCAGACCCCGUUCUCUGUAGGGACCCCAUCAAGCCCCCUGGCCCUCCCACUCCGAAGGUGAUGGACUGGACCAGGUCAACGGUGGAGCUGGAAUGGCUUCCCCCCCUGGUGGACGGAGGCUCCAAGGUUACCGGCUACAUUGUGGAAUUCAAGGAGGUGAGCAAGGAAGAGGAGGAGAAGAAGGCUCAGAGGAAGUUGCUUCUACUGAGCAGCGCCGACGAUGACAAGGAACCGGAGAGCUGGGAGAAGGCCAAGGACUCAGAGAUCAGAGGAACCAAGUUUGUGGUGGCCGGUCUCAAAGAAGGUGGUUUGUACCGCUUCAGAGUCCGAGCCGUCAACGCCGCCGGGGUCGGUGAACCGGGAAACGUUUCGGAGCUGAUCGAAGCCAGAGACAGGACAAUUGCGCCCGAGAUGGACCUGGACGCCUCCGUCAAGGAGAGGAUCGUUGUCCACGCCGGCGGGACCAUCCGCAUCAUCGCCUACGUGUCCGGCAAACCGGCGCCGCACAUCAGCUGGUGCCGAGAUGACGGCGAGGUGCCCAAAGAGGCCGCGGUGGAGACCACGGGCAUCUCCAAUUCGCUGGUCAUCAAGAACUGCAAACGCCAGCACCAGGGCAUCUACACGCUCUGCGCAAAGAACGAAGGUGGCGAGAGGAAGAAGGCAGUCAUCGUGGAGGUCCUGGAUGUUCCCGGACCAGUCGGCCUCCCCUUCGCCGGUGAGAACCUGACCAACGACUCGUGCAAACUGAGCUGGUAUACCCCCGAAGACGACGGCGGCUCGGCCAUCACCAACUACAUCAUCGAGAAGCGGGAGUCGGACCGCAUGGGCUGGACUUCGGUCACUUAUACGGUGACCAGGAACAACGCCGUGGUGCAGGGACUCCUGAACGGGAAAGGCUAUUUCUUCAGGAUCGCCGCCGAGAACAUCAUCGGCAUGGGCCCCUUUGUGGAGACGGACAAAGUCGUGCUCAUCAAAGACCCCAUAUCCGUACCCGAGCGUCCGGAGGACCUGAUCGUCACGGCCGUCACCAAGGACUCCAUCUCGGUAGCCUGGAAGCCGCCCAAGUAUGACGGGGGCGCCCAAGUGACCAGCUAUGUCCUUGAGUGUCGCAUGAUCGGCCGAGACAACUUUGUCCGCGUGGGAGGUGACGAGAAGCUGAUGGACAGAAAGUUCACCCUGAGCGGACUCAAGGAGGGCUCCAGCCACGAAUUCAGAGUGGCUGCCGUCAACGUAGUGGGACAAGGCAAAUUUUCCUUUGCCACCAAACCUGUUCAGUGCAAGGAUGAGCUGGAACCUCCCAGUCUGGACCUGGACUUCCGAGACAAGAUGACGGUGAAGGCGGGAGACAGCUGCAUGCUGUCUGGACGCUACGGCGGCAAGCCGAGGCCCAGCGUCACCUGGACCAAGAACGAGGAGGAGCUGAAGCCUGAUGCGGACUUAGCCGUCCGCUGCGGCGACACGCAACUCAGUCUGGACAUUGGCAAGGCCAGGAGAGACCACAGCGGAUGCUACUGCGUUAACGUGGACAACGCGGCCGGCAGGCGCAGCGGAAUCUGCGCCGUCACCGUCGUCGACCGACCUCAGCCUCCCGAGGGCCCAGUGAUCUUUGAGGAGGUCUACAGAGACCACAUGCUCAUUUCCUGGAAACCUCCCCUGGACGACGGUGGCUGCGCCAUCUCCAACUACGUCAUCGAGAAGCGAGACACCAACCGAGACUUGUGGAUGCCCGUCAGCGUGUCCUGCACGAGGACCACCUGCAGGGUGCCAAAACUGAUUGAGGGUCGCGAGUACAUCGUCCGAAUCAUGGCCCAGAACAUCUAUGGCAUCAGCGACCCACUGCUGUCCACCGAGGUCAAGGCCAGAGAUGUGUUCCGGGUGCCCGACGCACCCAAGCAGCCCACCGUCAAGGCAGUGUACCAGGACCGCGCCCUGGUUCACUGGGAGCCUCCGGCAGAUGGAGGCAAGCCAAUCACCGGAUACAUUGUGGAGAGGAAGGAGACCAUGGCCAACAGAUGGGUCCGCUGCAACACAGAAAAGAUCCAUCCCAUGGUGGAGUACAUGGUCCUGGACCUUCUCAAGGGUUGCGAGUACGAAUUCCGAGUCCGCGCGGAGAACGUGGUGGGCGUGGGUGACCCCAGUCCGCCGUCCAAGCCCGUCUUCGCCAAAGAUCCCAUCGUCAAGCCGAGCCCACCGCAGAAUCUCAAGGCCGUGGACCACACCAAGGAGUCUGUGACUCUGACCUGGGAGCCGCCCGCCGACACCGGCCGAGGCAAGAUCUUCGGCUACCUGCUGGAGUUCCAGAAGGCCGGCGAGGAGGAGUGGCAGAAGGUGAACCACACUCCGGAUUCUUGCCAGGGGACCAGGUUCAAGGUGGUGGGCCUGGAGGAUGGCGCGCUCUACCGCUUCAGAGUGAAGGCUGUCAACGCUGCCGGGGAGUCCGACCCCGCUCAUAUCAAAGAACCGGUCAGAGUGAUGGACCGACUCGAAGCACCAGAGUUGAUUCUGGAUGCCGGCAUGACCCGAGUGGUCAAGGCCCUGGUCGGCACUCACAUCACUCUCAUGGCGGCCAUCAAGGGCAUCCCCUUCCCCUCCGUGGUAUGGAAGAAGAACGACGCCGACGUGCCCACCAGGGCUGACAUUGAGACCAAACAAGAGGGCACCAAGCUGGAGAUGAGGUUCUGCAACCGCGGCGACUGUGGAGACUACACGCUCACGGUCGAAAACCCUGCCGGCUCCAAGACCGUCACAUGCACCGUCUUGGUCUUUGACAAACCUGGUCCUGUCCAGCACCUUCGCGUCUCAGAUGUCAGGAGCGACUCAGCUUUCCUGUCUUGGAAAGACCCGGAGGACAACGGAGGCGCUCGCAUCAGCAACUUUGUGGUGGAGAAGAAAGACACGGGCUCCACGCAGUGGGUUCCCGUGUGCUCCACCUCCAAGAAACGCAGCAUGAUGCUGAAGCACCUGACGGAGGGACUGGCCUACACCUUCCGAGUUGCGGCCGAGAACCAGUAUGGUCGCAGCGAGUAUGUGGAGACGCCCAAGGCCAUCAAAGCCAUGAAUCCGCUCUUCCCUCCCGGUCCUCCUAAAGACCUUCACCACGUGGACGUGGACAAGACGGAGGUGUGGCUUGCCUGGAAUUGGCCCGACCGAAACGGCGGGAGUGAGAUUACGGGCUUCUUGGUGGAGUAUCAAGAAGAAGGAGCGAAAGAGUGGCACGAGUGGCAGACGGUCAGCAUCCCGGAGAGUCACGUGACUGGUCUGGAAGAAGGCAAGACCUAUCGCUUCCGAGUGAGAGCCGAGAACGCCAUUGGCCUCAGCAGACCCGACACCACCCUUCCCAUCCUCUGCCAGGAGAAGCUGGUGCCUCCGAUCCUCGAGGUGGAUGUCAAGCUGACUGACGGCAUCAUCGUGAAGGCAGGCACCACCAUCAGGCUGCCCGCCAUCAUGAGAGGAACGCCAGUCCCGACUGCCAAAUGGUCCAUCGAAGGAGAGGAGAUCACCAGCGGGGGCAAGAUCAAGAUCGACACCGACAACUUCUCCACCGUUCUCAGCAUUAACGAGUGCACCAGAAACCACACGGGCACCUACCUGCUCACCGUGUCCAACCUCGCCGGCACCAAGACGGCGGCUCUGAACGUCACCGUUCUGGACGUCCCGGCGGCGCCCAUCGGACCCGUCAACAUCCUGGAGGUGUCCCCCGACGCCAUGACCAUCGAGUGGCGUCCUCCCAAGGAUGACGGCGGCAGCCCCGUCACCAACUACAUCGUGGAGAAGAAAGAUUCCAACAAGGAGACCUGGGGAGGAGUUAGCUCUGGCAGCCUGGCCACCAAGCUCAGGAUUGUGCGCCUGCAAAAGGGCGUCGAGUACGUGGUCCGCAUCCGCGCCGAGAACAAAAUGGGCAUCGGGGCGCCCUUGGAGAGCAAGCCUACCAUCGCCGAGCAUACUUUCAUGCCGCCGAGUCCGCCCGGUAAGCCGUUGCCACAUGACAUCUCCGAGGAUGCCGUCACGGUCGGAUGGACCAUGCCCUUGUCUGACGGUGGCAGUCCGAUCACCGGUUACCUCAUUGAACGCAGACAUAAAGGAGGGAAAUGGAUCCGCGUGAACAGGACGCCCUGCAAGGACCUCCGCUACCGAGUCCAGGGCUUGUUUGUAGGCAACGAGUACGAAUUUAGAGUAUUUGCAGAGAAUAGUGCUGGCUAUAGUGGACCCUCGCCCAUCUCUGACCUCUGCAAGCCCUGCAGGCAAAUCACAGUCCCGAGUGCCCCGAUAAACCCCAAAGUCAAAGAUUACAGCAAAUCAACGGCCGACUUGGUGUGGACCAAACCCACCAAAGACGGCGGCAGUCCCAUUCUGGGCUACACUGUGGAAAUGAAGAAGGCCGACGGCGACUGGAAGAAAGUCAACGUGGACGACUUCAUCAAGUUGUGCGUAUAUACAGUCAAGGGGCUCGAGCAGGGUGCCACCUACAGAUUCAGAGUGUUUGCCUCAAAUAUGAUCGGUGACGGUGAAUCCAGCGAAGUUCCAGAGUCGGUCACGGCUCAAGACAUUCUGAUCCCACCGGAGAUUGAAAUGGACGCCACGUGUCGCGAGCGCGUCACCGUGCGCGUCGGACACAACGUCAACAUUGUCGGCUAUAUCAAGGCCCGUCCGGAGCCUGAAGUGCUGUGGUCCAAGGGAGAGACUAUUCUGGAGAACAGCAAACGUGUAACUCUGAUCCAGAACCUACCUGUGGUCCAACUGAAGAUCAAAGAGGCCACCAGAGCUGACCAUGGUAAAUAUACCCUGAAGGCCUCAAAUGUGGGCGGAGAGGCCUCCUGCUGCAUCACUGUCAAUGUUCUGGACCGUCCCGGCCAUUGCCAGAAUCUCCAUACCACCUACGUCACCAAGGACUCCUGCAUGAUCAACUGGGAUGCUCCAAAAGACAACGGUGGCUCUGAAAUCACCAACUACAUUGUGGAGUGCCGAGAGCCCAGCAUCAGCAUGUGGUCUAUGAUCUCUUCCCAUUGCACCAACCGCAAGAUCAAGACCAAGCUCAUGGAGGGCCACCAGUACCUGUUCCGUGUCUGUGCCGAAAACAAGAUGGGACCCGGGCCCUGUGUGGAGACCAAGGUCCCCGUGCUAGCCAUCGACCCCAUUGAAAAACCAGGCGAGCCCGAGAACUUCAGGGUGACAGACAUUGGCAAGAGCUACGUCUACCUGAGGUGGAGGAGGCCUGACUAUGAUGGCGGCAGCCCCAACCUCUCUUACAACCUGGAGUGCAAAGUCAAAGAUGCGCAGGAAUGGGAAAAACUCAACACGGGCGUCCUAACCAACACUUUCUUUUUGGCGGACAAGUGUGUCGAAAAUCAGACGUACACGUUCAGGGUGCAAAGCGUCAAUGAAGGAGGAGAGAGCGGCUGGGUGAAAUUGGCCGAUAUUCUGGUGCGAGAAGAGAUCCAGAAACCGGUCCUCGACCUGAAGCUUUCCGGAACAUUGACGGUGAAGGCUGGAGAGUCGGUCAGGAUGGAAGCUUCCUUGAGAGGAAAGCCCCACCCUGAAGUCAAGUGGAUCAAGGACAAGGCAAUCGGAGACAACCCCAGAAUCAGCUAUGAGACCGGCUCUGACUACUCCAAGUUCCUUUUGACCAAGUCCCGACGCACUGACUCCGGGAAGUACAUUGUCACCGCCACCAACUCGGCCGGAACCUUCACGGCGUACGCCAGCGUGAACGUCCUGGACGUCCCCGGAGCCGUCAGGAACCUACGAGUCACUGGCAUCGGAGCAGACAAGUGCAGAGUCAUUUGGGAUGCGCCUGAGGAUGACGGAGGCUGCGAGGUGGACAGCUACAUCUUGGAAAAGUGCGAGACCAGGAGGAUGGUGUGGUCCACGUAUUCUGCCUCGGUUGUCACCGCGUACUGCAACGUGACGCGUCUGGUGGAGGGCAACGAGUAUAUCUUCCGAGUGCGGGCCGAAAACAAGAUGGGAACUGGGCCUGCCGUGGAGAGCAAGCCCGUCACGGUCCGGACUCAGUUCAACAGACCCGGACCGCCCGACGCCCCUGAGGUCACUAAGAUAAGCAAAGAGGAGAUGACGGUGGUCUGGACUCCUCCCGAGAAUGAUGGAGGAAAAUCCAUCACGGGCUACAUCCUGGAGAGGAAGGAAAAAAGAGCGGUACGCUGGGUGCCGUGCACCAAGAGUCCGAUCCCCGAGAGACGCAUGAGAGUGACCAACCUGAUCCCCAACCACGAGUAUCAGUUCAGAGUCAAGGCUGAGAAUGAGGUCGGUCUGGGAGAUCCCAGCAAACCCUGCAGACCUGUCACGGCCAAAGAUCCCAUCGAACCUCCUGGGCCACCCGCAGGCCUGAAGGUGUCCGACAGCACCAAGACCUCCAUCACCCUUUCCUGGUCUAAACCCGUGUACGACGGGGGUGCGCCAAUCAUCGGCUACAGUUUGGACAUGAGACUGAAGAGUGAGGCGGACCCCGAAAAGCCCGCCGAAGGCUGGAAGAGGAUCGACACCCAUGGCCCACUGGUCCUUAAAGAGUUUACCAUUGGACAGCUGGAUGAGAAACAGGAGUACGAGUUUAAGGUGUCCGCCCAAAACCAGGUGGGCUGGGGACGUCACGCCUACUUAAAGGAACCUGUCUUCCCCAAGGAGAUCCUGGAGGCUCCCGAGAUUGACUUGGACGCAAGUUUGAGGAAAGGUCUUUCGGUGCGGGCUGGCUGUCCCAUUCGACUUUUUGCGAUUGUCAGAGGACGCCCCUUCCCGAAGGUCACCUGGAAGCGCGUGGGGGUGGACAACGUUGUUCGGAGAGGUCACGUGGACCAAGUGGACACCAUGUCCUUCCUCGUCAUCCCUGAAAGCACCAGAGAAGAUUCGGGAAGAUACUCACUGACUCUGUCCAACUCGGCCGGAGAGAAGGCCGUCUUCGUUCGUGUCAAAGUCCUCGACACUCCUGGUCCCGUCGGUGGUCUGGAGGCGACCGACGUUACCAAAACCACAGCGCAGCUUUCCUGGUUGCCGCCGGAGAACGACGGCGGAAGCGCCAUCCUCAACUACAUUGUGGAAAAACGGGAGGUGGACAGAAAGACCUGGACCAAGUGCACAGAGGACCUGAAGAAGACGAGCUUCAAGGUGACCAACAUGGCCCCUGGCAUCGAGUACUACUUCCGGGUGAUGGCGGUCAACAAGUAUGGAAUCGGAGUGCCUCAGGACUCGCCCAAGUCUUACCUGGCCAAGGACCCCAUCAGUGAGCCAGAUCCGCCCAAGAAGAUGGAGGUUUUGGAGAUGACGAGGAACAGCGCCACGCUGGGCUGGCUGAAGCCUCUCCGAGACGGAGGAGCCAAGAUCAAUGGCUAUGUAGUGGACUAUCAGGAGGAGGGGGCGCCGCAGGACAGGUGGACACCGUACUCUGUGGUCAAAGACUUAACCAUUGUGGUCGUGGGCCUGAAGGAAGGCAAGAAGUACAAGUUCAGGGUGGCGGCCAGGAACUCUGUCGGCGUCAGUCUUGCUCGAGAGGCCGAGGGAAUCUUUGAGGCCAAGGAGCAGCUCAUGGCUCCCAAGAUCAUCAUGCCAGACACGGUGACUGUCCGAGCGGGACGCAAGAUGGUGAUCGAGGCUCUGGUGGCUGGUAAGCCGGCUCCCUUCUGCAAGUGGAAGCAGGGCAGCGAGGACGUCCUGACGUCCGAUCGCCUCUCGGUGGUCAAGACGCUCAGCAGCUGCACGCUGAUCAUCAAGAACGUCACCCGCUCAGACAGCGGCUACUACAGCCUGUCGGCGGAGAACAGCACGGCCAAGAUCAACCAGAUCCUCAAAGUCGUAGUCAUGGACAUCCCUGGACCUCCCGAAGCUCCGCUGGAGAUCACAGAGCAGGAUAUCGAUGCCUGCACGCUUCUGUGGAACCCUCCUCAGGAGGAUGGCGGCAGCAACAUCACCAACUACAUCGUGGAGAAGUGCGACGUGAGCCAGGGCGACUGGCUCACUGUCUCCUCGUCCUGCACCAAAACCAGCUUCCGGAUGACCAAACUGAUCACCGGCACCGAGUACAUCUUCCGCGUCCGGGCCGAGAACAGGUUCGGCAUCUCUGAGCCCACCUACUCCGAGAAAAUGAUUGCCAGAUAUCCGUUCGAUCCUCCCAGUGAGCCGAGGAACCCUCGGGUAAACAAGAUCAACAAGGACUUUGUUAUCCUGUCCUGGGAGCGUCCCAGCAGCGACGGCGGAAGCCCAAUUACAGGGUACUGCAUCGAGAAGAAGGAGAGGAACAGUUUGCUGUGGGUCAGGGCCAACGAGUCCGUGGUCAAAUCCACCCAGUACACCUGCACCGGUCUCAUCGAGGGCCUGGAGUACACCUUCAAGGUGUCUGCCAUCAACCUGGCCGGACAGGGAAAACCCUGCAAGCAGACCGAAUUCGUCACGGCCAGGACAGCUGUUGACCCUCCAGGUAAACCCGAGCCCAUGGACGUGACCAGGAGUUCCGUGUCGUUGGUGUGGACCCGACCCAAGCACGACGGUGGCAGCAAGCUUAUUGGCUACUUUGUGGAGUACUGCAAGUUGCCCGAGGAGAAGUGGAGCCGUUGCAACAGCAACUGCAUGAGUGUCCAGACCGAGGACUACGUGGUAAGCGGUCUGGAAGAGGGCCAACGCUACGUCUUUCGAAUCAUCGCCAAGACGGCCAUCAACGUCAGCCAGCCCUCGGAGCUCUCGGAUCCCAUCGCCGUCAUUGCCGAGAACGUUCCUCCACGUGUGGAGCUGGGGGUCAACAUGAACAACUUGAUUGUGGUGAAAGCCGGGGCAAAUGUCUGCCUGGAUGCGGAAGUGUUUGGGAAGCCUCUGCCCAAGGUGAGCUGGAAGAGAGACAACGUUCCUCUCCAUCCAGCAGAGGGAAUGAAGAUGACCCAGAAGAAACACGUCCACCUGUUGGAGCUCUACUCCGUCACCAGGAAGGAAUCCGGAGACUACACUAUUCUUGCCGAGAAUGCCAGCGGCACCAAGUAUGCCACCAUUAAAGUCAAAGUUCUCGACAAACCAGGUCCUCCGGCUUCAGUGAAAAUCACCAAAGUGUUUGCAGACCGCGUCAAGCUGCGGUGGGAACCCCCGCUGGCAGACGGCGGUUCUGAAAUCACCAACUACAUCAUCGAGAAGCGGGAAACCAGCAGGGCCAACUGGGCGCUAGUCACCGCCAACAUACAUGGACACAUCACCGACUGCUCGGUAGAAAAGCUCAUUGAGGGCCACGAAUACCAGUUCCGAGUCAGCGCUGAGAACCAGUACGGCGUGGGCGAUGCCACCAUGACCGAACCGGUCACGGUCAAGAAUCCCUACGAUGUUCCCGGCCCUUGCGAGCCACCCGUCAUCACCAACAUCACCAAAGACUCCAUGACGGUCAGCUGGAAGGCGCCCGCCAAUGACGGGAGAGCCCCCAUCCUGGGCUACAUGGUGGAGAAGCGCGAAGCCACCGAGUUGACCUGGGCCAAGGUGAACCGGCGGCCAGUGAUCGACAGAACCAUCAAGGCGAGUCAGCUAACCGAGGGCUCCGAGUACGAGUUCAGGGUCAUUGCCAUGAACAAAGCCGGUCUGGGAAAACCAAGUGAUGCGUCCAGCGCGGCUCUGGCCGUUGAUCCCGUCUAUCCCCCCGGCCCGCCCGCCUUCCCCAAGGUGGUGGAUUCUACCAGGAGGUCCAUUAGCCUGAGCUGGACCAAGCCAGCGUACGACGGAGGUUGCGAGAUCAUCGGCUAUCUGGUGGAGUGCAAACUGGCCACUGCGGAAAACUGGACCAGAUGCAAUGUCCCCAAGAAGCUCCAGGCCACCAAGUUGUUGGUAACAGGCCUGAUGGAAGGCACAGAGUACCAGUUCCGAGUAUUUGCCGUUAACAAGAUUGGCUUCAGCGAGCCCAGCGAAGUCCCCGGCAACCACACGGCCAAGGACAUUCUGAUCCCUCCGGAAGCCGAGCUGGAUGCCGACCUGCGGAAAAUAUUGGUUCUCCGCGCCGGUGUCACCAUGAGGCUCUACGUCCCCCUGAGAGGGCGGCCGGCACCCAAAGUGACGUGGAGCAAGGUGGACGGAAAUCUGAAGGAGAGAACCGGCGCCCUGAUCAAGACGUCAGAGUGGGACACCCUGCUCUUAGUUGAAGACAUCAACAGAUACGACGCUGGCAAAUACGUCCUGAUGCUGGAGAACAGCAGUGGGUCCAAGAGCUACACCAUCGUGGUCAAGGUCCUCGAUUCUCCUGGACCACCUCAAAACCUUACUGUGAAGGAGACCUCCCUCAACCACGCCUGUAUCACCUGGGACGCCCCGUUGAUCGAUGGCGGCAGUCCCGUCAAGAACUAUAUCGUGGAGAAGCGCCUGGCCGAGAGGAAGGCCUGGACUUGUGUGUCAGCUGAGUGUCACAAGAUCUCGUACAGGAUUCCUAACCUGGAGGCGGGACAAGUCUACUGCUUCAGAGUUCUGGCCGAGAACGCUUACGGCAUCGGAGAGGGCUGUGAGACUGCCGGCAGCGUGCGAGCUUCAGAGGAACCUGGUCCAGUGAUGGACUUGAAUGCCAAGAAAACCAGCAAAGAUUCCAUCACUCUGGCCUGGAAAAAGCCCAUCAGUGAUGGCGGAAGCCACAUCAGCGCCUAUGUUGUGGACCAGAGCGAAGGCGAGAAGUGGAAGCAGAUCUCUAAGGGCAAGAACACCUCACUGACGGUUGGGGAGCUCACAGAGGGCCAGGAAUACUUGUUCAGAGUCAAGGCACUCAAUGAGUCCGGAGAGGGGCCACCCUCUGAGAUCGCGGCUGUUGCCAAGGACCAGUUUGUGCUACCUGACUGCAACCUGAGCUGUCUGCACGACGGUUGCUACGUGGUGAAGGAAGGGACUACCGCCCGCAUCAACAUCCCCAUCUGCGGCAUGCCCUAUCCCACUGCCACAUGGAAUAAGGGCGACGUAGCGCUCGGCGAUAUCGGCCGUAUGUGUGUCGAGGCCUCCCAGGGUGUUACCACUCUCCUGAUCAGAGACUGCCAGAGAGGAGACGCGGAAAUCUACACCGUCAACGUCAGGAACAGCUUGGGCUCCAAGGACUGUAAGUUGCAGCUAAAGGUUGUGGGCAAACCGGGCAUCUGCACCGGACCCAUCAAGUUUGACGAGAUCACAGCUGACGGCAUCACACUGGAAUGGGGGCCACCCAAAGAUGACGGCGGUGCAGAGGUGUCCAACUACAUUGUCGAGAAAAGGAGGACGACAGACAACAAGUGGGCCACGGUAGCGUCGGCUAUACAAAAAACCACCAUGCGAGUCAUACGUCUCCACGACGGAGUGGAGUACAUUUUCAGAGUGUUUGCUGAGAACAAAUACGGAAUUGGAGAGCACCUGAGGUCAGACACGGUCAUCGCGCAGCAUCCUUUCAAUGUCCCAGAGGCGCCUGCACCCCCAGAGAUAAUGAGCAUCCGCCACGAGUCAGCCAUCCUAACCUGGGCCGAUCCCAGAGACACGGGCGGCUCCCCAAUUACAGGCUAUCAUGUGGAGUUUAAGGAGAGGAACAGUCUGAUGUGGAAACGAGCCAGCAAGACUCCUCUCAGACUGAAGGAGUGCAGGGUCACGGGUCUGAUCGAGGGACUGGAGUACGAAUUCAGGGUGAUGGCCAUGAACGUGGCUGGUCUUGGGAAGGCCAGCAGACCUACUGAGGCUGUUGUUGCCCUGGAUCCCAUUGAUCCUCCUGGCAAGCCCGAGGUCAUUAAUGUCACCAGGUCAUCAGUCACUCUUAUUUGGACUCCUCCCAAAUAUGACGGCGGCUACAAACUGACUGGCUACAUGGUCGAGAAGUUAGAGGCUGGCGGUAAGGCCUGGAUGAAGGCGAACCACGUCAACAUUCAAGGCUGCGCCUUCACAGUCACUGACCUGACAGAGGGAGCUCAGUAUAAAUUCCAAGUCAGGGCCAAGAACUCUGCCGGUGCUAUUAGUCUUCCCUCAGAGACGACCGACCUGUUAACGUGCAAGGAUGAGUUUGAACCCCCGAGCAUCACCAUUGACCCAGACAUGAAGGACGGCCUAUCUGUCCGGGCAGGAGAUACAAUCGUGGUGUCCGCUUCCAAGAUUCUCGGCAAACCUCCGCCCACCGCUGUCUGGUCAAAGGCCGGCCGUGAGCUCAAGAACUCCGACAUUGUCAGCAUCACCGGCACUCCGACCUCCUCCGCUGUGGCCAUCAAGUACGCCAGCAGGAAGAACACCGGAGAGUACACCAUCACUGCCAGUAACCCGUUCGGCAUCAGAGAAGAACACGUCAAAGUGAAGGUUCUGGAUGUUCCUGGACCUCCGGGCCCCAUUGAGGCCAGUAACAUCUCUGCUGAAAAGUGCACCCUGACCUGGCUUCCACCAGAGGAGGACGGAGGCUGCUCUAUUAAGUCUUACACCCUUGAGAAGCGAGAGACCAGUCGCUUGCAGUGGACCAAGCUGGCUGAAAACGUCAUGGACUGCAGAUGUGUCACCAGCAAACUGAUCAAAGGCAACGAGUACAUCUUCAGGGUGUCUGCUGUCAACCAAUAUGGCACUGGAGACGCAAGCCUGUCCGGUCCAGUCAAAAUGGUCGACAGUUAUGGUCCACCAGGUCCACCAUCUAGCCCAGAAAUUGAUAAUGUCACCAGGAACUCUGUCACCAUUUCAUGGAAGAGACCAUUGCAGGAUGGGGGCAGUGACAUCAGGGGCUACCUUGUCGAAAGGAAAGAGAAACGAGGCAUGAGGUGGGUCAGGGCUUCCAAAAGAACGGUCCCAGACCUGCGCUUCAAGGUGCAAGGCCUAAGCGAAGGGGUCGAGUACGAAUUCAGAGUGACUGCCGAGAACAAGGCUGGCUUCGGAGAACCCAGUGAGCCUUCGCGCCCGGCCAUGACCAAGGACAUCGUGUAUCCACCAGGCCCUCCUUCCAAUCCAAGGAUUGCAGACACCACGAAAACGUCUGCCACGUUCACCUGGGGCCGACCCCACUACGACGGCGGACUGCCAGUGGAUGGAUACAUUGUGGAGUAUAAAAAGGAAGGGCAUGAUGACUGGGAGACAGAGACAGAGUACCAGCUGAAGGCUACUGUCUAUGUUAUCGGAAAACUGCAGAAGGGAGGCAGAUACCAGUUCAGAGUCAGAGCUGUGAACUCAGAGGGGGUUGGCGAACCUGCAGAGGUUGAGAAAGUAACAGAACUUGUGGACCAGGAGUCUGUUCCAGACUUUGAGCUAGACGCCGAACUCCGCAAAUCCCUGGUAGUCAGGGCCCGCACGUCGAUACGUCUUUUUGUUCCCAUCCGAGGCCGUCCUGUGCCAGAAGUCACCUGGACCAAAGAUGACGUCAAUCUGAAACUGCGUGCGCACAUUGACACGACUGAGUCUUACACCCUGCUGGUCAUCCCCGACUGCACUAGAUACGAUGCCGGAAAGUACAACCUCUGCCUGGAGAACGUGGCCGGAAAGAAGACUGGCUUCAUAAAUGUUCGGGUCUUGGACACACCGGGGCCCCCGGUGAAUCUCAAACCGAGAGAGAUUGCUAAAACGAGCAUAACCCUUCAGUGGGAGAUCCCCAUCAUUGACGGUGGCUCUAAGAUCCACAACUACAUCAUUGAAAAGAGAGAGGCCACAAAGAAGGCCUACACUGUCCUAAGCACCGACUGGCAGAAGUGCUCCUUUAAAUUCACUGACCUGGAGGAGGGCGCUUACUACUACUUCCGCAUCUCUGCCGAGAAUGACCUUGGCGUUGGCGAGCCCGCUGAAACUGCCGACCCAAUCAGGGCCUCUCAGGCCCCUACGCCGCCAGAAAACCUGUACAUCACUGAUGUUACGGCGGACAGCGCCAGCUUGGCGUGGACCAAGCCUCUUCACGAUGGUGGUAGCUUGAUCACAGGCUAUGUCAUUGAGGCCCAGAGGAAGGACACUGAGCAUUGGCUCCACGUUGCUGCCAUCAAGGCUCUGGACUACACUGUGACCAAUCUGAUCGAGGGGGAAGAAUAUACGUUCCGCAUAAUGGCGGUCAACGCUUCGGGUAGAAGCGAUCCACGCGAGAGCAGACCAGCGAUUAUUAAGGAGCAAACAUCGGCUCCGUCAUUUGAUCUACGUGGUGUCUACCAGAAGACUGUCAUUGCCAAGGCUGGCGACCGGGUUAAGGUAGAGAUUCCGGUGCUUGGAAAACCCAAACCUGUUGUGUCUUGGAAGAAAGGAGACACUGCUCUCAGAGAGACGCAAAGAAUCAACACAGAAACCACAGCAACGUCAACCAUCCUCAACAUUGGCGAGAUCAAGAGGACUGAUGGAGGCCAGUAUUUGAUGACAGGAAAGAACAUGCUGGGCACAGUGACUGAAACAAUCACAGUAUUAGUCCACGAUAUUCCGGGUCCACCCACCGGUCCCAUAAAGAUGGACGAAGUCUCGUCCGAUUAUAUCCUUAUGUCCUGGGAGGCCCCUGAGAAUGACGGAGGUGUUCCCAUCAACAAUUACAUUGUUGAAAUGCGGGAGACCACCGGUACUUCCUGGGUGGAGUUAGCAGCCACUGUCAUACGCACCACAUUUAAGGCAGCCCGGCUCAUCACCGGAACUGGAUAUCAGUUCCGUGUUAAGGCCCAAAAUCGAUACGGCAUUGGACCAGCCAUUGUCUCUGAGCCGGUGGUGGCGACCUAUCCGUUUGAUGUCCCAGGCCAGCCAGGGCCACCUGCAGUCACAUCCCACAAUAAGGAUGCAAUGACUCUGAGUUGGAACGAGCCAGCUUCGGAUGGGGGCAGCGCCAUUCUGGGCUACCAUGUGGAACGAAAAGAGCGGAACAGCAUUCUGUGGCAGCCAAUCAGCAAAUCUCUCGUGGUGGGGAACAUCUUCAAAUCAACUGGCCUGGUUGAUGGAAUUGAAUAUCAACACCGUGUUAUUGCUGAAAACCUGGCUGGUCUCAGCAAACCCAGCAAACCCUCUGACCCAUUGCACGCUCUGGAUCCGGUGGAUCCGCCAGGCAGACCCUUGGCACUGAACAUCACCAGACACGAGGUGACCGUUUCCUGGACCAAACCAGAGGCAGAUGGAGGAUUCCCCAUUACUGGAUACACCGUGGAGAGGAGAGAGCUGCCAAGCGGGCGCUGGCUCAAAGCCAACUUCAACAACAUCCUCGAGACGGUCUACACAGUCAGCGGUCUGAUUGAAGACGCAGUUUACGAAUUUCGCGUGUUGGCUCGAAACUCAGCAGGAGCUGUGAGUGCACCUUCUCAACCCUCGGAAGCCAUCACAUGCAGGGAUGAUCUUGAGGAGCCCCGGCUCAAUGUCGACUCCAUUUACAGUAGCAAUGUUGUUGUCAUGGCCGGAGAGGUGUUUACACUGGAGGCCGACGUGACGGGUCGGCCCAUCCCCUCACUCGUGUGGACCAAGGACGGGAAGGAACUCGAAGAUACCGGAAAGUUGGAGAUCAAGAUGUCUGCUUUCCACACAAGUUUAAUCAACAAAGACUCGUUGAGAAGAGAUGGCGGUGCGUUCACCCUUACUGCCAGUAACCCUGGCGGCUACGCUAAAUUCACUUUCAACGUCAAGGUCCUUGAUAGACCGGGACCGCCCGAUUCCUUAACGGUUACCGACAUUGCCGCGGAGAAGUGUGUCCUCAACUGGCUGCAUCCGACACAUGACGGCGGUGCCAAGAUUGAAUACUUCAUCAUUCAGAAGCGUGAAACCAGCAGGUUGGCCUGGACAAACGUGGCCACAGAUCUCCAAGCAAACAGGUUCAAGGUCACCAAGCUUCUGCAGGGCAAUGAGUAUGUCUUCAGAGUUAUGGCUGUGAAUAAGUAUGGCAUUGGAGAGCCGGUGGAGUCCCUGCCUGUCAUAUGUGCCAAUCCCUACGUUCCCAGUGACCCGCCCGGGCAGCCGGAGGUCACGACCAUCACCAAAGACUCAAUGGUGGUCUGCUGGGAGCGCCCCGAGCAUGACGGAGGGAGCAGAAUUAACACUUACGUCAUUGAGAGACGGGAUAAGACUGGACUGCGCUGGGUGAAGUGCAACAAAAGGACUGUAACGGACCUUCGGUUCAAGGCCUCUGGCCUCACACCGGGCCACGAGUAUGAGUUCAGAGUUUUUGCAGAGAACAAUGCCGGACUGAGCAAGCCGAGUCCCUCGAGUCCGUUCUACAAAGCCAUGGACACAAUAUUCCAACCAGGACCUCCGGGGAACCCGAGAGUUCUAGACACGACCAAGUCUUCCAUCACUCUUGCAUGGAAUAAGCCCAUCUAUGAUGGUGGUUCUGAAAUCACUGGCUACAUUGUGGAGACUUGCCUGCCAGAAGAGGAUGAAUGGACAAUUCACACUCCUAAGAAGGGAUGGACAGCUACCUCCUUCACCAUCACUGGGCUGAAAGAGAACCAAGACUACAAGAUCAACAUCUGUGCCACCAACUGCGAGGGUGUGGGAGAGCCCGCUGCUGUCCCCGGAACUCCAAAAGCCGAGGACAGGUUACUACCUCCUGAAAUCGAACUCGAAGCGGAUCUCCGUAAGGUGGUCUGCAUCCGAGCCUGUGGCACACUCAGACUCUUUGUGCCGAUUAAAGGCAGGCCGGCACCUGACGUCAAAUGGUCAAGAGAGCACGGGGAGUCCCUAGACAGAGCUAUCGUUGAGGUCACGUCGUCAUUCACCACUCUGCAAGUUGAAAAUGUUGACAGGUUUGAUGGUGGUAAAUACAUAGUCACUGUGGAAAAUGCCUCGGGAAGUAAGAGUGCUUUUGUCAACGUCAGGGUGCUCGACACCCCCGGGGCACCUCAGAACCUUCUCAUCAAGGAGGUUACCAAAGAUUCGGUCUCGCUCAUUUGGGAUGCGCCUUUAAUUGAUGGCGGCUCCAGAGUCCGCAAUUACAUUGUUGAGAAACGCGAGUCAACCAGGAAGGCCUACUCCACUGUCAGUUCAAGCUGCCACAAAUCCAGCUGGAAAGUUGGAGAACUGGAGGAAGGCAAGAUGUACUUCUUCAGAGUUUUGGCUGAGAACGAAUAUGGCAUCGGCCUCCCGGUGGAGACGUUUGACCCCAUUAAGGUGUCGGAGAGACCCCUCCCUCCAGGAAAGGUGACUCUCCGCGAGGUUACCGGCACCAGCGUUACACUCACCUGGGAGAAGCCCGACCAUGACGGUGGCAGCAGAAUCACCGGAUACAUUGUUGAGAUGCAGGCGAGUGAUAGUGAAAAGUGGACCCAGGUUAUGGCGGUCAAGACCAACGAGGCAGUUGUAACAGGUUUAACGCAGGGAGAGGAGUACAUGUUCCGUAUCUCAGCAACCAAUGAAAAGGGAGUUAGUGAUCCACGUUCUCUCAGCAUGCCAGUGGUGGCCAAAGAUCUGGUUAUAGCGCCAACGUUCAAACUGGCUUUCAGCACCUUUAGUGUGCUAGCCGGAGAGGAUCUGAAGAUUGACGUGCCUUAUGCCGCUUGUCCCAAAGCAACAGCGACGUGGUUCAAAGACGGCGUCGCCCUCAAGGAGACGACGAGAGUUCACGCUGAAAGCACCAACAAGAACCUUUUCCUGGUCAUUAAGGAGGCCUGCAGAGAUGAUGUGGGCGUGUAUUCCAUCAAACUUAGUAACACAGCAGGAGAGGCAACUGCAGACAUAAACGUGGUGGUGCUAGACAAGCCAGGCCCUCCAACUGGCCCAAUCAAGCUGGACGAAGUCACUGCAGACAGUGUGAUCUUGUCCUGGAAUCCGCCAGAGUACGACGGUGGCUGUAGCAUCAACAAUUAUGUCGUGGAGAAGAGAGACACGUCGACCACUAACUGGCAGAUCGUAUCGGCCACGGUAGCCAGAACCACUAUAAAAGCUGUACGUCUGAAGACCGGAUGUGAGUACCAAUUCAGGAUUGCCGCAGAGAACCGCUAUGGCAAGUCCUCGGCGCUGCUAUCUGAAAGCAUAGUAGCUCAAUAUCCAUUCGACGUACCCGCUUCACCACGUUCCGUGGUUGUCCAGUCAGCCACCAAGGAGAGCAUGAUGGUCGUAUGGGAUAAACCCAGCAGUGAUGGUGGAAGUAAGAUCCUGGGCUACCACCUGGAGCUCAAAGAGAAAAACAGUAUUCUGUGGGUGAAGCAGAACAAACAGCUUAUCCCAGAAACCCGAUUCAAAGCGGUUGGCCUGGAAGAGGGUAUUGAAUACGAGUUCAGAGUUUAUGCUGAGAACAUUGUCGGCCUAAGCAAAGCAAGCGUCGUGAGUGAUUUGCAGGUAGCCAGAGACCCUUGUGACAGACCAGGAAAGCCGGAGGCUGUUAUCGUAACCAGAAACCAGGUGACCCUCCGAUGGGCCAAACCCGAGUAUGAUGGUGGCAUAAAAAUCACUGGCUAUGUGGUAGAGAAGAAGGAAGGAGCCGGACGCUGGAUGAAGGCCAGUUUUGCCAACGUCAUCGAGACUUCAUUUGUUGUCACGGGUCUCACUGAAGAUCAGAUUUAUGAGUUCCGCGUCAUUGCAAAAAAUGCAGCUGGUGUGAGCAGUCAACCGUCCGACUCCACCGGAGCCAUCACUGCCAAGGAUGAGGUGGAUCCGCCCCAAAUUGACUUAGAUGCCAAAUACUCCCAGGCUGUGGUCGUGAACGCCGGAGAGUCCUUCAUGCUUGAGGCGGCUUUCUCCGGCAAACCCGUACCCACGGUACAAUGGCUGAAGGAGGGUCAAGUCAUGAGUGAAGCAGCACGCCUGGAAAUCAAGAACACAGACUUUUUGACCUGCAUUGUUGUCAAAGAAGCCAUUCGUGUCGAUGGGGGCCAGUACACGUUGCUGGUGAAGAAUGUAGGUGGAGAGAAAUCUGUGAACAUUCAUGUCAAAGUUCUGGACAGGCCAGGUCCGCCAGAGGGCCCUAUUUCAAUCUACGGUGUAACGAGUGAGAAAUGCUCCAUUUCCUGGAAACCACCUUUGCAAGAUGGCGGUAGCGAUGUCUCACAUUACAUUGUUGAAAGGAGAGAGACGAGCAGACUGGUUUGGACAGUAGUUGAACAGAAGGUUCAAACCCUCAACCUGAAGAUCACCAAGCUUCUCCCCGGUAACGAGUACAUCUUUAGAGUGAUUGCAGUGAGCAAAUAUGGAGUCGGUGAGCCUCUGGAAUCCGAGCCCAUGAUUGCCAAAAAUCCAUUUGUCCCGCCCGACCCACCAAGAGAGGUCGAGGUCUCCACGAUUACCAAAGACUCCAUGGUAGUGACCUGGGAACGGCCGAGUAACGACGGCGGCAGCGCCAUCCAAGGUUAUGUUGUGGAGAAACGUGACAAGGACGGCGUUAGAUGGACCAGGUGCAAUAAGCGUAACGUAAGCGAGCUCCGUUUCAGAGUUAGCGGUCUUCAAGAAAACCACAGCUAUGAAUUUAGAGUCUCUGCAGAGAAUGCUGCCGGCAUCGGAACGCCCAGUCCCACGACAACAUAUUACAAAGCCUUGGAUCCUAUCUUCAAACCAGGCCCGCCAAACAAUCCCAAGGUGGUGGAAACGUCAAGAUCCACCGUUUCCUUGACCUGGGGUAAACCCAUCUAUGACGGUGGCUGUGAGAUUCAGGCCUACAUUGUAGAAGCAUGCAACAGCGCAUCAGACGAGUGGUUCAUAUGCACUCCUUCCUCUGGAAUCGCAGAAACGUACUUUACGGUGACAAAGCUCCUGGAGAAGCACGAGUAUCAGUUCAGAGUGUGCGCCAUCAACAAAAUGGGUGUCGGCGAGCAAGCUGAUUUCCCGGGGAAAAUCGUUCUGGAAGAAAAGCUCGAAGCUCCAGACCUGGACCUCGAUGCCGAUAUGAGAAAGAUGAUCAACAUCAGAGCCGCAAGCACACUUAGGCUCUUUGUUCCCGUGAGAGGUCGUCCCGCCCCUGAGGUCAAAUGGGGCAAGGCUGAUGGGGAGAUUAAGGAGACAGCCCAAAUUGAUAACACAGACAGCUACGCAUCGCUUGUUAUUGAGAACGUGGACCGAUUUGACAGUGGCAAAUACACGCUUACUGCAGAGAACGCCAGUGGAAUAAAGUGCGCCUUCAUCAGCGUCAGAGUCCUGGACUCCCCGAGCCCUCCAAAUAACCUUUUCGUCAAGGAGAUCACCAAGAACUCCGUCACCCUGACGUGGGAGCCUCCGCUCAUCGACGGCGGCUCAAAGAUUAAGCAAUACAUCGUGGAGAAGCGGGAGAGCACUCGUAAGGUUUACUCCCCAGUCACCGUCUGCAAUAAGAUGAUAUGGAAAGUAGAAUCUCUGCCAGAGGGUGGAAUAUUCUUCUUUAGAGUGAUGGCUGAGAACGAGUACGGCAUCGGUCUGCCUGCCAAAACCAUUGAGCCGAUCAAGGUAUCUGAGAAGCCGCAGCCCCCCGGUAAAGUCAGCGUUGUUGACGUCACGCACAGUUGCGUCACCUUGACGUGGGAGAAGCCCUUACAUGAUGGCGGCAGCCGGAUAAGCCACUACGAAGUUGAACUGGCUCCAAUGGACACUGACUCCUGGUCCGUCUGUGCCAGUGGGAAGGCAACCGAGGCCCGAGUGAGUAACUUGCUCAAGGGAGAAGAGUAUCAGUUCCGAGUGGUGGCUGUCAACGACAAGGGCAGGAGCGACCCCAGGCAACUGGCUCAGCCGGUCGUCGCAAAGGACCUUGUGAUCGAGCCUGCCGUUCGUCCUAAAGCCAGUAGCUACAGUGUUCAAGUGGGACACGACCUCAAGAUGGAAGUGCCAAUUGCGGGACAUCCAAAGCCGACCAUCUCUUGGUCCAAGGAUGGAGCCGUCCUCAAGCAGACCACCAGGGUAAACGUCACAGAUUCAGCGCAUCAGACCACACUCACGAUAAAGGAUGCCACGAGAGAGGACGAAGGCAUGUACACCAUCACCGUUGCCAACGAUCUGGGAUCCAAGGAAGCCACUGUCGAAGUUAUCACUUUAGACAAGCCCGGACCGCCGACGGGACCUGUCAAAUUGGAUGAUGUCAGUGCAGAGAGUAUCACCCUUACAUGGGAACCUCCCACUUAUACAGGCGGCUGCCAAAUAUCAAACUAUGUUGUCGAAAAACGAGACACAACCACCACCAACUGGGUAGUGGUUUCUGCCACCGUGGCCAGAUUGACACUCAAAGUGGGCAAUCUGAAGACCGGCGCGGAGUAUCAAUUCCGAAUCUAUGCUGAGAACAGAUAUGGCAAGAGUUAUGCCAUUGAUUCGGACCCGGUCGUGGCGCAGUAUCCAUUCCAAGAGCCCGGGCCACCGGGCACGCCGUUUGUGUCUUCAUACACUAAAGACCACAUGGUCGUGGAGUGGCACAAAUCUCCAUCUGAUGGCGGCAGCACUAUCUUGGGCUAUCAUCUUGAAAGGAAAGAGAAGAACAGCAUACUUUGGACCAAGAUUAACAAGACUCUCGUCCAAGACUGUAGGUUCAAAUCCACUCCUCUGGAGGAAGGCAUCGAGUAUGAAUACAGGGUCUACGCCGAGAACAUUGUCGGCAUUGGAAAGUGCAGUAAAGUCUCAGAGGUCUAUGUGGCCCGCGAUCCGUGUGAUCCUCCUGGCUGUCCAGUAGCACUGAUUGUGACCAGACACUCAGUGAAGCUCAGGUGGGCCGCCCCGCAGUACAAUGGCGGAAGUCUAAUUAUUGGAUAUGUAGUGGAGAAACGGGAUCUUCCUGAAGGCAAGUGGAUGAAGGCCAGCUUUGCAAACGUCACGAGCCUUGAAUUCACGGUCACCGGCUUGACAGAAAACAGCAAAUAUGACUUUAGGGUCAUUGCAAGGAACGCGGCCGGUGCAGUCAGCAAGCCUUCCGAGAGCACCGGAUCCAUCACGGCAAUAGACGAAGUUAACCCGCCCGGCUGUGAGACGGACGCCAUGUACAAUCAGACGCUCGUCGUCAAUGCUGGGGACACAUUCAGUUUGGAGGCCAAAGUGGACGGAAAGCCCGUUCCCACAGCUCAGUGGUUUAAGGGAGAUGUUGAAGUGGAGAACUCGGCCCGAGCGGAGAUUAAAAAUGAAGACUUUAAGGCUCUUCUUGUUGUGAAGGAUGCCAUCAGAGUGGACGGCGGCCAAUACACACUGCUACUGACCAACGUGGCCGGCAGCAAGACUGUCCCAUUCAGCGUGAAAGUCCUCGACAGACCGGGUCCAUCGGAGGGUCCUCUUACUGUCAGCAAUGUCACAGAGGAGAAGUGCUCCCUGUCGUGGCUUCCGCCGAGGCAUGACGGCGGCAGCGGCAUUUCUCACUACGUCAUUCAGAAGAGAGAGACCAGCCGCCUGGCGUGGACUGUGGUCUCCAGUGAUUGCGUUGCCACCAUGUUCAAGGUCACCAAACUCUUGAAGGGUAACGAAUACAUCUUCAGGGUCAUGGCGGUCAACAAAUAUGGCGAGGGGGAGCCUCUAGAGUCAGCUCCAGUUAUAAUGAGGAAUCCAUUUGUCCCGCCUGGCACACCUCGAGAGAUUGACAUCACCAACAUUACCAGGGACUCCAUGACUGUCUGCUGGAACCGCCCCGAGACCAACGGAGGCAGUGAAAUUGUUGGCUACAUUGUGGAAAAGCGAGAUCGGGCUGGCAUAAGGUGGACCAAGUGUAACAAGCGCAGGGUAACGGACUUGCGUUUCCGAGUGACGGGACUGACCGAGGACCACGAAUAUGAAUUCAGGGUGUCUGCCGAGAAUGCAGCUGGCGUGAGUCAGCCGAGCCCUCCCACACCUUACCUGAAAGCCUGUGACCCCACUUUUGAGCCUGGCAGCCCCACCGACGUUCAUGUGACAGACACCACAAAGGACUCCAUAAGUCUGGCAUGGCACAGGCCCAUAUAUGAUGGUGGCUGCGAGAUUCAAGGUUACGUUGUUGAAGUCACCAAGGCUGAUGAGGAGGAGUGGACUAUUUGCACGCCACCUUCUGGAGUAAAUGUCCCCAAGUUUACCAUCACCAAGUUGACUGAGCAUCAGGAAUACAAAGUGCGCGUCUGUGCCAUCAACAAGCUGGGCAUUGGGGAGCCAAGCCAGGUCCUGGGCACACUUACGCCUGUGGAUAAGAUGAAUGCCCCGGAGAUGAUUCUGGAUGCAGAACUUCGAAAGGGCAUUACCGUCCGUGCGGGAGCCCCCAUGAGAAUUGGCAUUCCAUUUAAGGGUCGUCCUACACCGGAGAUUAGCUGGGCCAAGGAGGACGGUGAACUUCCCAGUAAAGUUCAACUUGAAAUGGAAGAUGACUACACGCAGCUCUCCAUCGAUAUCUGUGACAGAUAUGAUGCCGGGAAAUAUGUCCUCAAUCUGCAAAACAGCGCAGGCACCAAAUCUGCAUUUGUAUCUGUCAAAGUUCUGGACACCCCAGGAGCGCCCAUGAACCUGAUCGUCAAAGAUGUCAAACGCGAGAGCGUCACCCUGAGUUGGGAGCCCCCUCUUAUUGACGGUGGUGCAAGAAUAAAGAAUUAUCUGGUCGAAAAGCGUGAGUCCAACAGGAAGGUUUAUGCCAACGUAGACAACAAGUGCACAAAGACCAGCUAUCGAGUCACCGGGCUCACAGAGGGAAUCAUUUACUACUUCCGGGUCCUUGCCGAAAAUGAGUUUGGUGUCGGACUACCCGUUGAGACAACAGACUCGGUUAAGACCGCUGAGCCUCCUCUGUCAGUCGGUAAAGUCAAUUUAACCGAAGUCACUAAAACAACUGCCUCGCUGUCAUGGGAGAAACCAGUCCACGACGGAGGAAGCAGGAUUAUCGGUUACUACAUCGAAAUGCAAACUAUGGACUCUGAGGAAUGGGUGGAGGCCACCACCACCAAGACCUGCGAAGGCACGGUCACAGGCCUCACUGCCGGACACGAGUAUCUUUUCAGAGUAUCUGCCUUUAAUGACAAAGGUAAGAGUGACCCUAGGGCUCUCGCUGCACCGGUCAUAGCCAUGGAUUUGACCAUGUUGCCCGGAUUCAGCAUGACAUUCAACACGUAUAGUUUGCAAAAUGGUGAAGAUUUGAAGAUUGAGAUUCCAGUGACUGGGCGUCCAGUCCCGACAGUGGAGUGGAAGAAAGAAGGACAGGCUCUUAGAGAGACGACCAGGCUCAAUGUAUCUGGUACGCCUACAUCGACAAAGCUGUGCAUCAAGGAUGCAAAGAGGGAGGAUUCCGGCAAAUACAGCGUCACAGCUACCAGCAAUGUCGGAACUGCAACCGAGGAGAUCACCGUUAUCGUUCUCGAUAAACCAGGUCCGCCCACCGGUCCUGUGAAGAUUGACGAAGUGAGCUCCAAUUACGUGACACUCUCCUGGGAACCACCGACGUAUACUGGCGGCUGUCAAAUUAACAACUACAUUGUCGAGAAGAGAGACACCACCAGCACAGCUUGGCAGAUUGUGUCUGCGACCAUCGCCAGAACAACCAUCAAGGUCAGCAACCUGAAGACUGGAGUGGAAUAUCAAUUCAGAGUGUCUGCUGAGAACAGAUAUGGAAAGAGUUCCGCAAUUGUCUCACCACAAGUCAUGGCUCGGUAUCCAUUCAGUGUGCCUGACGCACCAGUCGCACCCAUUGUGACCGCGGCGACCAAGGACAGCAUGGUGGUAGAGUGGAAGCCGCCCCUAAACAAUGGUGGCAGUCCCAUUCUUGGUUACCGUCUGGAGAGGAAGGAGAAGAACAGCCUCCUGUGGACUCAGCUCAACAAGCUGCUUAUCCCCGAUGCACGGUUCAAGACCGGUGAUCUGGAGGAGGGCAUCGAGUAUGAAUUCAGGGUGUGUGCCGAAAACAUUGCAGGACUAAGUCCCGUGAGCAAAGUCUCUGAAAGCACCGUCGCUCGGGACCCCUGUGACGCACCGGGUACUCCCGAGGCCAUUGAAAUAACACGAAACCACGUCACGCUUCGGUGGGCCGCUCCAGCGUACGACGGAGGCAGCGUGAUUACCGGCUACGUGGUUGAAAGGAGGAAACACCCGGAUACUCGCUGGAUGAAGGCCAGCUUCACCAACAUCCUUAACACCCAGUUCACGAUCACUGGCCUGACUGAAGACUGCAUUUAUGAGUUCAGAGUUGUGGCCAAGAAUGCAGCAGGCACAUCCAGCCGUCCCUCUCCAAGCACAGGAGAAAUAACUGCCAAAGAUGAAAUUGAGGCCCCCGAAGCAACCAUGGAUUCCAAAUUCAAGGACCUAACGGUGGUUCGUGCUGGCGAAACGUUUGUCAUUGACGCAGACUACACCGGCAAGCCUCUGCCUGAGGUCAUCUGGUUAAAGGAUGGGAAGGAGAUUGACAAGACUACGCCAAGAAUGGAGAUCAAGACCACACUCACACGCACCGUCUUGACAGUGAAGGACUGCAUCCGCACAGACGGGGGACACUUUGUUCUCAAACUCGUGAACGUGGGAGGAGUUAAAAACAUGCCGGCUAACGUCAAGGUUCUAGAUAGACCCGGCCCACCGGAGGGCCCGUUAAAGGUCAAAGGCGUUACUGCUGAAAAGUGUUAUCUGCAUUGGAACCAUCCCUCGCAGGACGGCGGAGCUGGCAUUUCACACUAUAUCAUCGAAAAGAGAGAAACCAGCCGUUUGUCGUGGACUAUGGUGGAGCCCAACAUACAAGCCAUCAGCUAUAAAGUCACCAAACUGCUGCCUGGGAACGAGUACAUCUUCCGAGUCACGGCUGUCAACAAAUACGGUGUUGGAGAGCCACUCGAAUCUGAGCCAGUUGUCGCACGCAAUCCAUUCACCACCCCGAGCGCACCGAGCAUACCAGAGGCCGGUGCCAUCACCAGAGACUCCAUUGUGCUCACCUGGGAACGGCCAGAGAGCAACGGGGGAGCCGAGAUUGAGGGAUACAUCCUUGAAAAACGUGACAAGGAUGGCAUCCGAUGGAGCAAAUGCAACAAGAAGAGGCUGACCGACCUGAGGUUCCGAUGCACCGGUCUCACCGAGGGCCACUCUUACGAAUUCAGGGUCUCUGCUGAAAAUGCCGCUGGCGUGGGCACGCCCAGUGCACCGACUCAGUACAUCAAGGCGUGCGAUGCCAUUUACCCACCAGGACCCCCAAACAACCCGAAGGUCGCCGACCAUUCCAGCACAACGGUCUCCUUGACCUGGACGAGGCCUAUAUAUGAUGGCGGAGCACCCGUCAGCGGUUACAUUGUUGAAAUGAAGGAGGCCGAAGCGGAUGAAUGGGUCGUUUGCACCCCACACACUGGGGUGCAGGCUACCAGCUACACAGUGAAGAAAUUGAGGGAGAACGCAGAGUACCGUUUCCGCAUCUGCGCCGUUAACUGCGAGGGCGUGGGUGAACACGUAGACCUGCCUGGCAACGUCAUCGCCGCUGAGAAACUGGAAGCUCCUGAAAUUGAACUGGACUGCGAUCUAAGAAAGAUGGUCAACAUCAGGGCCACAGCGUCCUUGCGUCUAUUUGUCACAAUCCGAGGGAAGCCUGAGCCCGAGGUCCGGUGGUCAAAGGCAGACGGCACUCUCAACGAGCGUGCUCAGAUUGAGGUGACGAGCUCCUACACCAUGUUAGUGAUUGAGAACGUCGACCGAUUUGAUACCGGGAAAUAUGUACUGACGCUGGAGAACAUGAGCGGUUCUAAAUCGGCCUUCAUCAACGUCCGAGUCCUGGACUCACCUAGCGCCCCCACGAACCUUGAGGUGAAAGACGUGAAAAGAAAUUCAGUCUCUCUCUCCUGGGAGCCGCCUCUUAUCGACGGAGGGGCAAAGAUAUCUCAUUACGUUGUGGAGAAGAGAGAGCAGAAGAGAAUGGCCUUCACCAGCGUGAGCACCAAUUGUGUGAGGAACUCUUACAUGAUCUCUGACCUACAGGAGGGAGGCCGGUAUUACUUCCGCGUGCUGGCUGUAAAUGAACUCGGUGUGGGUCUGCCCGCCUCCACGGAACAAGUCAAAGUCUCUGAGGCUCCUUUGCCUCCUGGCAGAGUGCAGCUGAUGGACGUCACUCGCCACACUGUCACUCUGUCCUGGGAGAAACCUGACCAUGAUGGUGGCAGCAAGAUUACAGGCUACAUUGUGGAGAUGCAGCCCUACGGAGACGAAGUGUGGAGUUUGUGCAGUGAAGUUAAAGCACUCGAGGCCACCGUUGAAGGUCUCGCAACAGACGAGGAGUACUUCUUCAGGGUUUUGGCGGUGAACGACAAGGGCAGGAGUGACCCCAAACCUCUAGCUGAGCCCGUUUUGGUGCAGGACACCACCGUCAAGCCCACCAUCAACCUGCUGUUCAACACGUACAGUGUCAAAGCUGGAGAUGACCUGAAGAUUGACGUUCCCUUCAAAGGCAGGCCGCAGCCUGAAGUGACCUGGAAGAAGGAUGGUCAGGUGCUGAAGCAGACCACUCGAGUCAAUGUUCUCACCUCGCAGAGCUCGUCGAAAAUCGUCAUCAAGGAUGCCACCAGGGAAGACGUAGGAAAGUAUGAGCUCACUCUUACUAAUGCAGUGGGCACGACAACAGGUGAAAUCUCUGUUAUCAUCCUGGACAAACCGGGCCCGCCCAGUAACAUUAAGAUGGAUGAGGUGAGCGCUGACUUUGUAUCUCUGUCUUGGGAUGCUCCGACCUACCACGGCGGAUGCCAAAUUAAUAAUUACGUGGUGGAAAAGAGAGACACGACCACAACUGUAUGGCAGAUUGUGUCUGCGACCGUCGCCAGGACCUCGAUCAAAGUGUGCCGUCUAACUCAGGGAACGGAAUAUCAGUUCCGCGUCGCAGCCGAGAAUCGAUACGGCAAGAGUCACGCUGUCGACUCUGCUCCCGUCGUUGCUCAGUAUCCGUUCGAACCGCCGGGCUCUCCCGCCAACGUUCGUGUUUCCCAUGCCAACAAGUCUGGCAUGCUUGUUGUUUGGGACCGACCCAUCAGGGAUGGUGGAAGCCCCAUCGUUGGUUAUCACAUUGAGUGCAAGGAUCAAAGCAGCAUCCUUUGGACCAAGGUGAACAGAGGUCUUGUGACCGAGAGUCAGUUUAAGAUGAGUGGCAUCGAAGAAGGCUUGCUCUACCAGUUUAGAGUCUAUGCGGAGAACAUUGCCGGCAUCGGUCCAGGGUCCAAAGCCAGUGAGCCGGUGGCAGCAAGGAAUCCUUGUGAACCUCCUCGCAAUCUAAAAGUCACCAAUAUCACAAGGACCUCGGUCUCCCUCUUCUGGGACAAGCCAGAACAUGAUGGUGGAAUCAAGAUUACAGGCUACAUCGUUGAACGCAAAGAGGUUCCGAAUGGCCGCUGGCUGAAGUGUAACUUCACCAACCUGCAAGACACUUACUUUGAUGUCACAGGCCUAACUGAAGACGUCCAGUAUGACUUCCACGUUAUCGCUAAGAAUUCUGCCGAGGUGUUGAGCGUUCCUUCCGACAGUACUGGACCUAUAAAAGUCAAAGAUGAUGUCGAUCCACCCACAAUCAUCUUGGAAGAAAAGUUCAGACAGCUGCUUGUCAUCAAAGCAGGAGAAAUGAUUCAAAUUGAUGCUGAAACCACCGGGCGACCGCUUCCUGUCGUGACGUGGUCUAAGGAUGGAAAGGAGAUUGAGGCCAAGGCCAGGUGUGAGAUCGCCACCACCAACUUCGCAACUACCCUGCUGAUAAGAGAUGCUAUCAGGAGAGACUCUGGCCAGUACGUUCUGACUCUGCACAAUGUGGCAGGAACCCGGUCUGUGGCUAUCAACUGCAAGGUUCUGGAUAGGCCCGGACCUUCUUCGGGACCCUUGGCUGUGUCUGGCCUGACAGCAGAAAAAUGUACUCUGACCUGGGGACCUCCUCGGGAGAACGGCGGCGCCGAUAUUAUGCACUACAUUGUCGAAAAACGGGAGACUAGCAGACUGGCGUGGACUCUUGUCCAUGGUGACAUGAAGGCCACCACCUGCAAAGUCACCAAGCUGCUUAAGGGAAAUGAGUACAUCUUCCGAGUUAGAGGAGUGAACAAAUAUGGGGAUGGCGAAGCCCUUGAAAGUGAGCCAACAAAGGCCAUGGAUCCGUUCACAGUCCCCGCUGCUCCCACGAAUGUUCAGGUCACCUCAGUUACCAGCGAGGCAAUGACCAUCUGCUGGGAAAGACCAGUCUCUGACGGUGGCAGCAGCAUUGCUGGCUACGUCAUCGAAAAGAGAGAGAAGACUGGCCUUCGCUGGUGCCGUGUUAACAAGAAACCCGUUUAUGACCUCAGAGUCAAAGCAUCACACCUUCGUGAGGGCGCUGAGUAUGAAUACAGAGUGUUUGCAGAGAAUGCUGCCGGUCUUAGCGCUCCCAGCGUUGCCUGUCCGCUCACCAAGGCAGAAGAUCCCCAGUUCUUGCCUUCCCCGCCAGCGAAGCCCAAGAUCAUUGACUCCACAAAGUCCACUGUCGCCCUGUCGUGGAAUAAGCCACUGUUUGACGGCGGUGCCCCCGUGACGGGAUACCAAGUGGAAUAUAGAAACACUUUGGAUGAUGAAUGGACAGUCGGUGUCCAGAACACCAAGAAUACAGAGUUCACAGUGGUAGGACUGACACCUGGUGCAGAGUACGUGUUUGUGGUGAAGUCCAUGAACAAGAUUGGAGUCAGCGACCCCAGUCCAGAGUCUGACAAGCAGCUGGCCAAGGAACGGGAAGAAGAGCCCAUCUUUGACAUCAGCAACGAUAUGAGGAAAACUCUUAUCGUGAAGGAUGGUAGCUCCUUCACCAUGACAGUGCCCUUCAGAGGCAAACCCAUCCCCAGUGUGACUUGGAGCAAGCCAGAUGUCGACCUAAGGGUCCGUGCUGUCAUUGACACCACAGAAACCUUCACCUCAAUCACUUUGGAGAAAGCCACUCGCAACGAUUCUGGAAAAUACACAAUCACCUUGUCCAAUGUAGCUGGUACUGCCUCCUUGACUCUCAAUGUCAGAGUCCUGGAUUCUCCUGGACCUCCAGCAUGUGUCAUGGUCAAGGAUGUGACCAAGAACUCUGCAAUUGUGACAUGGGAUACUCCCGAGAAUGAAGGAGGAGGACCGGUAAAGAACUACCUGGUGGAUAUCCGGGAGGCCAGUAGGAAGGGCUGGACUCAGCUGACUGACACGUGCCAUAGGCUGACAUACAAGGUGUCAGACCUGCAAGAGGGCGGCGUGUUCUACUUCAGAGUGACUGGCGAGAAUGAGUAUGGCGUCGGAGUACCUGCUGAGACCAAAGAAGGAACCAAGAUCACGGAAAAACCCAGCCCACCGGCAAAGCUUGCUGUUACUGAUGUGACCAAGGAAAGCGUAACCCUGGCUUGGGUCAAACCCGAGCAGAGCGGAGGCAGCAGAAUUACGGGAUAUUUAGUGGAAGCGUUGGAGAGAGGCCAGGAGAAGUGGGUCAAGUGCGGCGUAACCAAGUCCUUGCAAUACACCGUGUCUGGUCUGAGGGAGAACGUCGAGUACUUCUUCAGAGUCCGAGCUGAGAACCACGCUGGAUUCAGUGAUGUCAAAGAAAUGAUCACCCCGGUGUUGGUCAGAGACCAAUAUGAAUCUCCUGAGGUUGUGAUGAAGGACUUCCCCCACAACACAGUGUAUGUCAGAGCUGGCUCCACCCUCAAAUGUGAGAUUCCGUUGACAGGCAGGCCACUGCCCAAGGUGUCCCUCUCCAAGGACAAUGUGAUACUCAAGUCAACCAUGAGGUUCAACUCCGAGGUCACUCCCGACAGCAUUAGGAUCACGCUCCGUGAGAGCGUCGCAGGAGACGCUGGGCGUUACGAUAUCCUCGCUUCCAACUCGAGUGGCACCACCAAGUCCUUUGUCAACGUUGUGGUUCUGGACAGGCCCAGUGUUCCGCUGGGGCCCGUGGAGCUGUUUGACAUCACGGAGGACAGCGUGAGUCUGAAGUGGCUGCCGCCUGCUUAUGAGGGUGGCAGCGCCAUCACAAACUACAUCGUCCAGAAGAGGGAGACAACCACGGCCAGCUGGACAGACGUCUCGUCUGCUGUGGCUCGCUGUACCAUCAAGAUCCAGAAGCUUACAACCGGCCUGGAGUACCAGUUCAGGAUUAGAGCCGAGAACAGAUAUGGAGUCAGCGAGCACAUUGACUCACCGGCUGUUUCCGUUUGCCUGCCUUACACCUUGCCUGAAGCACCGUCCACUCCGGAGAUCACCGGUGUGACCAGGGAGACCAUCACUGUAGCCUGGAAGGAGCCCAAGUCGGACGGAGGCAGUCAAGUCUUUGGCUACCAUCUCCAGAUGAAAGACAGGAACAGCAUCCUGUGGCAAAGAGUCAACAGAAUGGUGAUCCGGGCCAGCCACUUUAAGGUCACAAGCAUUCACGCCGGACUCAUUUAUGAGUUCAAGGUGGCGGCAGAGAACGCCGCUGGAAUCAGUGAAUUCAGCAAGGUUUCCGAUGCAGUGCUGGCAAUUGACGCCUGUGAACCACCCACCGAUUUACGCAUUAGCGAUAUCACCAAAAACUCCAUCAGCCUGGCCUGGCAGGUGCCCAACUUUGAUGGAGGAUCCCAGAUCACAGGCUACUUGGUGGAGAAGAGAGAAGGAGUCAAUGGCAGGUGGACCAAGGCAAACCUAACCAACAUCAAAGAUACACGCUACACUGUGACUGGCCUGACUAAAGAUCAGACCUAUGAGUUCAGAGUCAUGGCCAAGAACGCCGUAGGCUCGGUGAGCAAUCCUUCCAUGACGGCUGGACCCGCCACAUGCGUUGACACCUUUGGUGCUCCAGAAAUAGAAAUACCAGCAGAGUACUUGAACGAGUUGAAACACAGGGCGGGCUCGGAUGUCCAACUCAAGUUUAACAUCAUUGCCAAGCCUGCUCCCACCAUUGAGUGGCUGAAGGAUGGAAGAGAACUCAAACCCAGUGCCCAACUGUCCUUUAAACACACCUUUGAGUCCACAAGUGUGUACCUGAGGGACACCUCGCGCCUAAACUCUGGUACCUAUGAGGUCAGGCUGAAGAACUCCUUGGGUUCAGCCUGUGCGGUUGUCAGAUUGCUCAUCCAAGACAGGCCAGGUCCCCCCGCUGGAGAGAUCCAGUUCAAGAAGGUGACCGCUGACAACAUCACCAUCAUGUGGUCUCCUCCUUGUGACGAGGGUGGUGCCAUGGUAACGCACUACCUUGUGGAAAAAAGGGAGACCAGCAGAGUCAUGUGGUCCAUCAUCUCGGAGAAACUUGUCGACUGCAUCGUUAACGUGCCCAGACUCAUCCAGGGCAACGAAUACGUAUUCAGAGUCCGUGGUAUCAACAAGUAUGGCAUCGGUGACCCUCUGGAAUCGGCGCCCAUCGUCGCCAAGAACGCUUUUGGUCCUCCCAGCGAGCCAUCGAAGCCUCAUGUCUCCAUGAUCACCAAGUCAACCAUGACGGUACUUUGGGAGAGACCAGCUCUGGAUGGUGGCAGCGACAUUGACGGUUACUACCUGGAGAAAAGGGAAAAGAAGAGUCUUCAGUGGUUCAAGGUGGUGAAAGGCACAAUCCGAGACACCAGGCAGAAGGUCAGCGGGCUUGUGGAGAACAACGAGUACCAGUACCGAGUAUGCGCUGUCAACAAGGCAGGAGCAGGAAACUACUCAGAGGCCUCCGAAUUGUACAAGGCCUACGAUCCUAUCGAUCUCCCUGGCGAGCCAUCCAAAUUGCAUGUGGUGGACUCAACCAAGAGCUCUAUCACCCUCGGAUGGGAGAAGCCUGUGUAUGAUGGUGGCAGCGAGAUCACGCAUUAUUUCCUGGAGCAAAUGAACUCAGAGGAGCGAGAAUGGGCGACGGUCAACCCGCAAGUUAAGGCCUGCGAGUAUGUGGUUUCUCACCUCAAACCAGCAACCUACUACUUCUUCAGAGUUUCUGCAGUCAAUUGCAAGGGCAAGGGAGAGGAUAUCAAGAUGUACCAGCCUGUGCAAGCCAAGGAUAUCCUGGAGGAGGCUGACGUUGACUUGGAUGUUCCCAUGACCACCCACUAUACGGCCCGGGCAGGGCGUGACGUGGAGGUGUUUAUUCCGCUGAAGGGACGUCCCGCCCCUGGCGUCACCUGGCGCCGCGGGGAGCGCAACAUCGCCGCCGACACCCGCUACACCAUCGCCAGUACCGAGCGCGCUACCACCCUUAUAAUUCCCAAGGUCACUCGCGACGACUGUGGCAAGUACAUGCUGGAGAUUGAGAAUGGCGUGGGAGAGCCCAAGAUCAUAACGGUUUCCCUGAAGGUGCAAGACAGUCCGUCCACCUGCCAAAAAUUGAUGAUUAAGAAUGUGUCCAGAGGUAACUUGACGCUGAGUUGGGAGGCUCCCCUCAUUGAUGGCGGCUCCCCUGUCACGAAAUACAUUGUUGAGAAGAAGGGUUCCACCAUGAAAGCGUACCAGAUGGUCACGGACCAGUGUCCCAAUACGAGCUAUAAGGUGUCGGGCCUGGAGGAGGACAUCGCUUACUUCUUCCGGGUGUCAGCUGAAAAUGAGUUUGGUGUGGGUGACACCUGCGAGACCUUGGAGCCUGUCAGAGCCACUGAGACCCCCGGUGCAGUUAAAGACCUGGUCAUGCUUGACUCCACAAAGACCUCCGUCACUCUGCAGUGGACCAGACCCGACCAUGACGGCGGCAGCCACAUCUCUGACUACGUCAUCGAGAAGAGAAGCGAGAACAAUGUCAGCUGGACUUUAGCUACAACUUGUAAGCGCUGCACAUGCGAGGUGACGGAGCUGGAAGAGGAUUCGGAGAUGAACUUCAGGGUCUAUGCAAAGAAUGAGAAGGGCACCAGUGACUUCUCACAGAUCGGCCCAAUCACGGUGAUGGACUUUGUCAUUUCCCCCGAGGCCUGCCUCAGUGACUACCCCAACGGAGAGCUGGCCGUUCGUGUGGGUCAGAACAUCCACAUUGAGCUGCCCUUCAAGGGAAAACCCAGGCCUGCCAUCAGUUGGCUGAAAGACAAUUUGCCUCUUAAGGAAAGCGAAAACGUCCGCUUCAGGACCACUGACAACAAGACGGCGGUUACAGUCAGAGAUGCCAAGAAGGAGCACGCAGGCCAGUAUACCUUGGUUCUGGACAACAGAGCUGUAAAGAACUACUUUGACAUCGAGGUGACCGUCCUCGGGCCCCCCUCUGUGCCCGUUGGCCCCAUCCACUUUGACGAGAUCAAGGCCGAAACUAUUAUCAUCUCUUGGAAUGAGCCCAAAGAGGACGGAGGCGGCGAGAUUACCUGCUACAGUGUGGAGAAGCGUGAGACUUCCCAUGCCAUCUGGAAGAUGGUCUGCUCAAGUGUGGUCAGAACAUCCUUCAAGAUUCCAAACCUGGUGAAGGGAACUGUGUACCAGUUCAGAGUCCGUGCAGAGAACAAAUAUGGCGUCAGUGAGUCACUCAUCUCCACAGAGGUCCUUGCAGAGCAUCAAUACAAACCUCCAGGUGCUCCUGGAAGGCCAGUGGCCUACAACGUAACCAGUGAUGGCAUGAGCAUUCGCUGGGAAGCGCCAGAGUUUGAUGGCGGGUCGCCCAUUCUUGGCUACCACGUUGAGAAAAAAGACAGGAAUAGUCUCCUGUGGCAGAAGGUCAACUCCACCAUCAUCUCCAACACAGAGUACAGGAUCAUCAGUCUUUUGGAGGGUCUCGAGUACUCCUUCAGAGUCUAUGCAGAGAACAAUGCCGGACUCAGCCCGGUUAGCGAGCAGAGCAAGCACGCACUCGCUAUCGCCCCUGUCGAUCCACCUGCCACCCCGACCUGCAUCGACGUGACCCGAGACUCGGUCACUUUGACGUGGGAUAUCCCCAAGCGAGACGGAGGUAGCAAGAUUGUGGCCUACAGCGUGGAGAGGCGCCAGGGCAGGGGGAAAUGGCUGCGGUGCAACUUCACUGACAUCAGUGAGACACAAUUUACAGUGACCGGUCUGUCUGCUGGAGACAGAUUUGAAUUUAGGGUGAUCGCCCGCAAUGCCGUGGGCACCGUUAGCCCCCCGUCCAACUCCUCUGGAUACAUCACGACCAAGGAUGAGAGCAUCUCUCCUGAGAUCGAAUGGUCCCCAGACCAGGUGCUGACGCUGAGAGCCGGAGAGAAUGUCAAGCUGAGCUGCAACAUCACCGGUCGUCCAGUACCGCAAGUUGUGUGGUACAAGGAUGGAAAAGAAAUCGACAAGAGGACCACGACGGACAUGGAGAUUACCUCUGGUAUCGGGAGCAGCGGCGUGUUUGUUCGCGAUGCAAACAGGAACCACCGUGGCGUCUACACCGUGGAGGCCAAGAACAGCUCCGGUGCCAAGAAAGCCGACGUCAACGUCAGAGUCCAAGAUACCCCUGGACCAGUUGAGGGUCCCAUCCGUUUCACUGGCAUCACGGCCGAAAAGUGCUCAGUGUGGUGGAAUCCCCCGGAAAAUGACGGUUGCGCCGCCAUCACCCACUACGUCGUCGAGAAGAGGGAGACGUCUCGGCUUUCCUGGGCUUUGGUCACCUCCAAAUGCGAAGCCUGCUCGUUCAGCGCCACCAACCUCAUCAAGGGCAACGAGUACCAGUUUAGAAUCUCUGCUGUCAACAAGUUUGGUGUUGGCAAACCACUGGACUCUGUUCCCUUCAUUGCUCAGAUGCAAUACACUGUGCCCGAGGCACCCGGUACCCCGGAUUCUACACAUGUCACCGGCAACAGCAUCACCGUGUGCUGGACCAGGCCGAGGUCAGACGGCGGCAAUGAGAUCAAACACUAUAUCUUGGAGAGACGUGAGAAGAAGAGUCUGCGCUGGGUGAAGGUUUCUGCAAAAAGGCCCAUCACAGAGCUCAGGCAUAGAGUCACCAACCUCACUGAGGGCAAUGAGUACGAGUUCCGUGUCAUGGCGGAGAACGGCGCCGGUGUCGGACCGGCCAGCGGCACAUCCAGGCUCUUCAAAUGCAGAGAGCCUACCAGUGCUCCCAGCGCCCCGACCCUAAUCAAGGUUAUUGACUCCACCAAAUCCUCUGUCACCCUGGAAUGGACCAAGCCAGUCUUUGACGGCGGCCUCCCAAUCAUUGGCUACAAUAUUGACAUGUGCAAGGCCAGCCUCGAAGAGUGGCAUCGGGUAAAUACCCAGAUUUGCUUCCACAAGCGGUACACUGCCAAGGGCCUAGUUGCCGGUGAGCUUUACAAGUUCAGGGUCAGCGCUGUGAACGGAUCUGGGGAAGGUGAAUCGUCAGUGAUGCCCAGCGCCGUGCAGGCUCUCGACAGGCUAACGUCGCCCGAGUUCGACAUCGAUGCCGACUUCAAGCAGACGCAUACAGUGAAAAAUGGUGGCACCCUCUCCCUUCACGUGGCUUUCCGGGGCAAACCGACUCCUCUGAUCACCUGGUCCCGAGUGGAUAGCGAACUGCCGGUGAUGGCCGAUAUUAAGAGCACAGAUUCCCACUCGACUCUCACCAUCGAGAGCUGCACGCGCUACGAGGCUGGCAAGUACACGCUCUCCCUAGAAAACAACAGUGGGCGCAAGUCCAUUACAUUUACUGUCAAAGUGCUGGACACGCCCGGACCUCCAGGCGCCUUCACCUUUAAGGAUGUCACACGCGGAGCAUUAACCAUGAUGUGGGAUGCCCCGAGCAACGACGGCGGCUCGCGGAUCCAACACUAUAUUGUGGACAGACGCGAGGCCAGCCGCCUCACGUGGCAAGAGGUCAGCUCCAAGUGCACCCGGCAGAUGAUCAGGAUAACCGGUCUGGACAUAGGGGUGUCGUACCUCUUCCGAGUCAUUGCUGUUAACCAGUCUGGCCAGGGGGAACCUCACGAGAUGAAAGACCCCAUCGUGGCGACCGAAGAACCCGCUCCGCCAAAGAGAGUCGAUGUUGUCGACAUGAGCAGUUCGACAGCCUCACUGGUGUGGCUCAAGCCUGAACAUGACGGUGGCAGCCACAUCAGAGGUUACAUCGUGGAGUUCAGAGCUGAGGACAAACAGUUCUGGUCUGUCGCAGGGGAGACCAAGUCCCUUAAGAUGCUGGUGGAAGGUCUGAUUGAAGAUACAGAGUAUGAAUUCAGAGUCAAGGCCAAGAACGACGCGGGCAUCAGUGAGCCUCAGGCGACCUUAACCUCGGUGCUCAUCAAAGAGCCUCGGAUCGAACCCACCGCCGAUCUCAGCGGUAUCACCAACCAACUCAUCACCUGCAAGACCUCCAAUACCUUCACCGUUGACAUUCCCAUUAGCGGCAGGCCGGCACCCAAAGUCACCUGGAGGCUGGAAGAGAUGAAAUUGAACGAGACAGACAGAGUUUCCAUCAAGACCACCAAAGAGAGAACCACUCUGGUGGUAAAAGAUAGCAAGAGAAGUGACAGCGGCAAAUACUACCUGACUCUGGAGAAUGCUGCCGGAGCCAAAACCUUUACUGUGACUGUGAUGGUGGUCGGAAGACCCAGCCCUCCCACAGGCCCUGUGGUGGUUUCCGGUGUAUCCUCCGAGUCCUGCUCGUUGUCCUGGUCCGAGUCCCCUGACGACGGCGGCACAGAAAUCACUAAUUAUAUUGUGGAGAAGCGCGAGUCGGGCUCGGCCUCCUGGCAAGUGGUCAAUUCCAGCGUGAAGAGAACUUCCAUCAAGGUCACUCAUCUGACUAAGUACAUGGAGUACACUUUCAGGGUUUGCGCUGAGAACAAGUUUGGAGUCAGCAAGUCCAUUGAGUCUGCAGCCGUGAUCAUUGAACAUCCUUUCGUUCCUCCAAGUCCUCCAACCCGUCCGGAUGUGGUGACUGUGUCCGCCAAUGCCAUCAGCAUUAAAUGGGAUGUGCCCUAUGCCGAUGGCGGUAGCAUGGUGACUGGUUACUGGAUUGAGAAGAAAGAGCGUAAUACCAUUCUGUGGGUGAGGGAGAACAAGCUGCCCUGUCUGGAUUGCCACUACAAGGUGUCCAGCCUGAUUGAGGGUCUCGAGUACCAGUUUAGAGUCUACGCCAUGAACGUCGCCGGAAUCAGCAAGGCCAGUGAGGCCUCCAGACCAGUGGUGGCGCUCAACCCCGUCGAUCCUCCCGGUCACCCUCAGGUGACAGACAUAACUCGCUCUUCCGUGUCACUGUGCUGGACCGUGCCCGAGAACGACGGCGGCAGCAAGCUUGUCGGCUAUGUGGUGGAGAGGAAAGUCUACAGUACUGAUGAGUGGGACGAAAACCGCUGGCUCAAGUGCAACUACGCCACCAUCACGGAGAACUACUUUACGGUCACCAACCUGGGAGAGGGAGAAACCUUUGAAUAUCGCGUCAUUGCCAAGAAUGCCGCCGGGGUCCACAGUGCUCCAUCCGUAUCCACUGGACCCGUGACCUGCAAGGACGAAUACUCUCCUCCUCGAGCAGAGCUGGACAGCAAGCUGAUUGGCGAGACCAUUGUUGUCACCGCCGGCUCCGAUCUCGUCCUGGAUGGUGCGGUGGGUGGUAAACCGGAACCCACCGUUUACUGGUCCAAGGGCGACAAGAUCAUGGAUCUGGGCGAGAAGUACUCACUGACCUACACAAGCACAAGAGCAAUGGCUGUCGUUAAGAACUGUGACAGAUUUGACACGGGCAGAUACACUUUGACCGUCAAGAACGUCAAUGGAAUCAAGACGGCGGCUGUCACCGUUAAAGUCCUGGACACUCCUGGGCCCCCAGCUGAUAAAAUCGUGAUCAGCAGAGUGACGGAGGAGAAGUGCACUGUGUCCUGGAAGAUCCCCCUUGAAGACGGCGGUGACAUUGUCAGCCAUUACAUCGUAGAGCGCCGUGAGACCAGUCGUCUCAACUGGGUCAUCAUGGAGACCGAGUGCAAGAGCUUGUCCUGUGUCAGCACCCGGCUGAUUAAGGGCAACGAGUACGUCUUCCGAGUGCGGGGAGUCAACAAGUAUGGACCUGGUGUUCCACUGGAAUCGGAGCCGGUCAUAGCCAGGAAUGCUUACACUUUGCCAUCCCCACCGGGCACACCAGAGGCCACGGCCGUGGGCAAGGAACACGUCAUUAUCGAGUGGAUGAAGCCAGAGAGUGACGGAGGCAGCGAGAUCAAAACUUACCUCGUGGACAAGAGGGAGAAGAAUAGCACCAGGUGGACGCGGGUCAACAAGACUUACACCAUCUACGACACGCGCCUCAAGAUCACGGGCCUGCUGGAAGGAAGCGAAUACCAAUUCCGUGUGACGGCCGUCAACGCGGCGGGAGACAGCCAGCCCAGCGACGCCUCGCCAUACAUCCUCCUCAAAGAUCCCAGCUACACCCCAGCUCCCCCAUCAAUGCCUCGCAUCACAGACACAACAAAGCACAGCAUCAGCAUGACUUGGACCAGACCCAUGUACGACGGCGGCUCGGAUGUCACCGGCUAUGUGUUGGAAAUCCUAGAGGAGGGUUCCGAGCAGUGGUAUCGCGCCACAGCCAAGGCUCUCAAGACCAACGAGUAUCUGGCCGGCGGUCUGGUCGCCAAUAAGAAAUACCGAUUCAGGGUGGCAGCUGUCAACAGCAACGGCACCGGAGAGUUCAGCGAACCCAGCGCUGAAAUCGAGCCCCUGGAGAGAAUUGAAAUGCCUGACCUGGAAUUGGACGAGGACCUGAAGAAGACUGUUUGUCUUCGUGCUGGAGGAACUUUGCGACUUUUUGUGACUGUUGGCGGACGCCCAACACCGGUUGUGUCCUGGAGGAAGACGGGCGUGGAGCUGCAGAGCCGCGGCUUCCUGGAGACCACUGACAGCUACACUAUGCUGAUUGUGGAGAAGGUUGACCGCUACGACUCUGGGAAAUACGUAGUGGAGGCAGAGAACCCGUCAGGCAAGAAGUCUGCAACCAUCCUGGUCAAAGUCUAUGACACUCCUGGUCCUCCAGCUUCUGUGAGAGUGAAGGACUAUACCAAGGAGUCAGUUGUCAUCACCUGGGACGUCCCAACUAUUGACGGCGGCGCUCACGUCAGCAACUAUAUCAUCGAGAAACGAGAAGCCAGCAUGAAGUCUUACAAGACUGUCACCACAGAGUGUCGAAAGACCCUGUUCAGGAUCACUGGCCUGGAGGAGGGUGCGCACUACUUCUUUAGAGUACUACCAGAGAACAUCUAUGGCGUCGGUGAGCCCUGCGAGACAGCUGAGGCUGUGCUGGUGUGCGAAGUGCCAUCGGUGCCUCAGAGCUUCCAGGUCAUUGACGUCACAAAGUCUUCGGUCACUCUGCGAUGGGACAAACCCAUGCAUGAAGGCGGCAGCAGGCUGACGGGCUACAUUAUUGAAGCCUGCAGGGUGUCAACAGACAGGUGGACCACAGUGGUCACCGUCAAGGCCUCCAUCUCCCAGUACACUGUCGAGUCUCUCACAGAGAACGACCAGUACUUUUUCAGAGUCCGAGCUUGCAACAGCAGAGGAAGCGGUGAGGCCGUGGACAUCGUCACCCCCGUCACCGUACAGGAAAUCAAAGUCACGCCAAAGAUCGACAUGACCAGCAUUCCUCAGAGGAUUGUCUACGUCCCCAGUGGUAAACCCAUCGAUCUCACCUUGCCAAUUACGGCCAAACCGCAGCCUGUCUGCUCCUGGUUCUUUGGCGGUGUCCAGCUAAAAGACAGCCUGGAGCGCAUCAAAACAGAAAGCAAUGGCAAAUACAGCCAUCUGGUCAUCCGUGAGACCACCAUCGACGACUCAGGAGACUACAUGCUUGAGGUCAAAAAUGCCAUCGGUGUGGCAACUGAAGUUAUUAAAGUGGUCAUCCUAGACAAACCCGGCAUACCGGUCGGCCCCAUGAAGAUCGUCGAGGUCGAUGGCCAAUCAGUGACAGUCAGCUGGCAACCUCCAGAGAAGGAUGGCGGCGCUAACAUCAGCGGAUAUGUGGUGGAACAGCGCGAUGCUCACCGCCCCGGCUGGAUCACAGUCUCAGAAUCGGUGACCCGACCGUGCUUCAAGUUUACCCGACUUUCUGAGGGAAUAGAGUACGUGUUCCGUGUUGCCGCCAUGAACCGCUUCGGUGUUGGUGGCUUCCUCCAGUCGCAAGUGGUGGAAUCUAAGAGUGCCAAAACCAUCCCUGGACCUCCGAGCAGACCGGAGGUACUCGACGUCACUCACGAGGGCAUGACCCUCACUUGGCAUCCGCCGGAGGACAACGGUGGCUCCACCAUCACCGGUUAUAUCAUUGAGCGCAAGGAGCCUCGUUCUGACCGAUGGCUGAGGAUCAACAAAAACCCAGUGACCAUGACCAGGUACCGCUCUUCCGGUCUGAUCGAAGGCCUGGAGUACGAGUACCGCAUCACAGCCAUUAACUCCAGAGGAACGGGCAAACCCAGCGAGACCUCUGCCAUCACUGUUGCCAUGGACCCCAUAGCGCCACCAGGUCCUCCAGUUCAUCCCAAAGUCACAGAUACCACCAGAACCUCCGUGUCUCUGGCCUGGUUGCCUCCUGUAGAGGAGGGUGGCUCUGUGGUCACCGGUUACUUUGUUGAGAUGCAAAAGGUGGACCAGGUGGAGUGGACCCUGUGCAACACCACACCCACCAAAAUGUGCGAGUAUACCCUCACACACAUGCCGCAAGGUGCAGAAUACAAGUUCAGAGUCAUCGCCUGCAAUGCUGGUGGCACUGGAGAACCCUCAGAGAUUCCUGGGGUUGUCAAAGUCCAGGAGAUGCUCAAUUAUCCGGAAUACAAGCUGGACAGUAGAUAUGAGGAGGGCUACGUGGUGCGGCAAGGAGGAGUCAUCUGCCUGUCGGUGCCCUUCACUGGUAAACCCAUCCCUACGUGCAAGUGGACCAAGGAUGGACGCGACAUCUCCCACCGGGCCAUGAUCGCGGUCAAUGAUGACAUAACGGAGCUUGUCAUCAAAGAGGCUCACAAAGAUGACACGGGUACUUAUGACCUGCUGUUGGAGAACAAAUGUGGCAGGAAAGCCGUGUACAUCAAGGUGAAGGUCAUCGGGCGUCCCGAUGUCCCGGAGGGCCCUCUGGAGUUCGACGACAUUCAGGCCAGAUCAGUCCGAGUCAGCUGGCGGCCCCCGUCUGACGACGGAGGCUCUGACCUCCUCGGAUAUAUCGUGGAGAGACGCGAAGUCCCCAAGGCUGCUUGGUAUACGGUGGACGCUCGGGUCACAGAGAACUCCCUGGUGGUCAAAGGCCUGAAAGAGAAUAUGCAGUACCACUUCAGGGUCUCUGCUGAGAACCAGUUUGGUGUCAGCCGCUCUCUGAAGUCCGAAGAGCCUGUCACAGCAAAGACACCUCUCUGCCCGCCGGAACCCCCCAGCAAUCCUCCAGAGAUCAUGGACGUAGCCAAGUCCUCAGUCUCCCUAUCAUGGGCCCGGCCCCGGGACGACGGUGGCUCGCGUGUCACAGGAUACUUUGUUGAGAGGAGGGAGGUUUCCACAGAGAAGUGGGUCCGCCACAACAAGACUCACAUCACAACCACCAUGUACAACGUCACCGGCCUCAUCCCCGAUGCGGAGUACAUGUUCCGAAUCGUGGCACAGAAUGACGUCGGGCAGAGUGAGCCGGGCCCUGCGUCCGAGUCGGUGGUCUGCAAAGAUCCAUUCGACAAACCAAGCCAACCGGGAGAGAUCGACGUCAUCUCUGUAACCAAAGACUGCAUUACCAUCCAUUGGUUACGGCCCGACUUUGAUGGGGGGAAGGAGAUCUUGGGGUACUGGAUUGAGUACAGGCAGUCCGGCGAAAGCGCCUGGAAGAAGUGCAACAAAGAGCGUUCCAAGGACCGCCAGUUUACCAUGGGGGGCCUGAUGGAAGCCACGGAGUACGAGUUCAGAAUCUUGGCCGAGAACGAAGCCGGACUCAGCAGGCCUAGGCGCACACCCAUGGGCAUCAAAACCAAGUUGAGCGUCGGCGAGGCUCCGGCUUUGAAGGAAGACAUCACGGAUGUCACAACCAAACUCGGAGAGUCUGGCACGCUGUCCUGCGGCAUUAUCGGCCGACCUCUGCCAGAGAUCAAGUGGUACCGCUAUGGCAAAGAGCUGAUUCAGAGUCGCAAGUACAAGAUGAGCUCAGAUGGCCGCAACCACUCCCUUAGCAUCAUGACAGACGAGCAGGAAGACGAGGGCCUGUACACCUGCAGGGCCAUCAAUGAAGCCGGGGAGAUGGAGACCAGCGGCAAACUGCUGCUACAGGCUGCUCCUCAGCUGCACCCCGGCUUCCCUCUGAAGGAGAAAUAUUAUGCCGGGGCUGGCACCAGUCUCCGCCUCCACGUGGUCUACAUCGGCCGCCCCAUUCCCCAGAUUAUGUGGUUCUAUGACAAGAAGCCUCUGAACUCGUCCGAGAAAGUGAUCAUUGAGAACACGGAGAGCUACACCCACCUGGUGGUGAGGAACGUCCAAAGGAAGACCAACGCCGGCCGUUACAAAGUGCAGCUGAGCAACAAGUUUGGCACCGUUGAUACAGUAUUGCGGGUUGAAAUCCAAGAUAAGCCGUCCAUCCCGGAGGGCCCGGUGGUGGUCGAAGCUCUGCUGAAGAGCUCCGUCCUUAUCGGGUGGAAGGCUCCCAAAGAUGACGGCGGCGCCAUGAUCACCAACUACAUUGUGGAGAAACGCAUGGCCAAGGAGGGAGAAGUGUGGAACCUCGUGUCCUCUUCUGUCUCUGGAACCACGUGCCGCGUACCCAACCUUGCGGAGAGUGCCGGAUACUACUUCCGAGUUUCUGCUCAGAACCAGUACGGUGUCAGCGAGCCUCUGGAGAUUCCCUCAGUGGUCAUCAUCAAGAGUCCAUUCGAAAAACCUGGCAUACCACAGCAACCCUUCAUCGUCAGCGCCUCCGAGGACUCGUGCGUUGUCGGCUGGAAGCCACCAAGCAGUGACGGUGGCGCUAAAGUGUCCGCCUACUAUCUGGAAAAGCGUGAGAAGAAGCAGAACAAGUGGAUGUCAGUCACCACGAAGAAGAUUGUGGAGACCAGCUUCGAGGUCACAGGCCUAAUUGAGGGCUUUGAGUAUGAGUUCCGUGUCAAGUGCGAGAAUAUGGGUGGAGAGAGUGACUGGAGCGAGGUCUCAGAGCCCAUUGUGCCCAAGUCCGACCAGUCUCUGCGUGCUCCCGGCUUCAGGGAGGAGAUCCGAGACAUGACUGUCAAAUACCAUGCCAAUGCCACCUUUGUUACCAAGGUGGUGGGACAUCCCAAGCCUGUGGUCAAGUGGUACCGAAGUGGAAAGGAAAUCCAGGGUGACGGAGCCAAAAUCAAAGCCCUUGAGUUCAAGGGGGGUUACUACCAACUGGUCAUCACUGCCGCUGACGAGAGUGACGCCACAGUCUAUCAAGUCAGAGCGACCAACUCUGCAGGCUCCAUCUCCACCACAGCAAACUUGGAUGUGGAAGUUCCUGCCAAGAUUCACCUGCCAAAGGAGCUCCAAGGAAUGGGAGCAGUCCGCGCUGUUCGGGGUGAGCACAUCACCAUCAAGAUCCCCAUCUCGGGAAAGCCCGAACCGGCAAUUACCUGGCAGAAGGGCCAGGAGAUCCUCUCCAACUCUCCCUAUCACCAGAUCAUCGCCACUCGCUCCUUUACAUCGCUGGUCUUCCAGAAGGGAGUGCAGCAGAAGGACACGGGCUACUAUAGCAUCACUGCCAAAAACAGGUUCGGAAUGGAUAAACAGACCAUCGAGGUGAGCAUAGCAGAUAUUCCCGAAGCGCCCAAAGGACUGGUGGUCAGCGACAUCUCCCGAGACUCCAUUACGCUGGCCUGGGAGCCCCCUGCCAGCGAUGGCGGGAGUGACAUCAUCAGUUACAUUGUGGAGAAGUGUCCCACCUCUGCGGACAGGUGGAUUCGCGCCGGACAGACUGCUGACUGCAGCACCACCAUCCUCAACAUCUUUGGCAAGGCCAAAUAUCAGUUCCGCGUUAUUGCAGAGAACCAGUUUGGCUUGAGUCCUCCCUCUGCACCGACGGAGCCCAUUACCACAAAGGAGGACAAGUCUGUGAUCAGGAACUAUGAUGAGGAAGUGGACGAAAGCAGAGAGAUGAGCAAAGAAGAGGCUCACUCAUUCAAGAUCAAGGAGCUCCACUCCAAGUACACCAUUUCGGAGGAGUUGGCUCGUUGUCAAUUUGGAGUGGUCCACCGUUGUGUGGAGAUUGCAACCAAGAAGACCUUCAUGGCCAAGUUCAUCAAGGUCAAAGGAACUGACCGUGAGCUGGUUCUUAGGGAAAUUGAGGCCUUGAACGUAGCAAGGCAUAAGAACGUAAUCUACCUGCACGAGUAUUUUGAAAGUAUGGAGGAGAUUGUCCUCAUCUUUGAAUUUAUUUCUGGAGUUGACAUUUUCGAGCGCCUCGGAACAAGCAACUUUGAGCUCACCGAGCAGGAGAUUGUCCUCUAUCUCAGACAGGUCUGCUCGGCUCUCCAGUUUUUGCACAGCAACAACUUUGGCCACUUUGAUAUCCGCCCAGACAACAUUGUCUACGCCACAAGGAAAAGCAAGGUUGUCAAGAUCAUCGAUAUGGGUCAGGCUCGUUCGCUGGCACCGGGUGAAAACAUUCGAAUGUUCUUCUCAGCCCCAGAGUACUGCGCCCCUGAGGUCCACCGUCACGAUUUGGUCACCACAGCCACUGACAUGUGGUCCGUCGGUGUGCUUGCCUACGUGCUGCUGAGUGGUGUCAAUCCGUUUGCUGCGGAAUCUGUCACGCAAACGGUUGAGAACAUCUGCGCCUGUGAAUAUGUCUUUGACGCUGACGCAUUUAGGGACAUCAGUUUAGAGGCUAUGGAUUUUGUUGACAGACUUCUCGUCAAGGACAGGAAGCUCCGUAUGACUGCUCAUGAGGCAUUGGCGCACCCGUGGCUGAAGAUGAAGAUGGAGCACGUCAGCAGGAAGGUCAUCCGGACUUUGAGACACAGGAGGUAUUACCACUCGGUGGUAAAGAGGACCGACACCAUUGUCUCGGCAGCUCGCGUGGCCUACGGCGGCGCCUUCAAGAACCUGAGAGGAUUGUCUGUAGGCAAAGUGAAGAUCGCCAGCGAAUAUCACGGUCUCCGUGCCGGCCCCGUCAUGCACGCCUCUGCCGAGGAAGGUGGCCAUGUUAGGUUCACUUGCAGCAUUGCCAGCUUUGACCAAAGUACACAGGUGACGUGGUACUUUGGCAGCCGCCAGUUACACUCAAGCUCCAAGUACGAGAUCACCUACCACAGCGGUUUUGCCAGCAUAUAUGUGAAGGACAUUGAAGAGAGUGACGAUGGCGUCUACAGGUGCAAGGUGUUGACUGAUGACGGCGAGGAUAGUGCGUAUGGUGAGCUCUUUGUCGAGACAGUCAGAAGCAUCAGGGAGCACUAUGUGUGUCGCUCCAUCAAGAAACUAAGAAGGAGGAUUGACAAGACCAGAAUCCUCUACAGGCCACCGGAGUUCACACUGCCACUGUACAACCGCAGCGCUUACAUUGGCGAAGACGUGCGCUUUGGCGUCACCAUUACCGUGCACCCCGAUCCUCGUGUCACGUGGUUGAAGAACGGCGAAAGAAUCUCACCCGCCGACGGUGACCCCAAGUACACUUUCCUGAGCGACAAGGGCCUGUACCAGCUGAUUAUCCACAAUCUGGACACGAGCGACGACGCCGAGUACACGGUCAUGGCCCACAACAAGUUUGGAGAAGACAGCUGCAAGGCUCGUCUCACCGUGACACCACACCCCGUGACAGAGGAAAGUAUGAGGCCCACGUUCAAGCGCCUGCUGGCCAAUGUCGAAUGCACAGAAGGGGAGAGCGUCCGCUUUGAUAUCAGAGUGUCUGGAAUCCCGACUCCUUCCCUGAAAUGGGAGAAGGAUGGCCAUUCUCUCCAGCUGGGUCCAAAGCUAAUUGUCAUCCAAGAGGACGCUGACCACCAUGUUCUGUGCAUCAGGGAGACACUGAUUGAGGACUCCGGUAUCUACCGAGUGACCGCCACCAACUGUGCCGGCUCUGUGAGUUGCCAGGCGACCCUGAGCGUGGACCGCCUCACGUACACCAGAAGAGAAUACAAGAGUGAGGAGGAGAAAUACAGAUGCGUCCAGAAGCAGAUUGAAAAGACCAACAAAAUGGCUCAGAAGAUUGUUGCCACAGAGGAGAUUGUGCCGCUGAAUCCUACGGCACAAGAGGCUCUGAGAUUUGCCGCCGAGAUGUACAAGCCCGCCGUCAGCACCAAGAACGUCGAGGGCGAGUUCGACAUCACUGUGGUCAAGUCGGAGACCAGGAAACUAGAAGACGAGAGAAGGAUUUUCAUGCCCUAUGAGAUUCCCGAACCUGUUGUUCAUGACCGCCGAGCUCUGCGUGAGGACCAAGUCAUUAAGCGAUUUGUCGCACUCUCUGACAUGAAGUGGUAUCGCAAAUUGAGAGAGCAGUAUCUGGUUUCAGAGAGAAGUGAAAGGUUUGUGCAAAAGCGACAAAGGCGAAUCCGCCUGUCCAGGUGGGAGCAGUUCUACGUCGUGCCGCUCCCCAGGAUCACCGACCAGUACAGGCCAAGAUGGCGAAUUCCAAAAAUGACUUUAGACGACCUGGAAAUUGUCAGACCUGCCCGCCGCUCACCGUCCCCCGAGUCCGCCGUUUCGUUCAGAUCCAGGAGACGAUCUUUGGGUGACUUGAGUGACGAGGAGCUACUGAUCAGUGCUUCAGAUGACUAUCUGUCCUCCAGGAGGACAGAGGAGGAGAAGAUGAUGCUGGAGGAUGACCUGGAGCUUGGCUUUUCUGCCUCCCCUGCAGUCAGUCCGGUUCGCAUUGAACGACGUGCGGUGCAGCGCGAAGAGAGGUCUCGAGACAUACGACGGGACGCUUUGGAGAUUGUGGAGACGAAGAAAAAGCGUACUGUUUCUCAGUACAUGAGAAGGAGGCGCUCACUGUCCCCCACCUACAUUGAGCUGAUGCGCCCGGUCUCCGAGUUGAUCCGACCGGCUCGCGUGAGACUUGCGGCGGAGGCGGAGACCGAGCUUGUAGAGAGGAGAUCUCCAACGCCAGAGAGAACUCGUCCUCGGUCUCCGAGCCCCGUUAGGUCUGUCGAGAGGUCCUCCCGUUCCACCUCUCGCUUUGAGCGCUCUGCCCGCUUUGACAUCAUGUCCCGCUACGAGGCGAGAAAGGCAGCUCUGAAGUCUGAGAGGACGUACCAGGUGGUGAGUCAGUCGCCUUUCAGCCUGGACCACGGGCCCCGCGUGACCGUCAGGAUGCGCUCUCACCGCGUGCCACUAGGCCAGGACACCAAAUUCACUCUGAACAUCCAAGCCAAGCCGGAGGCCGAGGUCAAGUGGUUCCACAACGGAAACGAAAUCUGCGAAACCAGCAGCAAAUACAUCUUCAGCAACAUGAGCGGAGUUCUGACCAUCACCAUCCUGGAUUGCCAGGAGGAGGACAGCGGUACAUACCGCUGCUUCUGUUCCAACGCCAGAGGGGAAGCCUCGGACUACGCCACCCUGGAUGUGGCAGGAGGUGCCUACACCACUUUCUCUUCUCGCCGCAAGGAUGAGGAAGUUCCUAAAUCUAUCGUCCCCGAAAUGACUCGACUUGAUCACUACAGCUCGUCCCGCUUCAAAACUGGCUAUGAAUCGGAGAGCCACUUUGCAGUGGAAGAAAGCAAGACUAAGCUAUCUGAGACACGCGAAGACAUCACUCGGGAAAGGUACGACGGCGGGGCAUCUUCUGAGAGGUACUCGUCUGCUGAGCGCUACGGCGCAUCCAUCAAGUACGCCUCUACUGAAUACUUGUCAUCUGCCUCUUCCUACUCCUCGGACAAGUUUGCCCUUUCUGAAAAACACGCUACAGCCGAAACCAAGUCAAAGUACGCUGCAUCGUCCGAGCAGCUUUCUGCCCAAAGAGUGACGCCGACUGUCGCGGCUAGAUUCCUCACCAAGCCACAGUCUGUGACCCUUGCCGCGGGCGAGACAGCCCGCUUUUCCUGCGAUAUUGAUGGUGCGCCCGCGCCCUCUGUCAUCUGGAUGCACGAGGGGAAAACCAUUGUCACCUCCCACCGUCUUCAAGUCACCACCUCGCAGUACAAGUCCAACCUGGAGGUCUCUUCUGUUACAUCCUCUGAUGAGGGCAGUUAUACAGUCAUCGUAGAGAACUCGGCGGGCCGACAGGAGGCUCAAUUCACCUUGACCAUCCGCAGGCCCGUUCCCAAAGAGGUCAAGGGCAUCAAGUCCCCAGAACCCAGUGUGAAGUCACCGAAGCCUUCGGUCACAUCACCGUCGCCGUCGGUGACUUCCCCUGUUCCGAGUGUGAAGUCACCGGCGCCUAGCCUCAAGUCUCCUGAACCUAGGGUGAAGUCGCCGCCACCUAGUGUCAAGUCUCCUGAACCUAGGGUGAAGUCACCGCCACCUAGCAUCAAGUCUCCUGAACCGAGUGUGAAGUCAGCCGCACCUGGCGUCAAAUCCCCUGAACCUAUUGUGAAGCCACCAGCAGCACCAAGUGUCAAGUCUCCGGAGCCAGAUGUGAAGCACCCUGAGCCCUCAAAAUCCACUGUGAAGUCACCAGCACCCAGAGUCAAGUCCCCUGAACCUAGUGUGAAGACACCAGAACCCGGCGUCAAGUCCCCCGAGCCCAAAUCACCAAUACCCAGGGUGAAGUCACCGGUACCGGGUGUCAAGUCACCAACGCCUGCUGGGAAGACACCGAGUGUGAAGUCACCAGUUCCUGGGAUCAAAUCACCUGAACCACAGGGAAUUAAGUCUCCUGGGGGUGUUAAAUCUCCUGAACCAGGACCUAAGUCACCGCCACCAGUCAAGUCACCCGAAGCUGAGGAACCUAAAACGUCCCGGAGCAUCAAAUCACCUGAACCUGCAGAAAUGAAAACACCUAAAGGCAUCAAGUCCCCAGAACCCACUGGCAUCAAAACACCAAGAGGCAUUAGGUCCCCAGAACCAUCUGGAAUCAAGUCACCGAGGGCUGUGAAGUCCCCUGAACCCGAGGGAGUUAAAUCUCCGACCAGAACAAAGUCUCCACCUCCUGCCAUGUCCUCAAAGAGGGUCCUGUCACCGCCAGCUGAUGAGUCUCCAACCCCCAAGCCACCCAAAGUCGUGAGUCAGCUGGCGGCUGUGGCCUGCGAAGACUCCGUCAAGAUGUCUUGUGUUUGCGAGAGCAGCAUCAAGGACGUGUCGUGGUAUUGCAACGGUCGACGACUUUCCAAGAGCAGUCGCUUUAAGAUGCAGUACUCCGACGGUUCCUGCAGUCUCGUGAUACACGACCUGACCGACAGCGACCAGGGAGAGUACACCUGCGAGAUGACAUCGGAGGGAGGCGUCUCAAAGUCCUCCUUCUCCUUCACUGGACAGGUUUACCAGUCCAUUCGCAUGAAGGUCAACACUUACCGUGAAAAGCAACUUGCAGUUAAAGGAUCCGGCAUGACGAGUUUCAAGGAGGCAUCCUCAUCCAGCUCCUCCAUGGCCACGAGGACAGCAACUCGCACAGUGGAGGAGUCGUCGUCUUCCAAAUCCUCGUCCUCAUCUUCUGCCCAGAGAGCCAUGAUGUCCUCCAUGAUGGAGUCCAGCUCCUUUGGCAGUAUGGCGGCCGAAAUGAAGUUUGAGACCAUGUCCAUGUCCAGCGUGUCCUCCAUGGCCUCCGAGUCCUAUGCCACGAGCUCAAGCAGCGUCACGGGAAUGAGCUCGCACCUGAGCGGAUCCUCCUUCAGGGCACUCGGUUCCGCCGCCGCCGCCGCCGCCGCUCCCAGAAUCGAGGCGGUGCCCGAGGACAUCAGCAUCGAGGCCGGCAAGGUCCUGACGGUGGCCUGCGCCUUCUCGGGCGAUGCCAGCCACGUGGAGUGGUCCCGCGGCGGGCAGAAGAUCCGCUCGUCGCCGGGGGGCCGCUUCCACGUGGAGACGGGCGAGGACCUGACCACCCUCAUCAUCGCCGGCGUGCGGGAAGAAGACGCCGGAACCUACACCCUCAAACUGUCCAACGAGCUGGGAUGCGACACGGCCACCGUUCGCAUCAGCAUUCGAUCCCUGUAAAAAAGAUGAAGACGAUGAAGCGUCCCCGCCCAGCCACUUCCCUUUCCCCUUCAGGAUUGGACUCCACUUGUAAAUAGGAACUCUUUUUGUACCGACCGUGACAAAGUGGAGGAUUACCACUCCAUGUGUUUUCCAACGCCAUGACACUUUUGCAGUGACGUGUACAUAAUGUAUAUAGCCGCCGGAUGUGACGGUUACGAGGAAUGUGUGCUAUGCAUCAUCGUUAUUGAUGACAGUUCAUAUGUUCAAGUGAAACGAGGAAACCAAAAUUGCCUUUAACAGGAGAAAGUUCCCGGAGCGGAGCGAAUACCCUGCUAAAGGCACAAACUCCAAACCGCGCCUCGACGCAACUCGCGUCGAUGUCUAAGAUUGCCUCGGCAGGUAGAGCGUCUCCCUGUCGACGACGUUUACUCGACCCUAGACUGGAAAAAAAAAAGAC